AGUCAGCGUUCCCGGCCUGGACGCCUCGGCUGGAGGACUGCUGUCAGGAGGGAACAAAACUACGGCGUGAGGCUGUAGUUUUGUUUGGUUCUGUGGGUUCUUCAGGUUCCGGCUCUUCUUUGGAUUUUUUGUUUCUGGACUCAGAGGUUCUGCGAUUGGCCCGAUUCUGGGCAGCAGACAGCUUCAGGUUGCCGACAACAUGUCAACUCAGGCGCCAUCGUUCACUCAGCCGCUGCAGAGCGUCGUAGCACUGGAGGGUAGUGCUGCGACGUUCCAGGCUACAGUUAGUGGUUCUCCAGUUCCUGAGGUGAGCUGGUUCCGUGAUGGCCAGGUUCUUUCCGCCGCCGCUCUUCCCGGCAUUCAGAUCUCGUUCAGCGACGGCCGCGCUGUUCUGAGGAUCCCCGCUGUGACCGCCGCACACAGCGGGAGGUUUUCUGUCAGAGCCACCAACGGCGCCGGACAGGCCACGAGCACCGCUGAACUCCUCGUUACAGUGGAGACGGCGCCCCCUAACUUCGUCCAGAGACUGCAGAGCCAGACGGUGAGACAGGGCAUCCAGGUGAGGCUGGACGUCCGAGUCACAGGAAUCCCACCACCUGUGGUGAAGUUCUACAGAGAGGGGGCCGAGAUCCAGAGCUCCGCCGACUUCAGGAUCCUCCAGGACGGAGACCUGUACAGCCUGCUGAUCGCCGAGGCCUUCCCAGAGGAUUCUGGGACGUAUUCUGUCACCGCCGCCAACAGCAGCGGCCGGGCCACGUCCACUGCCGAGCUGCUGGUUCAGGGUGAGGAAGCCGUACCAAUGAAGAAAACCAAGACUAUCGUAGCCACGUCCCAGAUGGCUGCUUCUCAGACCAGAGUUCAGAAGAAGGUGGAGACCAGCUUCCAGGCCUCCACCGUGAUGGAGAUGCAUGUGGAAGGAGGAAUCAUGACCCAGCAUCUGGCUCACAAAACCCCCCCGAGGGUCCCACCGAAGCCCACCUCCAAGUCCCCGCCCUCCUACGUCUCCAAGGUGACGGGAGGACGGCAGCAGUCGCCUUCACCUGUCAGACACGUCAAAGGGCCAACACCCACACCUGUCAGACCUGUCUCUCCUUCUGCAAAACUGUCCGUGGCCCCCAUCAGACCCGUCAAAUCACCUGUGAUGAGCAGGAAACAGGUUUCAGCCUCCAGCGAGGUUCUGCCGCCAUGGAAACAGGGAGACUACAUGGCUGAAGCCAGCUACACCAGUAUGACCAGUUUGACCAGUAUGACCAGCGUCAGCAGCGCCAGCCAGCUUCACAUGGAGAAGCACUGGGAGCAGCAGGUUGCUGCCACCAGAGAGGAUGAUGAAGGGAAAAAGGCCGAGGCGGUGGCCACAGUGAUGGCCGCUGUCGACUUGGCUCGUGUCCGCCAGCCGGCCCAUGGCGAGGCUGGCCGGGCAGACGAGGAGGAGGAGGAGCAAGCUGCUACAGAACAUGAAGCUGCUGCUACACAACGUGAAGCUGCUGCUACACAACGUGAAGCUGCUGCUAUACAACGUGAAGCUGCUGCUACACAACGUGAAGCUGCUGCAGCCGCUGAGCAGCUCAGAGUUCAGAUCCACAGAACCUCUGAAACCUCCACCACUCACACUGGUGUCGCUCCAUCACUGGUUCCACAUUUCACAGUUUCUAAAGUUUCUGUUCCUAAACAUGAACCGAGCUCUGAGGUGUCCAUCGCCGGCUCUGCCAUCGCAGUUCUACUCAAAGAGCUGUCCUCGCCGUCCGCCCCCAGAAUGAUCAUCAAACCUGUCAAGUCUCCGAGUCCGUCACGGCGGAUGGAGCGGUGGGCAGCGCCGGAGCCCCUCCCACCGCUGUUCAGAGAUGCUAGAUACCGGCUGGAGGGUGGGGCUUAUGUAGUGAGUGAGGAGGAGUUUGAAGAAUGGGAGCCUCAGGAAGUAGCCGCGGUUCCGACCAGAGCUCAGGAACCAGUCGUCCCUCCCACUCUGAUCGCUGGCCUGAAGAACCUGACGGUGACCGAAGGUGAGUCGGUGACGCUGGAGUGUCAGAUCAGCGGCCACCCGCUGCCCGUCGUCAUGUGGUUCAGGGAAGACUACAAAAUUGAGAGCUCCAUCGACUUCCAGAUCAGCUACCAAAGCGGAAUCGCCCGCAUGGUGAUCCGCGAGGCAUUCGCCGAAGACAGCGGCCGCUUCACCUGCACCGCCACCAGCGAGGCGGGAACCGUCAGCACCUCCUGCUACCUGCUGGUCAAAGUGUCAGAGGAAAUUGAAAGCAAAGAGGAAACGUCGAUUGUCACUGAAGUUGGAAUCACACAGGCGAAAACAGUUUCUGUGGAGACUAAAGACCAGAUGGAGGUGACUGCAGGAGAACCUGCUGCUCCCUUCUUCAUCAGGAAACCCACUGUCCAGAAGCUGGUGGAAGGAGGCAGCAUCGUGUUCGACUGUCAGGUCGGAGGAAACCCAAAACCUCACAUCAUCUGGAAGAAGAGCAGCGUACCACUCACCACUGGAUAUAGAUAUAAAGUUGCCUACAAGAAGGAGACUGGACAGUGCAGACUGGAGAUUUCCAUGACGUUUGCUGAUGAUGCUGGAGAAUACGCCAUCUUCCUGAAGAAUCCUCACGGAGAAGCCUCAGCCUCUGCCUGCCUGCUGGAGGAAGAGGAAUAUGAAGCACAGAUGAAGCAACAAGAAGUAACGUAUAAAACAGAAGUGACAACGACGGUGGAGUCUUCUGUGGCUGGGAGUCAGUAUGAGCUGGAUCAGAGGAGGGUCACCACCCCCAUGAGCUUCGUCUCAGAGACGGAGUUCCUCGUCUCAGCCUUUGAAGAAAGGAUCAUCCAGGAGAUUGAGCUGCGCAUCAUGAGGAUCACCUACAGAGAGCUGGUGGUGGAGGACGGGGAGCAGAUGGUGACUGUAGUCGAUCAGGAGGCUGUCCAGCCGGCCUACAGCACACCGGUUAAGAACUACCGGAUCAUGGAGGGAAUGGGUGUCACCUUCCACUGCAAGAUGGUUGGAAACCCGCUGCCAAAGAUUGCUUGGUACAAAGACGGCCAGCGCAUCAGGGCUGGAGGCCGUUACCAGAUGGAGGUUCUUCAGGACGGACGAGCCAGCCUCCGUCUGCCCGUGGUGCAGCCAGAGGACGAAGGCGUGUACACCGCCUUCGCCACCAACAUGAAGGGAAACGCAGUCAGUUCUGGGAAACUCUAUGUGGAGCCGUCCGGAGCUGUAACCCCCCAGAGAUACACCCCACAGCCGGCAAUGCAGAGGAUCAGGUCCACAUCUCCUCGUUCUCUGAGCCGCUCACCCGGACGUUCUCCCAGCAGAUCUCCCGGACGUUCUCCUGCCCGUCGGCUAGAUGAGACGGACGAGGCUCAGCUGGAAAGACUCUACAAACCCAUGUUUGUCAUGAAACCUUCUUCAAUAAAAUGCACUGAAGGACAAACUGCCAGGUUUGACCUGAAGGUCGUUGGCAGACCGAUGCCCGACACCUACUGGUUCCACAACGGACAACAAGUGGUCAAUGACUACACCCACAAGAUAGUGAUUAAAGAGGACGGUAUUCAGUCCCUGAUCAUUGUCCCAGCUCUGCCACAGGACUCUGGAGAAUGGACCGUCGUGGCUCAGAACCGAGCCGGACGGACAUCUGUUUCUGUAACUCUUAAUGUAGACGCUCGAGAAAGCCUGGCACGUCCUCAAUUUGUUGACAAGCUGAAGAACAUUACUGUAAAACAGGGAACUCUGGUUGAACUGGCUGUCAAAGCCAUUGGAAACCCACUGCCUGAUAUUGUCUGGCUGAAAAACAGUGACAUUAUCAGUCCACACAAACACCCACAUAUCAAGAUUGAUGGCACAAAAGGAGAAGCCAAAUUCCAGAUUCCCUCAGCAGCUGGCUCGGACAGCGCCUGGUACACCGCUACAGCCAUCAACAAGGCCGGCAGAGACACCACCCGCUGCAGAGUCAACGUGGAGGUAGACUUCACUGCCCCGCAAACUGAGAGGAAACUCAUUAUCCCCAAAGGAACCUACAAAGCUAAAGAGAUCGCAGCUCCUGAGCUGGAGCCUCUUCAUCUGCGAUAUGGUCAGGAGCAGUGGGAGGAGGGCGACCUCUACGACAAAGAGAAGCAACAGAAACCACAGUUCAAGAAAAAGCUGACCUCCGUCCGCAUGAAGCACUUCGGUCCGGCUCAUUUCGAGUGCAGACUGACUCCUAUUGGUGACCCCACCAUGGUGGUGGAGUGGCUGCAUGACGGCAAACCUCUGGCCGCCGCCAACAGGCUGCGCAUGGUCAAUGAAUUUGGCUACUGCAGUCUGGACUAUGAAGUCGCUUACGCCAGAGACAGCGGCGUCAUCACCUGCAGAGCUACCAACAAGUAUGGAGUCGACCAGACCUCAGCCACCCUGAUAGUCAAGGAUGAGAAGGGACUUGUUGAGGAAACUCAGCUCCCUGAAGGCAGGAAGGGAACAUACAGGAUGGACGAGAUAGAGCGCAUCGCUCACGAAGGUGGACCUGCAGGAGUCAGCGGUGAUGAGGAGUCUGAAAAAACAAAACCUGAAAUUGUCCUUCUCCCUGAACCAGCCAGAGUGCUGGAAGGUGACAUUGCACGAUUCCGCUGCAGAGUGACCGGAUAUCCAGCACCGAAGGUCAACUGGUACCUGAAUGGACAACUGAUCCGCAAAAGCAAGAGAUACAGACUUAGAUAUGAUGGUAUUUACUAUCUGGAGAUUGUUGACAUCAAGUCUUAUGAUGCAGGAGAGGUCAGGAUUGUUGCAGACAAUCCUCUUGGCACAACCGAGCACACAGUGAAGCUAGAGAUCCAACAGAAGGAAGAUUUCAGGUCCGUCCUGCGUCGUGCUCCAGAAUCAAAGGCUGCAGAGGCUGCACAUGAGCCUGGCAGAAUGGGAUUCGAUGUUGUAAAGGUUGACCGACCUGGUGAGGCCUUACAGGACAGGGAGGUUGUUAAGCUGCGUAAGACUCAGAGAAUUGUUCAUGAGAAAACCUCAGAAGAGUCAGAAGAACUGAAGAGCAAGUUCAAACGCAGAACAGAGGAGGGCUUCUACGAGUCCAUCUCUGCUGUGGAAUUCAAAUCUCGCAAGAGGGAUGACUCCUAUGAAGAUUUGCUGAAGAAGACUAAGGAGGAGCUGCUUCAUCACUUGAAAGAGAAAGAAGAGGCUGAGAGGAAGAGGUUGGAGGAAGAGGGCAAACUCACCAUCCCCACCAUCAAACCGGAGAGAGUCCAGCUCUCCCCCAGCAUGGAAGCACCCAAGAUCCUGGAACGCAUCGCAAGCAAAACCGCGACUCCAAUGGAUGAGGUUAGUUUCAGAGUCAGAGUUGUAGGCAGACCAGACCCGGAGUGCCAAUGGUUCAAGAACGGUGUUCAGCUGGAGAAGUCCGACCGUGUUUACUGGUACUGGCCUGAGGACCAUGUAUGUGAACUGGUGAUCAGAGACGUCACUGCCGAGGACUCGGCUAGCAUCAUGGUUAAAGCCAUGAAUGUUGCAGGGGAGGCUUCGAGUCACGCUUUCCUGCUGGUGCAAGCCAGGGCAGCUGUGAACUUCACCCAAAACUUGGAGGAUGCCAGUGCCAAUGAGAAGGACACCAUGGUGACCUUUGAAUGUGAAACCAACGAACCUUUCAUCAAAGUCAAAUGGUUCAAGAACAACAUGGAGAUCUUCUCCGGAGACAAAUAUAGGAUGCACUCCGACAGAAAGGUCCACUUCCUGUCUGUGCUGAUGAUUGAAAUGAGGGACGAUGCAGAAUAUUCCUGCGUGGUUGUAGAGGAUGACAACGUCAGGACUAGCGCGAGGCUCCAUGUAGAAGGUGCUGCCCUGGAGCUCAUUAAAUACUUGGAGAACAUCGAGGUACCAGAGACCUAUGCUGGAGAGUUUGAGGUUGAGUUGUCUCGUGAAGAUGCUGAGGGUAGCUGGUUCUUUGGAGAUGAGGAGCUCUCUCCCAGCAACAAAUAUGUCAUGUCCUCCCGCCGAGGAAGACACUCCCUGUCCGUCAAGGAUGUGAGGAAGGAGGACCAGGGGAAAUAUACCUUUGUAUGUGGAGAUCUGAGGACCAGUGCCUCACUGAAGAUGAAACUGCGCCCAGUGACCCUGAUGCAGCCGCUGACUGACCUCACGGUCUGCGAGGGGGACAUCGCUCAGAUGGAGGUCAGAUUCUCCCAGGAGAACGUCGAGGGAACCUGGAUGAAGAACGGCCAGGCCAUCUCCGCUUCAGACCGCAUUCACAUUGUCAUUGACAAACUGGUUCACAAGCUGCUGCUGGAAAACGUCAGCAGAGACGAUGCUGCCUCCUACUCCUUCGUGGUUCCUGCCCAGGACAUCUCCACCUCCGGCAAACUCAGCGUUCAGACUAUUGACAUCAUGGUUCCACUGAAGGAUGUGUCCUCCGUUGAGGGCACCAAGGCUGUCCUGGAGGCCAAGAUCUCCGCUCAGGACAUCAGCUCCAUCAAAUGGUACCACAACGACAAACUAAUAACACCCAGCGACCGAAUCCAGACGGUGGCUAAAGGAGCAAAGCAGCGCCUGGUCUUCUCCAGGACCUUCGCCUCUGAUGAAGGACACUACAAGCUGGUGGUCGGCAAGGUCGACACCACUUGCAGCCUGACUGUCGAAAAGGUGCAUAUUGUGAAGCACAUGGAGGACAAAGUGUGCUCAGAGUCCCAGAACGUGACCUUUAACGUUGAAGUUUCUCACCCCGGAAUCGACCCAGUCUGGACAUUUAGGAACCAGCAGCUCAAACCUGGACCCAAAUACAAGAUGGAGUCCAAGGGAAAGACUCACUCUCUGACUGUUAUCGAUGCCAUGAAGGAUGAAGAGGGCGAGUACAUGUUCCAUGCUGGAGAAAAGACAUCCAGCGCCAAGCUUUCUGUCUCUGGUGGCGCCAUCACACGGCCACUGCAGGACGUGACUGUGGCCGAGUCUCAGACCGCCGAGUUCGAGUGUGAAGUCGCCAACGCCAAUGCUGAGGGCAAGUGGCUGAAGGAGGGGCAGCCGGUGGACUUCAGCGAGAACGUGGUGAGCGAAGUGAACGGUGCCAUCAGGCGCCUCGUUUUCGUCAUCACCAGACCUCAGGAUGUCGGAGAGUACACCUACCAGGUGGCCAACUCCAAAACCAUCGCCAACCUCCGGGUGGAGGCGGUGAAGAUCAAGAAGACUCUGAGGAACCAGACGGUGACAGAGACCCAGGAGGCGGUGUUCUCACUGGAGCUCACCCACCCCGACGUCAGAGGAUCCCAGUGGAUCAGAAACGGCGUGGAGCUGCAGAACAGUGACAAGUAUGAAAUUACCUCCGACGGCAUGGUCCAGAUGCUGAGGGUGAAGAACUGCAACACGCAGGACGAGACCGUUUAUUCCUUCAAGCUGGGAAAAUUGUCGGCCAAUGCCAGACUCAACGUGGAGACGAUCAAGAUUGUGAAGAAGAUAAAGGAUGUGACAUCACUGCUGGAUGGCACCGCCUCCUUCGAGAUGAGCCUAUCACACGACAACAUCCCCGUCAGGUGGAUGUUUAAAGGCGCAGAGCUGAAGUCCAGUGACAAGUGCAAGAUUCUGUCAGAGAGGAAAGCCCACAAACUCAUCCUGCAGAACGUCGACAGCAGUAAUGCAGGAGAGUACAGCGCCGUGGUGGGACACCUGCAGUGCAGCGCCGUGCUGACGGUGGAAGCUCUGCGAGUCACCAGACCUCUGAAGAGCGUGGAGGUUCCAGAGACUCAGGUGGCCACGCUGGAGUGUGAAGUGUCUCACUUCAACGUGCCGUCCACCUGGCUGAAGAAUGGCGUGGAGAUCGAGAUGAGUGAGAAGUUCAGGAUCGUGGUUCAGGGAAAACUGCACCAGCUGAAGAUCAUGAACACCAGCAGGGAUGACUCUGCAGAGUACACCUUCGUCUGCGGGAACGACCGAGUGUCUGCGACCGUCACCGUCAGCCCCGUCCUCAUCACCUCCAUGCUGAAGGACCUUAAUGCUCAGGAGAGGGACACCAUCACCUUCGAAGUCACCGUCAACUAUGAGGGAAUCACCUACAAGUGGCUGAAGAACGGCGUAGAGGUUAAAUCUUCGGACCGCUGUCAGGUCCGCAGUCGGCAGCUCACGCACUCACUCACCAUCCGAAACGUGCACUUUGGAGACGGAGGAGAGUACCAGUUCGUGGCCGGGUCCGCCGCCAGCGCCGCCAACCUGUUCGUCGAAGCUCGUUUGAUUGAAUUCACCAAGAAGAUCAAGGACAUAAAGAUCACUGAGAAGAAGAAGGCGAUCUUUGAGUGUGAGGUUUCUGAGCCCAACAUCCAGGUGAUGUGGAUGAAGGACGGCCAGGAGCUGGACGUGUCUGAAGAAAGAUACGUGGUGACAGCAGAGAAGUACGUCCACCGCCUGAUGAUCCAGACUGUUCGCAUGUCGGAUGCUGGAGAGUAUUCAGUGGUGGCCGGGUCCAGCGUCUCUAAAGCCCAGCUGAUUGUGGAGGGUCGAGACAUCCGAAUCUCUGAACCUGCCGAGCGGGAAAUCACGGUUCUGGAGAAACACAGAGCGACCUUCGAGUUCGAGGUGAACGAGGAUGAUGUUGAAGGUCGCUGGAUGAGAAACGGAGUGGAGAUCCAGCUGUCACUGGAGGAGAGGUUCAGCUACGUCACCAUCAGGAAGCUGCACCGCCUCACCAUUUCCGAGACCUACAGGAGCGACGCCGGCGAGUACACCUUCAUUGCUGGCAAGAACAGGAGCACCAUGAAGCUCCGAGUCAACAUCCCGGAGCCUCCUCAGAUCCUUCGCCACAUGGAGCCCCAGUCGGUGGAGGCGGGAAAACCGGCUCGGUUCUCGGUGCAGGUGAGUGGCGUUCCUCAGCCACAGGUCUUCUGGUACAAGAACUCCAAGGCUCUGUCUCCGGGCUUCAAGUGCAAGUUUCUGCACGAUGGCAACGAGCACACGCUGCUGCUGAUCGAGGUCUUCCCCGAAGACGCCGCCGUCUACAACUGCGAAGCCAAGAACGACUACGGCGCCGACACGAGCACCGCCGCCCUCAACGUAGAAGUGUCCGAGGUGGUUUCUCCAGACUCGGCCGCUCCCGUCGCUCCUCCCGUUGUCAUCUCGCCCAUCACCAGCACCUCGGCCCACGAGGGGGAACCGGCCCGGUUCCAGUGCAGAGUCCGUGGAGACGAUGUGAAGAUCAGCUGGUUCCACAAGGAGAAGGAGAUCAAGCAGUCUGACUUCUUCAGGAUGUCUCAGUUCGAUGACAGCUGCCAGCUGGAGAUCUCCAGGGUUUACCCCGAGGACGAGGGCGAGUACACCUGCAUGGCCACCAACAGUGCUGGGACAGUGUCCUGCUCGGCCAUGCUCAGUCUGGACGUGACUCAUGUGAGAGAGCAAAUCGAAGCCCGGAUUGAGCAGGAAGUCAAAGUGCCACCUGUGUUCAGGCAGAAAAUCACACCUCUGGAGAUAAACGUCGGUGGCCACGCCAAGUUCGAAUGUGAGAUUGAGGAUGCUCCAGGCGUGACCUUCAAAUGGUACAAAUCCAGCGUGGAGAUCCGACCGAGUGAGAAGUAUCGGAUCAUCAGCCACCACUCCGGUUCUUCUCUGGAGCUCCUGAACCCGGUCAAAGCCGACAGCAGUGAAUACAGCUGCAAGGCUUCCAACCAGCACGGCACCGUCAGCUGCACCGCCUCGCUGGCCGUCACCGAGAUGUACCCACCUGUGUUUGUUUCAAAACCAGACCCAAUGACUUUAUAUGUUGCCAAACAAGCUGUGUUCCAGUGUUUGCUCACUGGAUCCUCGCCCAUGGACGUUGUCUGGCACAAGGACAACAUAGCCAUCUCCUCUGAAGGGAACUAUGUCAUGAAAUGUGAAAAGAACAAAUAUUCCCUUCUCAUUAAAAGUCUUGAGCUGACCGAUCAGGGAGUGUACCUGUGCAAGGCCUCCAACAGUGUCGGCACUGCUACCUUUACCACAGAGCUCAGGGUUAUCAACAGGCCCAGCUUCGUUAAAAGCAUUGAGCCGGCUUCAGCCACUGUCAAUGACCCACUGAGGCUGGAGUGCCAGGUGGACGAGGACACUGGUGUGACCGUCACCUGGACCAGGGAUGGCAAAAAAGUCCACCAGAGCAUGGAGUGUAAACUGUCUUUUGAGGACAAGGUCGCUGUUCUUGAGAUACCCAAGUCCAAACUGAAGGACUCUGGAAAAUAUGUGUGCACAGCCACAAAUGAGGCUGGGAGCUCCUCCUGUGAGGCUGUGGUAACGGUUCAAGAGCCACCUACAUUUGUCAAGAAAAUGGAACCUAAGAUUACAUGGAAGCAAGGUAUAGCUGCACGCUUACAGUGCUCCGUGAAAGGAUCGCCUGAACUUCACAUCCACUGGUUCUGGAAUGAGAGAGAGCUUAGUGAUGGAGACAAAUACAAAAUCUCUUGCAAGAAUGGUGUUGCCGUUGUGGAGAUAAUGAACCUUGUGGUCAGUGACAGCGGCAGCUACACCUGCGAGGUGUCAAACAAUGCCGGCAGCGAGAGCUGCAACACUCUCAUAGCUGUUAAAGAGCCGCCGUCCUUUAGAAAAGAGCUGCAGACGGUGGAGGCCGUGAAGGGAGCAGCAGCUCAGCUGGAGUGUGAGAUCACAGGAACAGCUCCUUUUGAAAUCAGCUGGUUAAAGAAUAAGAAAACCAUUACCAGUGAUCAGAAAUACACAAUAAUCUCCCAAGACUCAGUGUCGAGGCUGGAGAUCCAGAUGUUUGAAAGUGCAGAUAUUGGAGAUUAUCAGUGUGUCAUUUCUAACGAUGUGGGGAAAGUCACCACCAAGGCCUCGGCUAAGCUUAAAGAGCCGCCAACUUUCUCAAAGAGGGUUGAAAGUGUUACUGCAGUUUUGGGAACCACGGUGAAGCUGCAGGGAACCAUUAAAGGCUCGGCUCCCAUCACAGUUAAAUGGAUGAAAGACUCUGACAUCCUGAGAGAUGACGAUCCAAAUAUCAAGAUGCUGUUUGAGAGCGGUGUGGCUAGCUUGUCAAUAGCAACAGUAGUCAUCAGCCACGGCGGCAAGUAUUCCUGCAAAGCAGUGAACGAGGCUGGCCAGCAGAAAUGUGAAGCCACCGUGACUGUACAAGAACCGGCCAGAAUCGUAGAACCUGCAGAGUCCAUCAGUGUGACUGCAGGAGAUUCGGCCACACUGGAGUGCACGAUCUCUGGAAGCCCAGAGCUCAAAGUGAAGUGGUUUAAAGACGGCAAGGAGAUGAUAAGUGGCCGUAAAUAUAAGAUGACUCUGAAGGACAAUAUUGCCUCCAUGAAGAUCCUCACAGCAGAAAAGGGAGACACUUCAGAGUACAAGAUGGAAGUAGCAAAUAAAGUCGGAAAAGACCAGUGCACCGUCUCAGUCACAGUCUUAGAUCGGAUAAUGCCUCCAACGUUCACCAAGUCCCUGAAAAGAGUUGAUGGGAAUGUUGGCAGUGAUGUCUCCAUGGAUUGCAAGGUGUCUGGGUCCCAACCUAUGACCAUAACGUGGUUCAAAGAUGAACAGGAGAUUGUUUCAGGAGUUAAAUUCCAGCCUGAAUUCAAAGACAGCUCUGCUAUGCUGAGAAUAGCUUGGCUGGAAAAGGCCGACUCUGGAGUUUACACAUGCAGAGCCAACAACUCGGCCGGCUUUAAGGAAACCAGUGGCACACUCUAUGUCAAAGAGCCCCCAGUGUUCACAGCGACACCAGAAAACCAGGAACUUAUACCGGGAGCCACCGUUUCCCUCAGAGCAGCCUUCACCGGGACGCCUCCUCUGGCCAUCAAAUGGUUCAGGGAGGAGAAAGAGAUUAUAACUGGAGGCUUUUAUUUCAUAAAGAAAGAAGCCUCUUCAAGCUCUUUGGAGCUCCACUCUGUGAAACCGAGUGAUUCAGCUAAAUACACCUGCCAGGUGUCCAACGAUGCUGGGAAGGUGGACUGUACCACAGUCCUCUUUGUGAAAGAGCCUCCUGUGUUUGUGAGGAAACUCGAGGCGACCAAACUCGUCACCAGCAGUGACUCCGUCAGGCUGGAGUGCAAAGUGACGGGCAGCCCCGUCAUCAGCUUCAGGUGGUUUAAGGAUGAGAUGGAGAUCAGCUCCGGGCCCAGAUACUCCAUGAGCUCCAUGGAAUUAGUGGCAGCCCUGGAGAUAGUGCAGUGUGCAGUGGAGGACAGUGGAGAUUAUGUGUGUUUGGCUUCCAGUGAGGCUGGGAGUGAUCGAUGCAGCAGCACAGUCACAGUCAAAGAACCGCCGUUGUUUGUGCGUAGCUUGGAGCCCAAAGAUGUGGUAAAAGGUUCUGAGAUGAUGCUGGAGUGCCAGGUUUCUGGUUCUGCUCCUUUCACUGUGUCGUUUUACAAAAACACUAAGGUGAUUAGAAACGACAAAAGACACAGGAUCACAGUGAAAGAGGAGCUGGUAGCCUUGCAGCUGCUGGCGGUGGAGGCCGGAGACGUGGGGUUGUACCUGUGUACUGUUGAAAACGAAGUGGGACGGUCCUCAUGUGACUGUCAGGUCACACUGAAAGAGCCGCCAUCGUUUGUGCGGAAGCUGGAGAAUCUGAGUUCUCUGGUGGACAGCGAAGUUUCUCUGCAGUGCAAUCUGAAGGGCUCUGAGCCCAUGACUGUGUCCUGGCUGAAAGACAACCACGAGCUCAGAGAGGCUGAAAACAUUCAGAUUACAUAUGAGAAGCAGACUGCAGUGCUGCACAUCAGCAGCCUGCAGAGCAAACAUGGAGGCAAAUACUCGUGUCAGGCCCAGAACCAGGCCGGCAGCCAGACCUGCUCGGCUGUACUGACAGUCAAAGAACCAGCCAAGGUCACAGAAGAGGCAAAGUCCAUCAGUGUGACUCAGGGGGAUCCGGCCACGUUGGAGGCCAGGUUCUCAGGCACUAAACCGCUGAAGGCCAGAUGGCUGAAGUCCAGCAAGGAGCUGCUGUCAGGCCAGAGAUAUAAAGUCCAGAGCACAGACAGCAGCUCUGUACUCAAGAUUAUUAAAACCGAGAAAGGUGAUGGUGGUGAAUACGUCUUUGAGGUUUCCAACGACGUCGGCCAAAGUUCUUGCGAGGCCACGCUCACUGUUCUCGAUCAAAUAAUUCCUCCAUCUUUCACAAGAAAACUGAAGCCGACCGAAGGUAUCAAAGGAUCCUUCGCUCAUCUGGAGUGCCUCGUAUCCGGCUCCCUGCCCCUAACAGUACAGUGGUACAAAGAUGAGAGAGAGAUCCAGACUGAUGACAAACACAAAUGCACGUUCUUUGAGAAUGUUGCUUUUCUGGAAAUCUCUGACCUUGACACUAAAAACAGCGGCAGCUACACCUGCAUCGCUAAAAACAAAGCAGGAGCAGUGCAGUGCUCUGGGAUCUUGUUUGUUAAAGAACCACCAUGUAUUCUUGAAAAGCCUGAAUCCAUGAAUGUGUUGCCUGGAUCAAAGGUCCUGUUUAAUGUUCUGGUUUCUGGUACGCCGCCGCUGACCAUCAAAUGGUUUAAAAACAAGAAGGAGGUUCUAUCCAGCGCCGACUGCUCUGUGGUUAAAGACAACACUUCCAGCUCUCUGGAGCUCUUCUUUGCCAAAACCUCCGACUCUGGAGACUAUGUUUGUGAAAUACAGAAUGACGUGGGCUCCACCUCAUGCCAGGCAGCACUCUUUGUCAAAGUGCCUCCAAAGUUCACUCGGACGCCGGCCCGAGUGUCCGUGGUUCGUCCUGGUCAGAGUAAAGUGUUCGAGUGUCAGGUGACCGGCACACCUGAGAUAGACAUCUACUGGUUCAGGGAAGGCUCUGAGAUGAGCCCCAGUGACCGACACCAGAUGGCCUUUGAUAACUCAGUGGCCACUUUGGAAGUCUGUGGGGCUGAAACCAAAGACAGUGGACUUUACUACUGCGAGGCUCGUAAUGAGGCCGGCAGUGAGAGCUGCAGCAUGGAGCUCAAAGUCAAAGAACCACCAUCAGUUAUUAAAGAACUGGCUCCAGCUGAUGUUGUGAAGGGAACCGGCGCUAGCUUUGAGUGUCAGGUUGCUGGGACGGGUCCGUUUGAGAUCACAUGGCACAAAGAUGCAAAGGAGAUCAAACCCAGUGCUAAACAUGGCCUCAGCCAGGUGAAUGGCACCGUGGGUCUCCAGGUGCACAGGUGUGAUGGCGCAGAUGUGGGCGAAUAUCGGUGUACUGUUGCUAACGAGGUGGGAAGCUGUUCCUGUAAAACCUCGCUCAGCCUCAAAGAACCACCAACAUUUACCAGGAGAAUCGAGAACACGGCCUCCAUUCUAGGCAAACUAGCAGAAUUUCAGUGCAUAGUUCAGGGCUCUCCCACGCUCUCUGUUCAGUGGCAGAAAGAUGAGAGCUGGAUUCUGGAGGACCCAGAGAUUGAGAGAACAUUUGAGAACAACGUGGCCACUCUCAGGAUUCCUGCCUGUGAGGCGACACACGGUGGGAAGUACACCUGCCAGGUGGUGAAUGAGGCGGGGCAGGAUAAGUGCUUUGCCACCCUCACAGUGCAAGAGCCUCCUCAGAUCACUGAGAAACCUGAGCUGUUAAAGGUGUCAGUCGGAGAUCCGCUCAGUCUGGACUGUAAGGUAACAGGCUCACCUGAACUCAGAGUCAAGUGGAUGAAAGAUGGCAGAGAGCUUCAGUCCAUCCGGCAGCACAAGCUGAUCUUUGAGAAGAACACCAGCAGCCUGAAGAUCCAGGCUGCACAGAGAGAGGAUGAAGGAGAGUAUGUCUUCGAGGUGGCAAACCACAUCAGUAGCUGCACCUGCAGAGUGAAAGUGAUCGUGUUAGAACAAGUGAUUCCUCCGAGCUUCAUCAAACCUCUGGUAGACAUGCAAGAGAUUCUGGGCUCCUUUGUACAGAUCUGCUGUAAAAUAUCUGGUUCUCUGCCCAUCUCUGUGGAAUGGCAGAAAGAUGGUGCUAAAAUCUCUAGUGGUGUGAAACACAAACUCAUCCAGCAGGACAACUCAGUGUCCAUUGAAAUUGAACAGCUGGAAAGAUCCGAUGCAGGAUCCUACAGGUGCAAACUGACCAAUGCAACAGGAAGCUGUGAAUGCAAUGGAUCGCUCAUGGUCAAAGAACCUCCCAGCUUUGUGCUGCUGCCUGAGUCCCAGGCGGCUCUGCCCAACGCCACUGUCCGAUUCAAAACCACGUUUAAGGGAACUCCUCCCUUCACAGUCAAAUGGUUCAAGGACGACACAGAGCUCAUGACUGGGCCGACAUGUUUCACAGGGCUGGAUGGGAUGUCCUGCUUCUUAGAGCUCUACUCAGUGGCUGUCACUCAGAGUGGAGUUUACUCUUGUCAAGUCGGCAACGACGCUGGCUCUACACGCUGCAGUGCAGACCUGACGGUCAAAGAACCACCUGAAUUUGUGCUGAAACUCCCUGCUGUUAAGUUUGUGAAGCAGGGUGAGUCACUCCGCCUGGAGUGCAAAAUCAGUGGCACUGUUCCCCUGAAAAUGACCUGGUACAAACAUGACACCAAGGUCACCGAUGUGGGCAACUGCAGGACUUCAUUUGCUGACUCGGUAGCAGUCCUGGAACUGCUCUCUGCCACCUUUGAUGAUGAUGGAGUUUACACCUGUGAAGCUCAGAAUGAUGCUGGCAGUGUCAGCUGCAGCACCACACUGACCGUUAAAGACCCCCCAUCUUUUGUCAAAGUCCCUCAGCCUGUUGAAGGGCUGAAGGGUAAAGACGUGAGUCUGUACUGCGAGAUGAGCGGUACAGCUCCGUUCCAGAUCACCUGGUUCAAAGACAAAAAACCUCUGAUGGAGAGCAGGAAGUAUAAGAUGGUGAGCGAGGGCAGCUCGGCCACGUUGCAUGUCAUUGGAAUAGAGGCUUCGGAUGCCGGCGAAUACGAGUGCAAAGUGUCAAACAGUGUAGGAAGUGACACCUGCCAGACAUCAGUUAAACUCAGAGAGCCGCCGUCAUUUGUGAAGAAACUGUCAAACAUGACAGUGAUUCUGGGAGAGGAGGUGACCCUUGUGGCCACCGUUAAAGGCUCUGAACCCAUUACUGUGUCCUGGGUUCAAGGCAAGGAUCACAUUCUCAGGGACGGUGACAACAGGAAAAUCACCUUUGAGAACAACAAGCUCGCACUUAAAGUGUUUAAGGCCGAUGCGACCACGGCAGGCAGAUACACCUGCCAACUCAGAAACGAUGCUGGGAGUGUGGAGUGUUUCGCUAACUUGACUGUUCUAGAACCCGCUAAGAUCGUGGACAAACCCGACGCGCUGAGUGUCACGGCGGGUGACAUAGCCGCCCUGGAGGUGAAAGUGUGUGGAACCCCGGAGCUCAUACCCAAGUGGUUCAAAGACGGUGUAGAGCUGGCAUCUGGGAGGAAGUACAAGAUCUCCUUCUCUAGGAUGAUCUCUAGCCUGAACGUGCUCUCUGCUGAGAAAAUGGACUCCGGAGAGUACACGUUUGAGGUCAUGAACGAAGUCGGGAAGGACCUGAGUAAAAUUAAUCUCACUGUCUUAGAUAAGACCAUCCCUCCAGCGUUCUCCAGGAAGCUGAAAGAGAGCCACACAGUCAUUGGACAGGCUGGAGAGAUGGAGUGUAAAGUGUCGGGUUCCCCUCCUUUCACCAUCUCGUGGUACCACGAUGGGGAGGAGAUCCAAAGCGGACCCAACUACGAGGUUUGCUUCAGCGAUAACACCUGCCUGCUCAGGGUUCCCACGCUGAAGCUCUCCGACUCCGGAACCUACAGGUGUAAAGCUGUCAACAAGGCGGGGUCCAGCGAAACGUCAGCCGCCCUCGUAGUCAAAGAGCCUCCAUCCUUCGUGGUUCCCCCCCAGCUGGUGGAGGCCAUGCCCGGCUCCACCGUCACCUUCUCCUCCAUUGUGAAAGGCAGUGCCCCCCUCAGGCUGAAGUGGUUCAGAGGCACGAAGGAGAUGGUCUCAGGACGAGGCUGCGAUUUUUCUCUGAAGGACAACCAGGUGGUUCUGGAGCUCUACAAUGUGGACCGUUCUCAGGCCGGAGAAUACACCUGCCAGAUCAUCAACGACGCCGGCAAGGAGAGCUGCCCGGUGAACUUCACCAUCAAAGAGCCGGCGGCCUUCACCAAGAAGCUGAAGGAUGUGUCGGUGGAGAAAGGCAAACCUCUGACGCUGGAGUGUUCCUACGUGGGAACUCCAAAGAUCACGGUGAGCUGGUUCAGAGACGGCCAGCAGAUCUUUGCUUCCUACAGAUACAACAUCACCACCACAGAGAACUCCUGCAUCCUGGAGUGUCUCAGCACCGACGACAAGGAGGCCGCCGGGAAGUACCGCUGCCAGGUGUCCAACGGCGCUGGAGAGGACAGCUGUGAGGCCACCGUGUCCAUCCUGGAGCCUCCAUACUUCCUGGAGUCCCUGGAGCCCAUGGAGGUGACGGCAGGAGACGCCGUCUGUCUGAAGUGUCAGGUGGCCGGAACACCUGAGAUCAAGGUGUCCUGGUUCAAGGCCGAUGGAAAGGUGCGGUCCAGCCCCACCUGUAAGCUGGAGUACUCCAAGGGCGUGGCCUGUCUGAAGCUCAGUAAGGCCUCCAAGGCUGACGUGGGGGAGUACACCUGUAAGGCGGAGAACCGGAUAGGCUCCGCCUCCUCCACCUGCAGACUCAACGUGCUCGAGGCCAAAACACCGCCGUCCUUCCCCAAGAAGAUCACCAGCCUGCAGCAGACUGAGGGCCAGGCGGUGCGCUUCGAGUGCCGUGUCGCGGGUUCGUCGCCCGUGGAAGUGUCGUGGCUGAAGGACGGAGAGCCGCUGCAGCCGGGAGAUGACUUCUGCAUGUCGUAUGACGACAACACGGCGGUGCUGCAGAUCCAGCGAGGAGAGAUGAGGCACUCCGGAGAGUACACCUGCAUGGCCACCAACAGUGUAGGCUCUGCCUCCUGCAGGGCCAAGCUCACCUUACAAGAGCCCAGGUUUGCUCCGGUGUUUGACAGGAAGUUGUCACCACAGGAAGUGACGGUGGGCGACAGCGUUGUGCUGGAGUGCCACAUGACCGGCUCCGCCCCCAUUAAAGUCACAUGGUCCAAAGACCACAAAGACAUUCGCUCAGGGGGGAACUAUAAGAUGAGCUGUGAGGAGAACACGGCCCACCUGACCAUCGUGAAGGCAGAUAAAGCCGACGCGGGGCGCUACUUCUGCCAUGCCUCUAAUGACAUGGGGAAGGACUCUUGUUCCUCCGAUAUCACUGUCAAAGAGCGUAAGAACCCUCCGGUGUUCACCAAAAAGCCCUCAGAGCACGUUGAGGAUACCGAGGGCAAACUGGUGAAGAUUGAGGGCCGGGUCUCCGGCUCGCAGCCAAUCUCGGUCAGCUGGUUCAAAGACCAAAAGGAGAUCCACAGCUCUGACAAAUACGACAUCAGCUUUAAGAGUAACGUGGCCGUGCUGUGCAUUAAGAGCAGCCAGGUGACCGAUAGCGGCAGGUACUCCUGCCACGCCUCCAACGAAGCUGGACGAGCUUCCUGCGACGUCACUGUGGGCAUCUCAGAGGCCAAGAAGCCUCCGAUGUUUGACGUGCCACUCAAACCGGUGACGGUGGAUGAAGGCGAGAAGCUCGUUCUGCGUUGUCACGUCUGCGGCUCGGCUCCGCUGAAGGUCCAGUGGAUGAAGGACAGAAAGGACCUGAUGCCAUCUGGUAGAACCAGGAUCAGCUUCUCUGAUGGGAUGGCCUGUCUGGAGAUCAGCGCCGCCGCCACACAUGAUGCUGGAGACUACCUCUGCAAGGCCUCCAACGACGCCGGCAGCGAGUUCUGCAAAGCCAAAGUCACCUUCAAAGAGAAACCAGGAGCUCCGCCUCCUGCUGAAGCUCCAGCAGCAGCUCCAACCAAAAAACUGGACAAUCUGUUCUUCAUCGAGGAGCCCAAGACAGCAAACGUCACAGAGAAGGGAAUUGCCACCUUCAUCGCCAAAGUGGGCGGCGACCCGAUCCCCAGCGUGAAGUGGAUGAAGGGCAAGUGGAGGCAGAUCACCCACGGUGGCCGGAUCGCCAUCGAGCAGAAAGGCCAGGACGCCAAGCUGGAGAUCAGAGAGGUGACCAAGUCGGACUCGGGUCAGUACCGGUGCGUCGCCUCCAACAAGCACGGCGAGAUUGAGUGCAGCGCCGACAUGCACGUGGACGAAAAAAAAGAGGCGGCACAGCUGGAAGGAGACCUCCGGGCCAAACUGAAGAAGACACCAUCAAAGCAGAAGAGUCCUCAGGAGGAGAAGGACAUCGACAUUGUUGAGCUGUUGAGAAAUGUGGACCCCAAAGAAUAUGAGAAAUACGCCCGAAUGUACGGCAUCACCGACUACCGAGGCCUACUGCAGGCCAUCGAGCAGCUCAAGAAGGAGAAGGCUGAAGAAAGUGGAAGACCUGAGGUGGAACGUGGAGACAGAGAGUCGGAUGAGGACAUGGCCCGACUGGUGGCCGACCUACAGAAGAGGAUGGAGCGCACAGAGCCCGUCACCGUGCUGAGGGACAUCUCCAACCAGGCCGUCUUCACCAACAAGGAGGCCGAGUUCGAGUGUGAGGUGAAGAUCAACUACCCAGAGAUCACUUUGUCCUGGUACAAGGGAACCCAGAAACUGGACACUAGCGACAAGUACAACAUCAGCAUCAGCGGCGACCGCCACCUGCUCCACAUCAAGAAAUGCCAGAUGUCCGACCAGGGCAACUACCGGGUCGUCUGUGGGCCGCACAUCUCCAGCGCCAAGCUUACCAUCAUGGAGGCAGAAGUUGAGAAGCAUCUGCAGGACACAUUGGGUAAGGAAGGCCAGUCGUGUUCUCUGUCUUGUCAGUUGUCCAUCCCUAACGUAGAGGCUCAGUGGUUUAAAAAUGGCCAGCAGUUAGAGCUGAAGGGCAGGUACACGUCCAAGGUCAGACACAAGGUUCAGAAGCUUGUGAUCACAGACCUGAAGCCUGAAGACCAGGGCAGAUACAGCUGCAGGUACCAGCACCUGGAGUCGUCGGCCGACCUCUGGGUGGAAGCUGAACAAAUUCAUUUCACCAAACGCAUCCACAAUAUUGAAGUCAACGAGCGCCAGUCGGCCACGUUUGAGUGUGAGGUUUCCUUCGACAACGCUAUCGUUUCGUGGUACAAAGACACCUGGGAACUGAAAGAGAGCCCUAAGUACAACUUCAGAAGCCAGGGACGAAGACAUUUCAUGGUUAUCCGAAACGUGUCCACAGAAGACGAAGGCGUGUACUCAGUGAUUGUGAGGUUGGAGCCCAGAGGAGAGGCUAAGAGCACAGCUGAGCUUUAUUUGUCUGGCAAAGAAAUUGAAUUAGCAAUGGUGCCCAUCGAUAUCCCAGACUCCUCAGUUCAGAGGCCUGAGGUUCCUUCAUCAGUUUCACUUCAAGAAUCUGCUGAAUUCUAUCAUUUUGAAGAAAUGACUGAACAUCGAGUGGAGCUUCAGAGCUGGAUGGAGGAGACCAUCACUCAGCAGGUGUCCACCAGCUCAGCUGCCAGAGUUCCCGUUGAGGAGAAAGUGGAGACCAAGAAAGUUGAAAUGAAAGAAGAGAUGCCAACUAAAGUUCCCAAAGCUGAGAAAAAGCCUGAAGAGAAGCCAACAGUUGUGAAGGAACCGUCUCCACCCAAAGAGGCCAAGAAGCUGGUGGAGGAGAAAGUUCCUGUAGUUUCGUUGCCUGAGAAGAAGGAAGCACCUGCUGUUAAAGAACCAGAGGAGGUAAAGAAGCCAGCUGUCGCUCCGUCGCUGCCUGCUGAGAAACCUGGAGUGCCAAAGAAAGAUGAGCCUCAGGUUCCAGCAGAGCCCAAAAAAGUGGCACCUGCAGCUGAGCCUGAACCAAAGCCUAAACCAGCAGCAGCUCCCAAAGCGCAGCCUGAAGCUAAGCCUGAAGCUAAACCUGCAGCCAAGGCUGAGCCGGAGCCUGAAGCUAAGACGGUGCCGGUCCAGAAGCCGGCCAUGCCGCCAUCCAAAGUCCCUGAAGAGGCUGCCAAACCAAAGCCAGAACCAGAAACCCGAAAAGCAAAGCCAGAACCAGAAAAAACAAAACCAGAAGUCCAUAAACCUGAACCUCCUGUAGCGAAGCCAGAACCUGAAGAACCUGCGAUGGUUCCCAAACCUAAAGCUGAGGUGAAACAAGCCGAAGCUCCGGUGUCAAAACCAGAACCUUCAAAAACCAAACCACAGCCAACAGUCCCACCAAAGGAGCCUGAGAAGAAAGUACCAGAAGCACCGACAAAGAAGGAGGUGGCUGCACCUCCAGCACCUCCUGCAGCUCCUGCAGCUCCUGCACCUCCUGCAGCGCCACAAAAGCAGGAAAAGAAGGAAGAAGCAGCACAGAAGAAGCCUGAGGCAGCUAAAGUUCCUGUGGUGGAAAAAAUACCCGAGCCUCUGAAAGCAGCCAAGAAACCUGAAGCUGUUCGUCCCAAAGAAGAGCCAACAGGAGCAGAGAAAGCUUUGAAGCCCAAACCUAAACCUGAAGAGGUGUUUGAUGGGGUAGAACCUGAGAGGCUGCCUGAUAAAACACCUGAAAGACUACCUCCAGGGAAACCUGACAUGAAAGAAAAGACCCAUGAGAGGGUCCCAGAAAAAGUACCUGAGGAAAAGGAGAAGGCUCCUCCUGAAAGGAAGCCUGUAAAAGUUCCUCCAAAGGUGGCUGAAGAAGAGAGGAUUCCUGAGAAGAAGCCACCUGAGGAGAUUCCUGUGAAGGUUGAGGAGGUAAAGCCUGACAGGCUGUCAAAGAAACCACCCGAGAGGAUCUCAGUAGAUAAAACACCUGAGAAGGUGCCUGAAGCCAAACCUAAACGAGACGCUGAAGAAGCUCUUCCUACAGGAAUCGGAGGUGAGAAGGUUACGAAGAGAGAGCCCACUGAGGCUGAACAGCAGAAAAAAAUCCCUCCUGAAAAAGCAGUGACCAGUCUGGUCAAGAUUGAGCAAAAGAAAGGAGCUCAGAAGAUACAGGAGGUUUAUUAUGUGACAGAGAAAGUUUCUUCCACGGAGGAGUUGUGGGAACAUGAAGAAGUCACGGAACAACACGCCGAAGUGUUGUAUGAAGAGGAAGUGGCGGCUGUUGGCCAAACAGUGGUGUCAGAAAUAGACAUGAUAAAAGAGAAACAGAGAGAGGAAAAGUCUGAGCUGAGAGGUCAGAUAUCUGUUACUGAUGCUUCACAGACCAGAGAAAGCAGAGAAAACAAACAGAGAGUCGACCAGAAAACACAAGAAACUGUAGAUUUAAUCCACACCAUUGAUACAGAGCUGCCAGAUAAACCCACAAAACAACAGGAGGAGGAGGUUUUUGUAAGGAUGAUCGAGUCACCGACGGAGGAAAGUUCAGACCAGAGGAAAGAGCUGCCAGACAAAACCCAAACUAGAGUCAGAAAGGACAGACAGAUGCGUCUUAAAACAGAAAGCAAAGACAAACACCAGGAAACUAUUUCAGACAAACAUGUAGAGUUGGUCACAGAUGAAGCAGAUAAAACCAAACCAGAGGCUAGAAAACAGAAAACAGAGUCCGUUUAUCAGGUCGGUGGAAUAUUAUCAGCUGUUCAAGAUCCUAAACACAACAGAAGGACAGUAGAAGUAGUAGAAAUAACCACUGCACAGACAGAAGAUAAAACCACUAAAAGGAUCUCUGAGAGUAGGGAGGAGGAAACUCAGAUUAAACCAGCUGUCAUAUCUGACGUCCUGAAGGACAAAACAUCAGUUAAAAAACCAGAGAAGGUUAAAGCUCAACAAAUGUUUGAUACAAACAACAAAGUUCCUGAUAAAGUGGAGCUAAAACCAAAACAGUCAGUAACAGAUAUCGAUCUUAAGAAGCCAGAAAUGAUCCGACGGGAGUUUGAAUCUAAAACAGAGGAACCCAAAUAUCCUGAUAGGACCAAAGAACUUUUAAUCGAAGUUCAGAUGAAACCUUUAGCUCCUUCCAAACCAGAGGACAUGAAAAGGAUUUCAACACAAACCGCUUCCAGAGAAGCUGAAGCUCAGAAGAUUCCUACGACUGUUUCUUUGUCUCCUGAAAUUGCAGUUGAGCCAAAAGGACUAAAGAGAGUUCCUGCCAAAGAGAAGGACUUACCUCCACAAGUGAAAGAACCCCCGACUGCUCCUCCAGAAGAGAGCAAACCGCAGGUUCCUGCAAAGGUUCAAGAAGCUGCCAAAAAGCCUGAAGUCAGGGAGAAGUUGGAGAAGAGACUUUCUCCACAGGAAGAAACAAAGCCAGCGGCCAAGCCCAUCAAGAAGGCUGAAGAACCAACCAGGAUGGUCGCAGCAGCAGAAGAACCAGUUGUAGAGACAGAUGAAACCAAGGGACCUGUCCAAGCACCAGGAGGAGUCAAGAAAGAAAUGGUUCUGCCCAAAAAAGGUAAAGUUCAGUUGGAAGAGGAUGGCACAUUUGAGAUCCCCACCUUAAAGAAAACAACCAGAGUCUUGAGGGAAGUGGCAGAGGAGCAGGAGACCAUCAAGCUGAAGAAGAUCCCAUCGGUUCCACCUAAAGAGCCCGAACAAGAGCAGAAACCUCAGAAGGUCACCACCACCACAGCUUUUGCUGUGGAGGAGAUGGUGGAAAGAGAGGCUGUUGAGUUUCCAGUGGCCACCAGGAGACCUGUGGAGGAGAGGAAGCCUCGAGACAAAGCAGACACGGUGAAAAAGCCAGAGGUUAUUAAACCUAAAGAAGAGGAACAAAAAGUGCCUCCUAAAGAUGCAUGGACCCGCCAGAAGCCCAUCCCAAAAGACGCGGAACCGGAAGACAAGAUUUCUCUAAAGAAGUCUCCCAAAGCACUGAAAGAGGAGGGACCUGCUCCACCUAGUGCAGCCCCGAAGAAGGUGAAAAAACUGCCAAAAGAUGAGGAGGAACCAGAAGUCAUCAAAUUAAAACCAUUUGAGAAGCCUAAACCAGCAGAGGAGCCUGAGAAAGACAAGAAGGAGAAGCCAGAAAGGGACACUGUGCCUUUCCAGAAGGGAGAGAGGACUCCCAGAGAAGUGGAGACCAAAGAACCGCCAAAGAAACCUGAGAAAACACCUCCAGAGGCAAAGGAGCCACCGGCUAAGGUGCCAAAGCCAAUAGAUAAAAAGAAAACUCCAGAGAAGGAGCCUGAGGAGGUCAAAGCACCCAGCAAGGUGAAGAAAAUCCCAACAGUGGAACAAGAGAUAGAAAGCGUGAAGCUGAAGCCCUUCUCAAGGCCUUCCAAACAAGCUGCAGAACACGAGAAGAAACCAGCAGAGGAGAAAGAGAAAAAGCCAGUUGAUGAUCUACAGCGUCGUCCUCGCACAAGUCCAGAUGAAAAAACUAAAGAACAAGAGCCAGAAACAAGGCCGAAGAAACCUGAGAUCCCAGAAGCUCCUGAGACUAAGCAAGAGAAGCCUAAGGAGGUAGAAGCAGUUCCAGUGGAGAAGACAGCGUCUCCAGCACCAGCCGCUGUUAAGAAACCAGAGAAGGUUCCUGAGGAAUCCAAACCUCUGCAGCUGAAGAAAGGAGUUAUACCAAAGGCAGCAGAGGAGAAAGAAGAGGUGGCUCUGAAGCCUGUGGAGCAGCUCAAGACAGUCGAGCUCAAAAAGACUCCAUCUCCUAAAACUGGGAAGCUUAAAGAAGCUGAAGCAGUCCCUCUGGACAGGAGGCCAAGCAUUGAUAAACUCAGAAAGAUCCCUAAAGCUGUUUCACCCAAAGACUCUGCUGAAGCCGUGACUCUCAAGAAGAUCCCAAAGAAGCCAGAAGAGAAGGCUGCAGAACCAGCCAAGCCAGAGAAAGGGAAGGUUCCCCUGGUGAAGGAGGUCUCUCCUGGAGCUGUGCAGAUGAAGAAGAUCGCCACUCAGCCAGAGGAGGAGGUGUUCGAAGAGGAGUUUGAGGCCGAGGAAGAUGCCGAGCAGGAGGAAGAGGAGGCCUGGGGUUGGGAGCUGGUUCCUCGGGAGAGUUAUGGCUCAGAGGAUUGGGAAGGUGAAGGAGAAGAAGGAGCUCUGGAGGUUCCAGGGGUGUCCAGGAGAGAGGGACAACCAGCAGAGGAAGCAGGAAGAGGUAGAGGUAGAGGACUGAAACCCAAGCAGACUCCAUCCCCUGGAGAAGGCAGGGGCCGUGGACUGAAGCCCGGUGGAAAGGGCCCACCACCACCAGAGGAGCCCUUUGGAGGAUUCAAGCUCAAAGCCGUUCCGCUGAAGUUCAUCAAGAAGCUCCAGGACAUCAUGUUGCAGGAGGCUGAGUCCAUCGGCUCGUCUGCCGUGUUCGAGUGCGAGGUGUCGCCCUCCACCGCCAUCACUUCCUGGAUGAAAGACGGCAGCAACCUGCGUGAAAGCCCCAAACACAAGUUCACCUCUGAUGGAAAAGACCGCAAGUUGAACAUUAUUGAUGUCCAGCUGUCCGAUACCGGUGAAUACACCUGUGUGGCCAAGAACGCUGGAAAGGAGAUAUCGUGCACAGCCAAGCUCAUCGUUGAAGAGCUUCCUGUGAAAUGGAUCAAGGAGCUGGAGGAGGAGACAUCUACUCUGAAGGGUCAGCCUAUCUACAUGACCUGUGAGCUCAACAAAGAGAGAGAUGUGGUCUGGAAGAAGAACGGUGCUGUCCUGAAGAAGAAGGAGGGCAAGGUUCAGAUCAAUGUCAUUGGCAUGCAGCACGCCGUGACCAUCCAGAACUCCACCGACGAGGACGCCGGCGCCUACACCUGCGAGGUGGACGGACAGGAGGACGUGAAGACGACCACCAACAUUAAAGUGAUCGAAAUCAUCAAAGACUGGAUCGUGAAGCCUCUGAGGGAUCAGCAUGUGAAACCGAAGCAAACCGCUACCUUCAAGUGUGAGCUGUUCAAAGACACUCCCAACUGGAAGUGGCUUAAAGGAGAGAACGAGAUCACACCGUCUGACAAGGUGGAGAUCAAGAAGGAUGGAAAAGAGCUGACACUGACCAUCAAGAACUGUCAUCCCGAUGACGUAGCAGAAUAUGCCAUGGAGGUGGAAGGACGCGUCUACACGGCCAAGCUGACGCUAGGAGAGCGCGAGGCCGAGAUCCUGAAGCCUCUGGCCAGUGUGGAGGUGGUGGAGAAGGAGGAGGCCACGUUUGAGACGGAGAUCUCUGAGGAUGAUGUUCCAGGAGAAUGGAAGCUCAGAGGAGAAGUUCUGACCAGAUCACCGACAUGCGACAUUCAGAUAGAGGGUAGAGUCCGUAGGCUCAUCCUGAAGAACUGCCAGGUGGACCAGGCCGGAGAAGUUUCCUACCAGGCCCUGAAUGCCGUCACCACCGCCAUGCUCACUGUCAAAGAAAUCGAAAUGGACUUUGUGGUCCCGCUGAAGGACGUUUCUGUGCCAGAAAAGAAACAGGCUAAGUUUGAGUGCUCCAUCACCAAGGAUGUCUCUAAGGUCAUGUGGUACAGAGGGGCUGACAUCAUCAUCCCUGACCAAAAGUAUGACAUCAUCGAUGAUGGAAAGAAGCACAUGUUGAUCAUAAACUGCUGUGAGUUUGAUGACGAGGACGAAUACACGAUUGAGGUUUUGGGGAAAUCUUCGUCUGCCAGACUUACGGUGGAGGGUAUCAGGCUCAAAUUUAUCUCACCAAUCAAGGACCAAACGGUAAAGGAGGGUAAAACGGCUCGAUUCGAGCUGGAGCUCUCUCAUGAGAACAUCCCCGUCAGCUGGUACAAGAACGACGUUAAAAUCCACCCGAGCAGAAACGUGCUUGCUCACGUGGACAGAAAGAAACACGUGCUUGAAAUAAGAGACGUGACUCUAGACGAUACCUGCCAGAUUAAAGCUGAGGCCAAAGGGAUUCCUACCAUGGCCAACCUGACGGUGAUAGAGGGCGAUGCCUACUUCACAGUGAAGCUGCAGGAUUACACUGCAGUGGAGAAAGACCAGGUGGUUCUAGACUGUGAGCUCAGCAAAGACGUUGACGUCAUGUGGUACCAUAACGAAGCUGAGAUCAAAGCCUCUAAGAUGGUUUCCAUUAAAGCUGAAGGCAAACGCAGAACCCUUGUCAUCAAGAGAGUCGGAGACAAAGACAAAGGACAGUACGUAUGUGACUGUGGGACAGACAAAACAACAGCAACGCUUCACAUUGAAGCUCGGCACAUCAAGGUGGUCCGGCCGAUGUACGGCGUCGAGGUGUUUGACGGAGAAACUGCUCGAUUUGAGGUCGAGCUCAGUGAGGACGACGUCCACGGCCAGUGGAAACUGAACGGAGAAAUCCUCAGUCCGUCAGCCGACACUGAGAUUGUGGAGGACGGAGCCAAACACACUCUGGUGUUGUACAACUGCAGAGUUCCUCAGACGGGCGAGGUGGCGUUCAGUGCCGCCAACGCCAAGUGUUCUGCCAACCUGAAAGUGAAGGAGCUGCCAGUUUCAUUCAUUACUCCACUGGCUGACCUUCAUGUGUACGAAAAGGACGAAGCAAAGUUUGAACUGGAAGUUUCCAGAGAACCCAAAAGCUUUCGCUGGCUGAAGGGAUCUCAGGAGUUAUCUAAUGAUGAAAAGUUUGAACUCCUGGUGGAGGGAAAAAGACACACUCUGAUUGUAAAGUCAGCCAGAUAUGAAGACGAAGCCAAAUACAUGUUUGAGGCUGAAGAUAAGAGGACGUCUGGGAAGUUGGUUAUCAAAGGUAUUCGCCUGGAGUUUAUCAGGCCGAUUAAAGAUGUGACUGUAAAGGAGCGUGAAACUGCAGAAUUCAGCGUCGAACUCUCUCAUGAAAAGAUCCCAGUGGUCUGGUACAAAAACGAUGUCCGGCUGCAUCCCAGUAAAGUGGUACACAUGUCGGAGGAGGGGAAGGUUCAUACGUUGGCCUUCAAGGAGGUCACGCUGGACGACACCUCCAUGAUCAGAGUGGAGGCUUUGGGAAAGACGUCGGAGGCGAUGCUCACCAUCCUCGAAGGUGACCUCUACUUUACAGUCAGGCUGCAGAACUACACUGCCGUGGAGAAGGACCAAGUCAUUUUGUCCUGCGAGCUGAGCAAAGCUGCCGGCGAGGUCCGCUGGUUCAAAGACGGAAAUGAAAUCUUUCUGUCCAAGAACGUCCUCGUCCAGUCUGACGGAAGGAAGCGCUGGUUGGUCAUCAGGAAGGCCACCAAGGCCAACAUGGGCUUGUACACCUGCGACUGUGGCACCGACAAAACCACAGCCGACCUGAACAUCGAAGAACGCGACAUCAAGGUUGUCCGGCCGCUAUAUAGUGUGGAGGUCACCGAGACCGAGGUGGCCAAGUUUGAGACGGAGAUUUCUGAGGAGGAUCUUCAUGCCGUCUGGAAACUUAAGGGAGAGACGCUGCACCCUUCUGCUGACGUGGAGGUCAAAGAGGAGGGAAGCCGACACAUGUUGAUCCUCUUCAACUGCCGGAUGGACAUGGCCGGAACCGUCGACUUCUCGGCAGCGAACGCCAAAUCUUCAGCUCAGCUCAGGGUGAAAGCCCGUGUGAUUGGCCUGGCGAGGCCCAUGCAGGACGUCGCCGUGACUGCCGGGGAGACCGCCACCUUCGAGUGCGAGCUGUCCUACGAAGACAUUGCCGUCGACUGGUUCCUGGGGGGUACAAAGCUGGAACCCAACGACAGAGUGGUGCUGAAGGCGGAGGGCAAAGUCCACAGUCUGACUCUGCGUAACGUUCAGCUUGAUGAAGCCGGACAGGUGAAACUGGCUGCCAAAGACUUCCAGGCGGAGGCCCAGCUGCUGGUCAGAGAGCCGGCGGUGGAGUUCACCAAGCCUCUGGAGGACCAGACGGUGGAGGAGGAGGCCAUGGCCACGCUGGAGUGUGAAGUUUCCAGAGAGAACGCUGAGGUUUGCUGGUUCAGGGACGACCAGGAGAUCAGGAAGACCAAGAAGUACGAGAUGAUCGUCGAUGGCCGCAAGAGAACGCUGCUCAUCCACGACUGCACUCUGGACGACGCCAGAACGUACGCCUGCGAUGCCAAGGAAUUCAAGACCUCCUGCUUCCUCAAUGUAGAGCCUCCUCACGUGGAGUUCUCCAAGCCGCUCCAUGACCUGGAGGUCAGAGAGAAGGAAUCUGCCAGGUUUGAAUGUGAAGUCUCCAGAGAGGACGUGAAGGUCCGCUGGUUCAAGGACGGAAGUGAAAUCAGGAAGGGGAAGAAGUACGAGAUCAUUGCUCAGGGUCGCCAACAUGUCCUCAUCGUCCACAAGUCGGUAUUUGACGACGAGGCUGAGUACGAAUGUGACGCAAAGACCUCCAAGUCCUCCGGCAUGCUGACUGUCGUAGAGGAGGAGGCCAGGUUCACCAAGAACCUGUCCAACGUGGAGGGGACGGAGACGGACAGCGUGAAGCUGAUCUGCGAGGUGUCCAAACCCAGCGCCGAUGUCAUCUGGUACCGAGGAGACGAGGAGCUGCCGGAGGGCGGCCGCUACGAGCAGAUGGUGGACGGGAAGAGGAGGAUCCUCCUCAUCCAGGACCUGAAGAUGGCUGAUGCUGGAGAAUACACCUGCAGGCUAAGUCCCAGCAUCAAGACGUCUGGAAACCUGAAGAUCAAUGAACUGGCGGCCGAGUUCAUCUCCAGACCCCAGAGUCAGGAGGUGGUGGAGGGCGAGAAGGCGGAGUUCAGCUGCUCCGUCUCCAAGGAAACCUACGAGGUGAAAUGGAUGAAGGACGACCGGGAGCUGGAGGCGGGAGACAAGUACCAGCUGCUCAGCGACGGGAAGAGACGGACACUGGUCAUCAGGAGCUGUGAGCUGAAGGACGAGGGUGGAUACGUAGUGAAGAUCGGACCAACCAGAGCCACCGCCGACCUCAUGGUGCUCGAAAAACUGAAGGUCAUCACUCCUCUGAAGGACACCGAGGCCAAAGAAGGUCUGGAGAUCGUCCUGAACUGUGAGGUAAACUCUGAAGGAGCCAAGGCCAAGUGGCUGAAGAACGACGAGACGGUGUUCGAGAGCGCCAAGUACGUGAUGGUCCAGAGGGACAACGUCUUCUCUCUUAGGAUCAAAGACGCCCAGAAGACCGACGAGGCCACCUACAGCAUCAACCUGACCAAUCAGAGAGGAGAGCAGGCCAAGAGCUCCUGCAGCCUCUCAGUUAAAGAGGAGAGUCUGAGGAUCGUGGUUCCUCUGGAGGACAUCGACACUCAGGAGAAGAAAACCAUCAGUUUCUCCUGUAAGGUCAACAGGCCCAAUGCCACCCUCAAGUGGAUGAAGGGUGGCAAGGAGAUCACCCUCAAUAAACGCAUCGUCUACAGAGUGGACAAAGACAAACACACCCUGACCAUCAAAGACUGCACGCUGGCUGACGAGGGCGAGUACACCGCCACGGCCGGAGACAACAAGUCCACCGCCGAGCUGAUCAUCAGCGAGGCGCCGACAGACUUCACGGCGCAGCUCAAAGACCAGACCAUCACCGAGUUCGAGGACGCAGAGUUCACCUGCAAACUGAGUAAAGAGAAGGCUGAUGUCAAAUGGUACCGCAACGGACGGGAGAUCAGAGAAGGACCGAGAUACACUUUUGAGAAAGACGGAAAUAUCUGCACUCUGCGUAUCAAGGAGUGCCGACCUGAUGAUGAAUGUGAAUACGCCUGUGGUGUGGACGAGAAGAGGUCCAGAGCCCGGCUCUUCGUUGAAGAGACUCCGGUGGAGAUCGUCAGACCUCCUCAGGACGCGUUCGAACCUCCGGGUUCGGACGUCGUGUUCGAGGUGGAGCUCAACAAGGACCGAGUGGAGGUGAAGUGGCUGAGAAACAACAUGACGGUUGUCCAGGGAGACAAAUACCAGAUGAUGAGCGAAGGGAAAGUCCACAGACUGCAGAUCUGUGAGAUCCGACCCAGAGACCAGGGAGAGUACAGGAUUAUCGUCAAAGAAAAAGAUGCCAAGGCCAAGCUGGAGCUGGCAGCGGUGCCUCAGAUUAAAACCACCGAUCAGAGCUACGUCACUGACGCCGGGAAGCCCGUUGUCAUGGCCGUCCCCUACAGCGCCUAUCCUCAGGCCGACGCCGACUGGCUGUACAACAACCUGAGUCUGCCCAAAGACAACAUCCACACAUCGGCCGACCGCACAGAGCUCUGGCUGAAGGACCCCAAGAAGGUGGACGAAGGCCGCUACAAGAUCAUCAUCAAGAACAAGCAUGGAGAGGGAGAAGCCUUCAUCAACCUGGACGUCAUCGAUGUCCCAGGACCCGUGAAGAACCUCCAGGUGGUGGACACUGCCGAUGGAGAGGUCAGCCUUGCGUGGGAGGAGCCUGAGAGCGACGGCGGCAGCAAAGUCAUUGCCUACGUGGUGGAGAGACGCGAUGUGAAACGUAAGACCUGGACGUUGGCCACCGAUCACGCCGAGAGCCCCGAGUACACGGUGACCGGACUCCACAAGGACUCCUUGUACCUGUUCAGAGUCUGCGCCCGCAACCGGGUUGGCAGUGGACCCAACGUCGAGACCGACAAACCGGUACAAGCCAAGAACAAGUUCGACGUUCCAGAAGCUCCCCUGAACGUGAUUGGGGGAAACGUCACCAAGUUCGGCUGCACUGUCGCCUGGGAGCCUCCGGAGUCGGACGGCGGUUCUCCCAUCACCUCCUACAUCAUCGAGCUCCGCGACAGGACGUCGGUGAAGUGGUCGCCCGUCCAGGUGACCAAAGCCGGCGAGCUCAGCGCCAUCAUCAACGAUGUCAUCGAGAACAAAGAGUACAUCUUCAGAGUCAAAGCCGAGAACAAAGCUGGCGUCGGCAAACCCAGCGCUGCCUCGCAGCCCGUCAAGAUCAUGGAUCCCAUCGAGCGUCCUAGCCCCCCUCUGAACCUGUCCUGUCAGGACCAGAACAAGAGCUCGGUUCAGCUCGGCUGGGAAACCCCGCUGAAGAACGGCGGCAGCAUGAUCACCGGCUACAUCAUCGAACGCUGCGAGGACGGAACCGACAAGUGGCUGCGUUGCAAUGCCCGGCUCUGCCCCGACCUCUUCUACAAGGUGUCUGGACUGAAAUACGGAACAAAGUACAACUACAGAGUUCUGGCUGAAAAUGCUGCUGGAGUCUCAGAUCCGUCAAACAUCAUGGGACCUCUUCUGGCCGAUGACCCACACGUUGGUCCGACCUUCGAUCUGAGUGCCUUCAAAGACGGCCUGGAGGUGAUCGUCCCUCAGCCGCUCACCAUCAGAGUACCUAUCUCUGGAUACCCGACUCCCAUCGCCAAAUGGACGUUUGGGGAGAAGGAGCUGACCACCAAGGACGAACGCGUCUCCAUGAUGACCAAGUCCACCUUCACGGAGUUGAUCGUCACACCCAGCGUCCGUCCAGACAAAGGCAUCUACACCCUGCAGCUGGAGAACGACAUCACGUCCGUGUCCGGAGAGAUUGAAGUCAACGUCAUCGCGGCGCCAAGUGCUCCAAAAGACUUCAAGGUUCUGGAGGUGACCCGGCAGCAUGUUCACCUGAGCUGGGAGGCUCCAGAACAUGAUGGAGGAAGUCCUCUGACCGGAUACCAGGUGGAGAAACGGGACGUGUCUCGCAAGACCUGGGUCAAGGUGAUCACAGGGAUCCAGGACCAGGAGUUCACCGUCACCGAUGUGGUUGAGGGAAAAGAAUAUCUGUUCCGAGUCACCGCCUGCAACAAGUGUGGACCUGGAGAGCCGGCGUACAUCGACGAACCCGUCAACGUCUCCUCUCCUGCCACUGUCCCUGACCCUCCAGAGAACCUGAGGUGGAGAGACAAGUCGGCCAGUGGCAUCUUCCUGACCUGGGAGCCACCAAAGUACGACGGCGGCACCGGCAUCCGAGGCUACAAUGUGGACCGUUGCCAGAGAGGAACCGAUAAAUGGGAGCCCUGCGGAGACCUGGUGCCCGAGCUGAAGUGCCAGGUGACGGGUCUAACCGAGGGCCAGUGGUACGCUUACAGAGUACGGGCCCUGAACCGACUCGGAGCCAGUCGGCCCUGCAAGGCCACCGAUGAGAUCCAGGCAGUGGAUCCCAAAGAGCCUCCAGAGAUCCAGCUGGAUGCCAAGCUGCUGGCCGGCCUCACCGCCAAGGCCGGCAGCAAGAUCGAACUCCCUGCUGAAGUGACUGGUAAGCCUGAGCCCAGGGUGAAGUGGACCAAAGCUGACCUGGUCCUCAAACCAGACGACAGGGUGUCCAUCGACACCAAGCCGGGACACUCCAUCAUCACCAUCAGCAAGACCAAGAGAGACGACAGCUCCACCUACAUCAUCGAGGCCACCAACAGCAGCGGCCGCGCCACCGCCACCGUGGAUGUCAACAUUCUGGACAAGCCUGGUCCACCGGCUGCGUUUGACAUUUCUGAGAUCACCAAUGAGUCCUGCUUCCUGGCCUGGAACCCUCCACGCGACAACGGUGGCUCCAAGGUCACCAACUACAUCGUGGAGCGCCGAGCUGCCGACAGCGAGAUCUGGCACCGGCUGUCCUCCACCAUCAAACAGACCACCUACAAAGCCGUGGGCCUGGUCAAGUUCAAAGAGUACAUUUUCAGAGCGUUUGCUGAAAACCAGUUUGGUGUCGGCCCACCAGCCGAACACCCCUCCAUCAUCGCCAGAUACCCCUUCGACACUCCUGGAGCUCCUUACAAGCUGGAGCCUUCAGACAUCGCCAAAGACUCUCUGACGCUGACCUGGUACGAGCCCGACGAGGACGGAGGCAGCCCCAUCACUGGGUACUGGGUGGAGAGAUACGAACCCGACCACGACAAGUGGAUCAGAUGCAACAAGCUGCCCAUCAAGGACACUAACUACAGAGUUAAAGGCCUGCCUACCAGGAAGAAGUACAAGUUCAGAGUCCUCGCCGAGAAUCUGGCUGGAACUGGAAAACCCAGCAAAGAGACGGAUCCCAUCCUUGUCAAAGAUCCCAUUGAUCCUCCAUGGCCUCCUGGUAAACCCACAGUGAAGGAUGUGGCUAAGACCUCCUGCUUCCUGAUGUGGACCAAACCGGAGCACGAUGGCGGCGCGAAGAUUGACGGCUAUGUCAUUGAGAUGCUGAAGAGCGGCACCAUGGACUGGAUUCGGGUGGCGGAGAACAUCAACAUCCUGGAGCAUUUCCUGAAGGGGCUGAUGGAGAAGCAGGAGUACUCGUUCAGGAUCCGAGCCAUGAACGUGGCCGGAGAGAGCGAUCCCAGCGAGCCCAGCGACCCGGUGCUCUGCAAGGAGAGGCUCAACCCUCCUUCGGCUCCACGUUGGCUGGAGGUCGUCAACAUCAGCAGGAACAGCGCUGAGCUGAAGUGGACGCUCCCUGAGCGUGACGGAGGCUCAAAAAUCACCAACUAUGUGGUGGAGAAGCGUGAUGUGAGACGGAAAGGCUGGCAGGCCGUGGACACCACCAUCAAGGAGCUGAAGUACACCGUGACGCCACUCAACGAAGGAUCGCUUUACGUGUUCCGCGUUGCCGCUGAGAACGCCGUAGGUGUCGGACCGUUCUGUGAGCUGGAGGAUUCAGUGCUAGCAAAAGACACUUUCACUACUCCUGGGCCACCAUAUGCUCUUACUGUCAACGCUGUGAGCAAGAGAUACGUGGACCUGCAGUGGGAGGCGCCUCAGAAUGACGGUGGCAGACCCAUCCUCAGAUACUCCAUUGAGAAGAAGGAGAAGCUGGGAACUCGCUGGGUGAAAUGUGGGAAGACUUCAGGUCCUGACUGUAAGUACAGAGUGACGGACGUCAUUGAGGGAACAGAGGUUCAGUUCCAGACCCGCGCUGAGAACGAAGCCGGUGUUGGACACCCCAGCGAACCCACUGAGAUCCUCACCAUCGAAGAUCCAACAGGCGUCCCUUCACCGCCCAUCGAGCUUCAUGUGACCGGAGCCAGCCGAGACUUCCUGUCCAUCUCCUGGAAGCCUCCUCAGAGGGACGGCGGCUGCCCUAUCAGCGGCUACCACAUCGAGAUGUGUGAGGCCGGAACCGAGAAGUGGAUGAGGGUCAACUCCCGUCCGGUGAAGGAGCUGAAGUACCGCGUGGAGGAGGGCGUGGUUCCCGAGAAGGAGUACAUUCUGAGAGUGAGGGCCAUCAACAGCGUCGGAGUCAGCGAGCCCUCCGAUAUCUCCGAGAACGUCUUCGCCAAAGACUCUGACUGUAACCCCACACUGGAUUUCCAGACCCUGGACCUGGUUGUCAUAGAAACAGAGAAGCUGCACAUCCCAGUUCCUUUCAAAGCUGUUCCCUCGCCCAAAAUCACCUGGCACAAAGACGGCAAGGAGCUGAAGGCCGACGAGCGCCUUGGCUUCAGGAAGGAGUACACUUCCUGUCACCUGGAAGUCGACAGCAGCCUUCACGCUGAUGCUGGAGUCUACAAAGUGACUCUGGAAAAUAAACUGGGCAGUGCAAGUGCCACCAUCAAUGUUAAAGUUAUCGGUCUUCCUGGUCCUUGCAAGGAGAUUGUGGCCUCUGAGAUCACAAAGAGCUCCUGUAAAGUCUCCUGGGAUCCUCCAGACUAUGACGGCGGCAGCCCGAUUCUUCACUACGUCCUGCAGCGGCGUGAGGCCGGCAGGAGGACGUACAUCAACAUGAUGUCCGGAGAGAACAAGGUCAGCUGGACUGUCAAAGACCUCAUCGCCAAUGGAGAGUACUAUUUUAGAGUACAGGCCGUCAACAAGAUCGGAGGAGGAGAGUUUAUUGAGCUACGCAACCCAGUCAUCGCAGAGGACCAGAAACAUGCUCCCGACCCGCCUGUGGAUGUUGAGACCCACAACCCCACGUCUAGCACCAUCACUCUGACCUGGAAGCCUCCCAUGUACGACGGCGGCUCCAAGAUCAUGGGUUACAUCCUGGAGAAGCAGCAGAAGGGUGAGGACAAGUGGGAGAGGUGCAACGACUUCCUUGUGCCCGUCCUGUCUUAUACCGUCAGAAGGCUGAUGGAGGGCAAGAACUACACCUUCAGAGUCAAAGCUGAAAACGCCGCUGGGGUCAGCGAGCCGUCACGAAACACGCCGUUCAUUAAGGCCUCGGACGCCGUUGAUCCUCCGAAGGUUUUCCUCAGUGGCAGUCUGCAGUCUGGCCUCAGCGUGAAGCGAGGCUGCGAGAUCUGCCUGGACGCCAACAUUUCUGGUUCACCAUACCCUCAGAUCACCUGGUACUGGAACAACCAGGUGAUCCGGCCCGAACCACUCCGCAAGAGACCUGAAAAACCCCUGAAGAAGAAGGUGGAGAAGAAGGAGGAGGAGGGAGAGAAGAAGGAGGAAGAGAAGAAGGGAGAGGCCGAGACCAAAGAGGAGAAGAAAGAGGGAGAGGUGAAGGAAGGAGAGGAGAAGAAGGAAGGAGAGGAGAAGAAGGAGGACGAAGCCACGGAACCAGAGAUGGAAGAGUUCGACUACCCGACCAUAAACGAACGUCUGGCCAUUGACAACAGCCACAGGGGUGUGUCCUCCAUGGUCAUCAGGGACUCGGUCCGCCCUGAUCAUGGCAUCUACAUGGUGAAGGUGGAGAAUGACCACGGCAUCUCCUCAGCAACCUGCGAGGUCAACGUGCUUGAUACUCCUGGUCCUGCUGUGAACUUCAGAUUUGAGGAGGUGAGGAAGAACUCUGUGAUCUGCAAGUGGGAUCCACCUCUGGACGACGGUGGCAGCGAGAUCCUGAACUACACCCUGGAGAAGAAGGACAACUCCAAGCUGGAGAUCGGCUGGAGCGUUGUUACCUCCACACUGAGAGGAUGCCACUAUCUGGUUCCCAAACUCAUCGAGAAGAAGGAGUACAUCUUCAGGGUCGUGGCUGAGAACAAGUUUGGCGCUGGUCCACCCUGCGUCUCCAAGCCGCUCAUCGCCAAGAAUCCAUUUGAACUUCCCGAGGCUCCUGAUAAGCCACAGAUUGAUGACAUCACUGCCCACAGCAUGCUGGUCACCUGGAACGAACCAAACGAUAACGGCAGCCCCAUCCUGGGAUACUGGGUGGAACGCCGUGAAAUAAACAGCUCCCACUGGGCACGUGUCAACAGGAACAUCAUUCCUGACUUGGAGCUGAACGUUGAAGGCCUGCUUGAGGGGCUGACUUAUAUCUUCAGGGUGGCUGCCGAAAACCAGGCAGGCCCUGGAAAGUUCAGUGCUCCCUCUGAACCCAAGACAGCUCAGGCUCCCAUCUUACCUCCUGGACCUCCAGUUGCCCGAGUUGUGUCGACCACUGACCACUCCAUUGAGGUGGAGUGGGAUCCACCGGCUGACAACGGUGGAGGGGAGAUCAUGGGAUACCACGUAGAUAAGGCCAUGGCUGGUACCAAGGAUUGGUCCAGGUCUACAGAACGUCCCUGGAAGACCCGUAACUUCACUGUCUAUGGAGUGCGUGAGGGAGCGAAGUACCUCGUCAGGGUCAUUGCCUGCAAUGCUGCCGGUGAAGGAACACCAGGAUUCACAGAGUCUGUGUUCGUCAGGAAUCCUGCAGAGGUGCCAUUGAUCGAAUUGGAUCUGUCCGUUAAGAAUGGCGUGGUCAUCAGAGCAGGUGAAACCCUCCGUAUUCCCGCUACAGUCACAGGUAAACCCUAUCCGUCCAUCACCUGGUCCAAGGACGACGGCAAACCCGACAAAGAUCGCGUGGAAAUCCUCACCGAAGGCAACGACAGCAUUGUCUCAAUCAAGAACGUUCAGAGGAAGGACUGUGGCAAAUACCAGAUCUCUGCUUGUAACCCCAGUGGCACCAAGAAUGCAUCCACCAGAGUAGAGGUCAUGGACGUCCCUGGACCCAUCACUGACCUGAAGCCAGUUGUCGUCACUCGUAAGAUGAUCUUCCUGAACUGGGAUGACCCUGAGGAUGAUGGAGGCAGCGACCUAACAGGCUUCAUUGUGGAGCGCCGAGAUGCCAAAAUGCACACGUGGAGGCAGCCCGUUGAAACCGCCUCAUCCAAGUGCGAGUGUGUGGGCAUCAUGGAGGGGCAGGAGUACCUGUUCCGAGUUACCGCUAAGAACAAGUACGGUUUGGGCCCGCCAGUCGAGCUGGGACCCAUCAAGGCUGUGGACCCACAGGGUCCUCCAUCCUACCCCGAGAAGUUCCACUACACAGAACGCACCAAGAACUCCAUCACACUGGCCUGGAGGCCGCCUCGUAAUGACGGUGGUAGUCCUGUCAUCGGCUACUUCGUUGAGAAGAAGAGACAGGACCAGCAAGCUUUCGAGCCCUGCAACACAGAGAUCUGCCCCAACAUGACUAUGACUGUGGAGGGCCUGGACGAAGCCUGGAUGUAUGAGUUCAGAAUCAAGUGCGCCAACCUUAUUGGAGAGAGUGAGCCAUCCAUCCCACUGACUGUGGUCAUCCAGGAUGAUGAAGUAUCUCCUGAGGUCCACAUGCUGAAGCACUUCAAGGGGGACUCCAUCACUGUGAAGAAAGGUGAACCCAUUGAGAUUCCCGCUGAUGUCCUGGGACUGCCUAUUCCUAAGGUUGAGUGGUCCAAGGACGACGUUCUGAUCGAGAAGCCCACGGACACCCUUCUGAUGGAGACGGUGGUAACUGGCAGGCUGAACUGUAAGACCACGCUGUCAAUCCCGGCAGCCAACAGGAAGGACCGCGGCAGCUACACCGUGUCUGCCUCCAACAACAUGGGCUCGGCCAAGCACACCAUCAACGUCAUGGUGCUGGACCGACCACUUCCACCUAGGAACCUGACAGUGUCUAACAUUAGGGCGGAGUCCUGCUACCUCAACUGGGACGCGCCUCAUGAUGAUGGCGGCAGCGAGCUCACCAACUACAUCGUUGAGAGGAAAGAGGUGGUAACAGAAGAGCCAGAGCUAGAGGAGGGCCAGGAGGCUCUGCCUGAGCCUCAGUGGGUACAGGUUACUAACAGCAUCAUCGAGAGGAAAUACGGGGUGUGGAACCUAGAGACCAACAGGUCCUACCUGUUCAGGGUCAAAGCUGAAAACCGUUACGGUAUAUCUGAGCCCUGCAUGACAGAGGAAGUCCAGAUCACAGACCCCUUCGGCCUACCUGGCCCACCAGAGAAACCGACCAUUGCAGAGUACUCCAAGACCUCCAUGACCCUGACCUGGGAGCCACCCAGAGACAACGGAGGCUCUAUGAUCAUUGGCUACUGGCUGGAAAAGAGGGAAAAAGGCACUGCCUACUGGGCUAAAGUCAACAAAGUGCCAGUCACCAAGAGGGGCAUGAAAGGCUGGGAGUACCAGGUAACUCGGCUGUUUGAGGGAACGGAGUAUGAGUUCAGGGUUGCUGCAUGUAACUCAGCAGGAACCGGACUGUUCAGCGGACCUUCGGACUCCGCCUUCGCCGUCGACCCCCUUACUCCUCCCAGCAUGCCUGCUGCUCCUGAGGUGGCCGAUAAGACCAAACACAGCGUCAUGCUUUCCUGGAGCCCACCAGAGAGCGAUGGAGGAAGCCCCAUCAAAGGCUACAUCAUCCAGAUCCAGGAUGAGGGCACGUCCGAGUGGGUGAGGGUCAACGAUCCCGAGUCCCUGCACCCCACUACUGAGUUCACCGUGCCUAGCCUGCGCGAACUGAAGCGCUACCGCUUUAGGAUCAUCGCUGUCAAUGAUAUUGGCGAGUCGGACCCCAGCCCCCGCACCAGUGAGGUUCUAGUGGAAGAUGUUCAGCUUCCACCUUCCAUCUCCAUUGACAUCAUGGCCGAUGACUUGGUCUGCAUCCGGGCCGGAGAUCCGGUCAGGAUCCCGGCCACCAUCAAGGGCCGCCCCGCUCCCAAGGUGACCUGGGACUUUGAUGGCAAGGCAAAGUCACACAAGAAGAACAAACUGCACACACUUCCAGUGGACUCCGAGGUUGAAUCCACAGACACCACGUCCAUUGUGUCCAUCCCCGUCAGUCUGAGGAGCCACUCUGGACGUUACACCAUCACCGCCAAGAACAAGUCCGGACAGAAACACAUCAAUGUCAGAGUCAUUGUCCUCGAUGUUCCUGGACCUCCAAAGGAGCUGAGGGUUACCGAUAUCACUCGGACUACCAUGAGGCUGAUCUGGAAACUUCCAGACAAUGAUGGAGGAGAGAGAAUCAAGAGCUACUUUAUCGAGAAGAAAUGCAUCACGGACAAGGCCUGGACCAAGGUGAAUGCUGCCUGUGCCAGCCAGGCCUACGUGGUGCCGGGUCUGCUGGAGGGUCAAGACUACGUGUUCAGGGUCCGAGCUGAGAACAGAUUGGGAUUCGGUCCGUUCACUGUCACCACCGACCCUGCCCAGGCCAGAGACCCCAUCUACCCCCCCGACCCACCCACUAAGCUGAAGGUCAACCUGGUGACGAAGACCACCGUCACGCUGAGCUGGGAGGCGCCGAAGAACAAUGGUGGCUCUCCGGUGAAGCACUACAUCAUUGAGCGUUUGAGCUGGGACACCAGCGGCAAGGAGAAGGAGACGUGGAAGCAGUGCAACAAGAGGGACGUGGAGGAGCUGAGCUUCGUGGUGGAGGACCUGAAGGAGAGAGGAGAAUAUGAAUUCAGAGUGAAAGCCGUGAAUGCCGCCGGACCCAGCCGUCCCUCGGCCACCGUCGGACCAAUGGUCAUCAAGGAUCAGACAUGCGCUCCCACCAUCGAGCUCCGGGAGACGAUGGAGGGCGAGGAGGGCUGCGACGUCAGUAUUGUGGCCAAGGUGAGCGGAUGUCCAUUCCCAACACUCACUUGGCAGAAGGCCACCAUGGCCAAACCCGAAGAGAAGGCUGCCGUCCAGUAUGACCAGCACAUCAACAAACUGGUGACGCAGGACAAGUGCACGCUGCUCAUCCAGCAGGCCAGUCGGCUCGACAGCGCCCUCUACAGCCUGACGGCCACCAACAGCCUGGGCAGCGUCACCAAGGACAUCAAGCUGGCGGUGCUCGGACCUCCGGGACCUCCUGUCGGACCAAUCAAGUUCACUGAGGUGUUUGCAGAGAGGAUCGGUUUGGCCUGGAACCCUCCCACUGACGAUGGCGGGUCCAAGAUCACCAACUACGUGGUUGAAAAGCGCGAGGACAACCGCAAGUCCUGGGUCCAUGUCUCCAAUGACCCCAAAGAGUGCGCCUAUGUGGUGACCCGGCUGACGGAGAACCAUGAGUACGAGUUUAGAGUCAUGGCCCAGAACAAGUUCGGAGUCGGACCGCCGCUGAUCAGUGAGCCGGAAAAGGCCAGAAACCUUUUCACCGUCCCCGGUCAGUGUGAGAAACCGACUGUGACUGAUGUCUGUCUGGAGUCGAUGACGGUCAACUGGGAUGAGCCCAAGUACGACGGUGGAUCCUCCAUCACCGGCUACAUCAUUGAGAAGAAGGAGACCACUGCCAAGCGCUGGGCCCGGGUCACCCGCGACCCGAUCCGGGCGCUGCCUCUGGGCAACAACUGGGAUGUGACCGGCCUGCUAGAGGGUGCCAUGUACCAGUUCAGGGUCAUCGCUGUCAACGCUGCCGGCUGUGGUCUGCCCAGCGUCCCAUCGGACCCCACCCUCUGCAGAGACCCCAUCAAGCCUCCUGGACCGCCGACUCCUAAAGUGACGGACUGGACGAAGUCGAUGGUGGAGCUGGAGUGGAUCCCUCCUCAGAUGGACGGAGGCUCAAAGGUCACGGGCUACAUCGUGGAGUUCAAGGAGGUGAACAAGGAGGAAGAGGAGAAGAAGGCUCAGAGGAGGCUGCUGCUGAGUGAUGCUGAGGAGGAGAAGGAGCCAGAGGCCGAGGAGAGCUGGGAGAAGGCAAAGGACAGUGAGAUUAGAGGAACUAAGUUCGUGGUGGACGGUCUGAAGGAAGGCGGUCUUUACCGCUUCAGAGUCCGAGCCGUGAACGCCGCCGGCGUGGGAGACCCAGGACUCGUGUCCGAACUGAUUGAGGUCAAAGAUCGAACAAUUCCUCCUGAGAUGGACCUGGAUGCCUCAGUGAAGGAGAAGAUCGUGGUCCACGCCGGCGCCACCAUCCGCAUCAUCGCCUACGUGUCUGGUAAACCCGCCCCACAAAUCACCUGGUGCCGCGACGAUGCUGAGGUACCCAAAGAGGCUGUGGUGGAGAAAACGGGCAUCUCCAACUCUUUGGUCAUCAAGAACUGCAGACGCCAACACCAGGGCAUCUACACACUGAGUGCCAAGAAUGAGGGUGGAGAGAGGAAGAAGGCAGUCAUCGUGGAGGUCCUGGACGUCCCUGGACCCAUCGGUCUUCCCUUCGCCGGAGAGAAUCUGACCAACGACUCCUGCAAGCUGACUUGGUACUCCCCAGAGGAUGACGGCGGUUCGGCCAUCACCAACUACAUCAUUGAGAAAAGGGAGUCGGAUCGUAUGGGCUGGACCUCGGUGUCCUACACGGUGACGAGGAACAACGCUGUGGUGCAGGGACUUCUGGAUGGAAAGGGCUACUUCUUCAGAAUCGCAGCCGAGAACAUCAUCGGCAUGGGACCAUUCAUUGAGACCGACAAGAUGGUUCUCAUCAAAGACCCGAUCUCCGUCCCCGAGCGUCCAGAAGAUCUCAUCAUCACCGCCAUUACCAAGGACUCUAUCUCUGUCGCCUGGAGGCCGCCCAAGUAUGACGGCGGCGCCGAGGUGACCAGGUAUGUCCUGGAGUCUCGGAUGGUUGGUCGCGACAGCUUCGUACCAGUGGGCGGUGAGGACAAGCUGAUGAGCAGACAGUUCACCCUGACCGGGCUGAAGGACGGCUCCAGUCACGAGUUUAGAGUCUCAGCUGUCAACCAGGUGGGACAAGGCAAACCGUCCUUCGCCACCAAACCGGUGCAGUGUAAAGAUGAGCUGGAACCACCCACUCUGGACCUGGACUUCAGGGACAAGAUGAUGGUCAAGGUGGGCGACGCUUGCAUGCUGUCGGGACGCUUCAGCGGCAAACCAGCACCAGCCAUCGCCUGGAUGAAGAACGGCGAGGAGCUGAAGGCGGACGAGGAGAUCGGCCUCCACAGCACCGCCCGCCACCUCAGCCUGAACAUCAGCAAAGCCAAGAGGGAGCACAGCGGCUGCUACAGUGUCAGCGUGGAGAACGCUGCCGGCGCUAGAAGUGGAAUCUGCAACAUCGUCGUAGUCGACCGUCCUCAGCCACCAGAGGGCCCUGUGGUCUUCGACGAGGUAUACAGAAACUACAUGGUGAUCUCCUGGAACCCUCCUCUAGACGACGGUGGCUGUGCCGUCUCCAACUACAUCAUCGAGAAGAGAGACACCAACAGAGACCUGUGGAUGCCUGUCACCUCGUCCUGCACCAGGACCACCUGCAGGGUGCCGAAGUUGAUCGAAGGCCGCGAGUACAUCAUCCGGAUCAUGGCUCAGAACAUCUACGGCAUCAGCGACCCGCUGCUGUCUGCAGAGACGAAGGCCAGAGACAUCUUCAAGGUGCCCGAGGCUCCCAAACAGCCCACAGUGAAGGAGGUUUACCACGACUCCGCCCUGAUCAGCUGGGAGCCACCGGCCGACGGAGGAAAACCAAUCACCGGCUACAUCGUGGAGAGGAAGGAGACCAUGGCCAACAGAUGGGUUCGCUGCAACACAGAGAGAAUCCAUCCGAAGGUGGAGUACUGGGUGACGGAGCUUCUGAAAGGCUGCGAGUACGAGUUCAGAGUCAGCGCUGAAAACGAGGUGGGAGCCGGAGACCCGAGCCCACCUUCCAAACCGGUCUUUGCCAAAGAUCCAAUUGUGAAACCUGGUCCACCUGUGAAACUUGGGGCCAUCGACUUCACCAAGGAGUCAGUGACUCUGUCCUGGGAGCCGCCCACUGACACCGGCAGAGGAAAGAUCUUUGGAUAUCUGCUGGAGUUCCAGAAGGCUGGAGAGGAGGAAUGGCACAAGGUGAACCAGACUCCAGACUCCUGCCAGGAGACCAAGUUUAAGGUGAUCAACCUAGAAGAUGGAGCUCUGUAUCGCUUCAGAGUCAUGGCUGUCAACGCUGCCGGAGAGUCCGACCCAGCCAAUGUCAAGGAGCCAAUCAGAGUGCAAGACAGACUUGAGCCUCCAGAGCUGAUCCUGGAUGCUGGAAUGACCCGAGAGGUGAAGGCCAUGGCUGGCACUCACAUCACUCUCAUGGCCGCCAUCAAAGGCGUCCCGUUCCCUACCAUGACCUGGAAGAAGAACGAGGCAGAGGUUCCUACCAGGGCUGAUAUCGAGACCAACCAGGCAGGCACCAAGCUGGAGAUGAGGUUCUGUAACCGCGGUGACUGUGGAGACUACACUCUGACUGUGGAGAACCCUGCUGGAUCCAAGACGGUCACCUGUACCGUGCUGGUCCUUGACAAACCUGGUCCCAUCCAGCACCUCCGUGUGUCUGAUGUCAGAAGUGACUCGGCGUACCUGUCCUGGAAGGACCCAGAGGACAACGGCGGUGCUCGCAUUACUAACUUUGUGGUAGAGAAGAAAGACACAGCGUCCACCCAGUGGGUCCCAGUCUGCUCUACAUCCAAGAAACGCAGCAUGAUGCUGAAACACCUGAUGGAGGGCACGUCCUACAUGUUCAGAGUCGCUGCUGAAAACCAGUAUGGUCGCAGCGAAUACGUUGAGACGCCAAAGGCCAUCAAGGCAAUGAACCCACUCUUCCCACCUGGUCCUCCCAAAGACCUGCACCACGUUGAUGUUGACAAGACUGAGGUGUGGUUGGAAUGGAACUGGCCCGAUCGCAAUGGAGGUAGUGAGAUCACCGGCUUCCUGGUGGAGUAUCAGGAAGAGGGCGAGAAGGCGUGGGAUGAGUGGAAGACUGUCAGCAUCCCUGAGAGUCACGUGACUGGCCUGGAGGAGGGAAAGACCUACCGCUUCAGAGUGAGGGCUGAGAAUGCCAUCGGCCUGAGCAGACCUGACACCACUGUGCCUAUCCUCUGCCAGGAGAAACUGGUGCCUCCAAUUGUCGAGGUGGAUGCUAAGCUAAUCGAAGGUAUCAUUGUGAAGGCCGGCACCACCAUCAGGCUGCCAGCUAUCAUGAGAGGAAUCCCUGUCCCUACUGCUAAGUGGUCCAUUGAAGGAGAGGAGAUCACCAGCGAGGGCAACAUUAAGAUUGACACAGACAAUUUCUCCACUGUGCUCAGCAUCAAUGAGUGCACAAGAAACCACACCGGCACCUACCUGCUCACCGUAUCCAACCCAGCAGGAACCAAGACUGUGGCCUUAAACGUCACUGUCCUAGAUGUUCCUGCUGCUCCUAUUGGACCCGCCAAUAUCCUGGAGGUUACUCCGGACUCCAUGCUGAUCGAAUGGCGUCCUCCCAAGGAUGACGGUGGCAGCCCUAUCACCAACUACAUAGUGGAGAAGAGAGAGUCCAAUAAGGAGACCUGGGGAGGUGUGAGCUCUGGCAGCCUGGCCACCACACUCCAGAUCAAUCGCCUGCAGAAGGGAGUGGAGUAUGUGGUUCGUAUUCGUGCUGCCAACAAGAUGGGUGUUGGUGCUGCUCUGGAGAGCAAGCCCACUGUUGCUGAGCACUCCUUCAUGCCACCCAGUCCUCCUGGUAAGCCACAGCCCUCCGAUAUCUCAGAGGAUGCCGUUACUAUCGGCUGGACCAUGCCCUUAGCUGAUGGUGGCAGCCAGAUCACCGGCUACCUCAUUGAGCGCAGACACAAGGGAGGAAAGUGGAUCCGAGUCAACAAGACACCCUGCAAGGACCUGAGGUACAGAGUCCUGGGUCUCUUUGAGGGCAGUGAGUACGAGUUCAGAGUGUUUGCUGAGAACAUCGCUGGCUACAGCGGCCCCUCUCCCACUUCUGAUCCCUGCAAGCCCUGCAGGCCCAUCACUGUCCCGAGUCUGCCCAUCAACCCCAAAGCUAAAGAUUACAGUAAGACCACUGCUGAUCUGGUGUGGACCAAGCCCAACAAGGAUGGAGGUAGCCCCAUUCUGGGGUACACUGUGGAAAUGAAGAAAGCCGAUACUGAAGAAUGGAAAAAAGUAAACCUGGAUGACUUCAUCAAGCAAUGUGCCUACAGGGUGAAGGGUCUGGAGGAGGGCGUGACCUACAGAUUCAGAGUCAGUGCCUCUAACAUGAUUGGAGAUGGAGAGUCCAGAGAAAUCCCAGAGUCCAUCACUGCUCAGGAUAUACUUAUCCCUCCAGAGAUCGAGAUGGAUGCCACCUGCCGUGAACGUGUCACCGUGCGUGUCGGACACAACAUCAACAUCAUUGGCUACAUCAAAGCUCGCCCUGACCCUGAGGUGCUGUGGUCAAAGGAGGAGACAGUUCUAGAGAACAGCAAACGUGUCACCAUCAUUCAGAAUUUCCCUGUCGUCCACCUGAGGAUCAAGGAAGCCACCAGAGCCGACCAUGGUAAAUACAUCCUGAAGGCUUCAAAUGAGGGCGGCGAGGCUUCUUGUGCCAUCACAGUCAACGUGCUGGAUAGACCCAGCCACUGCCAGAACCUGCACAUGACCUAUGCCACCAAGGACUCAUGCAUGAUCAACUGGGAGGCCCCUAAGGACAAUGGAGGCUCUGAGAUCACCAACUACAUUGUGGAGUGCCGUGAGCCCAGCAUUAGCAUGUGGUCCAUGAUCUCCUCCAACUGCACCAAUCGCAAGAUCAAAGCCAAGCUGAUGGAAGGCCACGAGUACCUGUUCCGUGUCUGUGCCGUGAACAAGAUGGGACCGGGACCCUCUGUGGAGACCAAGACCCCUCUGCUGGCCAUUGAUCCCAUUGAGAAGCCUGGUGAGCCCGAGAACUUCAGAGCCACUGACAUAGGUAAGAACUAUGUCAAUCUGAGAUGGAGAAAGCCAGACUAUGAUGGUGGCAGCCCCAACCUCUCCUACAACGUGGAGUGCAAGGCCAAAGAUGCAGAAGAAUGGGAGAAACUCAACACCAGCACUCUCACAGACACCUUUUUCCUUGCUGACAAGUGUGUGGAAAACCAGACAUACACUUUCAGAGUGCAGACUGUCAAUGAAGGAGGUGAGAGUGCCUGGGUGAAACUUGCUGACAUUCUGGUGAGGGAGGAGGUCCAGAAGCCUGUCAUUGACCUGAAGUUGGCUGGAACAAUGACAGUGAAGGCUGGUGAGUCUGUAAGGAUGGAGGCUGGCUUGAGAGGAAAGCCCCAACCUGAGGUCAAAUGGACCAAAGACAAGGCUAUUGGAGACAACCCCAGAAUCAGCUACGAAACCGGCCCAGACUACUCCAAGUUCCUCCUGACGAAGUCCAGACGCACUGACACCGGAAAGUACAUCAUUACUGCCACCAACGCGGCUGGAAGCUUCACAGCAUACGCCAAUGUUAAUGUCCUGGACGUCCCCGGCCCAGUAAGGAACCUGAGGAUCACUGGCAUCGGAGCCGACAAAUGCAGAGUAGUGUGGGAUGGUCCAGAGGAUGAUGGAGGAUGUGAGGUGGACAGCUACAUCCUGGAGAAAUGUGAGACCAGGAGGAUGGUGUGGUCCACAUAUUCAGCCUCUGUGGUCACACCAUACUGCAAUGUCAUUCGUCUGGUGGAAGGCAACGAGUACAUCUUCAGGGUGAGAGCGGAGAACAAGAUGGGAACAGGCCCACCCAUGGAGAGCAAGCCUGUAACUGUCAAGACUCAGUUCAACAAACCUGGGCCUCCUGAUGCCCCCGAGGUCACCAAGAUGAGUAAGGAUGAGAUGACGGUGGUCUGGGCACCUCCUGAGAACGAUGGAGGAAAGUCCAUCACUGGCUACAUCCUGGAGAGGAAAGAGAAGAGGGCAGUACGCUGGGUGCCCUGCACCAAGAGCCCCAUCUCUGAGAGACGCAUGAAAGUAACCAACCUGAUUCCAAACCACGAGUACCAGUUCAGGGUGAAAGCUGAGAAUGAGGUUGGCCUGGGAGAGCCCAGCAAACCCUGCAGACCUGUUGCAGCCAAAGAUCCUAUCGAGCCACCUGGUCCUCCUGCAGGCCUGAAGGUGGCUGAUAGCACCAAGACUUCCAUCACCCUCUCCUGGUCCAAACCUGUGUAUGACGGCGGCGCCCCCAUCAUCGGCUACAGCCUCGACUUGAGGCUGAAGAGUGAGGCAGACCCUGAGAAGCUGACAGAGGGCUGGAAGAGAAUUGACACUCACGGCCCACUGGUGCUCACAGAGUUCACCAUCAACCAGCUGGACGAAAAACAGGAGUACGAUUUUAAGGUGUCUGCCCGGAACCAGGUCGGCUGGGGACGGCACGCCUACCUGAAGGAGGCAGUAUCGCCCAAGGAGAUCCUAGAGGCUCCAGAGAUCGACCUGGAUGCCAGUCUGAGGAAGGGCCUGGCUGUCAGGGCCGGAUGUCCAAUCAGGCUUUUCGCUGUGAUUAGAGGAAGACCCGCCCCUAAGGUCACCUGGAAGCGCUUGGGUGUGGACAACGUGGUCCGCCGAGGUCAUGUGGACCAGGUUGACUCAAUGUCCUUCCUUGUCAUCCCGGAGAGCACCAGAGAGGAUUCUGGGAAAUAUUCACUGACUUUGUCCAACUCAGCUGGAGAGAAAGCUGUGUUUGUGCGGGUCAAAGUGCUUGACACUCCUGGUCCCGUCGGUGGCCUGGACGCAACUGAUGUCACCAAAACCAUGGCUCAGCUCUCCUGGUUGCCACCAGAAAAUGAUGGAGGCAGCCCCAUCCUCAACUACAUUGUGGAGAAACGGGAGGUAGACAGGAAGACAUGGACCAAGUGCACAGAGGAUCUGAAGAAGACCAGCUUCAAGGUGACCAACAUGACACCUGGCAUUGAGUACUACUUCAGAGUCAUGGCCUGCAACAAGUACGGCAUUGGAGUUCCUCAGGACUCACCCAGGUCCUACUUGGCUGUUGAUCCCAUCAGUGAGCCUGACCCUCCGAAGAAGAUGGACGUGUUGGAGAUCACCAAGAACAGCGCCACACUGGGCUGGCUGAAGCCGCUCAGAGACGGAGGAGCCAAAAUCAAUGGCUACGUGGUGGAUUACCAGGAGGAGGGAGCUCCUGAGGACAAGUGGACACCAUACUCUGUGGUCAAAGACCUGACCAUAGUGGUGGUUGGCCUGAAGGAGGGAAAGAAAUAUAAGUUCAGAGUAGCAGCCAGGAACUCAGUGGGAGUGAGCUUGGCCCGAGAAGCAGAGGGAGUGUUUGAAGUCAAAGAUCAGCUCAUGGCUCCAAAGAUCAUUAUGUCUGACAUCGUGACGGUCAGAGCUGGAUCCAAGAUGGUGAUUGAGGCCAUUGUGGCAGGUAAACCUGCUCCCUUCUGUAAGUGGAAGCAGGGCAACGAGGACGUCCUGACCUCUGAUCGUUUAUCCGUCGUAAAGACGCUGACAACGUGCACACUUAUUAUAAAAAAUGUGACAAGAAUGGACAGUGGCUACUACAGCCUGUCGGCCGAGAACAGCACUGCCAAGAUCAACCAGAUCCUGAGAGUCAUCGUCAUGGACCUCCCUGGACCCCCAGAGGCUCCUCUGGAGAUCACUGAACUGGACAUCGAUGCUUGCACUCUGCUCUGGAACUCCCCACAGGAGGAUGGUGGCAGCAACAUCACCAACUACAUUGUGGAGAAGUGCGAUGUCAGCCAGGGCGACUGGGUCACCGUGUCCACAUCCUGCACCAAGACCAGUUUCAGAAUGACAAAACUGACACCUGGCAAAGAGUAUGGCUUCAGAGUCCGUGCUGAGAACAGGUUUGGCAUCUCACAGCCCAUUUACUCUGAGAAGAUGAUCGCCAGACAUCCAUUCGAUCCUCCGAGUGAGCCCAGAAACCUGCAGAUUAACAAGAUCAACAAGGACUUUGUCAUCCUGUCGUGGGAGCGUCCCAGCAGUGACGGUGGCAGCCCCAUCACAGGAUACUGCAUUGAAAAGAAGGAGAGAAACAGCCUUCUAUGGGUGAAGGCCAAUGAGUCUGUGGUCAAAGCCACCCAGUACACCUGCACAGGCCUGAUCGAAGGCCUGGAGUACACCUUCAGGCUGUCAGCACUCAACAUGGCUGGGCAAGGCAAACCCUGCAAGCAGACAGACUUCAUCACUGCCAGAACUGCUGUCGACCCACCUGGUAAACCUGAGCCAAUGGAUGUAACCAAGAACUCCGUCUCAUUGGUCUGGAGUCGUCCCAAGCACGACGGUGGCAGCAAGCUGAUUGGCUACCAUGUGGAGUACACAAAGCUUCCUGAAGACAAGUGGACUCGCUGCAAUGCCAACUGCAUGAACAUCCAGACAGAAAGCUAUGUGGUUACUGGCCUUGAAGAGGGGCAGCAGUACCAGUUCAGAGUCAUGGCCAGGACUGCCAUCAACACCAGCCUGCCAUCUGAGCUGUCCGACCCUAUCCCUGUCAUCGCAGAGAACGUUCCUCCUCGUGUGGAACUGGGUCUCAACAUGAAGAACUUGAUUAUAGUGAAAGCUGGAGAGAACGUCUUCCUGGAUGCCGAGGUGUUUGGCAAGCCGCUGCCCAAAGUGAGCUGGAAGAGAGAUGGAGUGCCUCUGGUCCUCGCUGAAGGAAUGAAGAUGACCCAGAAGAAACACCUUCACCUGCUUGAGCUCUACUCGGUCACCAGGAAGGAGUCUGGAGACUACACCAUUACUGCGGAGAACAUCAAUGGUAGCAAGUAUGCCACCAUCAAGGUUAAGGUGCUUGACAAACCGGGCCCUCCAGCCUCAGUGAAAAUCACCAAAGUGUUUGCUGACCGCGUAAAGCUGCGAUGGGAACCCCCGCUCGCAGAUGGUGGCUCUGAAAUCACCAACUACAUCAUUGAGAAGCGUGAAACCAGCAGGGCCAACUGGGCGCUGGUCACCUCCAACAUCCACGGACACGUAACUGACUGUUCAGUGGAGAAACUCAUCGAGGGACACGAGUACCAGCUCCGAGUCAGUGCUGAGAACCAGUAUGGAGUGGGAGACCCCGUCAUGACCGACGCUGUCAUGGUCAAAAACCCGUAUGAUGUUCCUGGUCCUUGCGAGCCACCUGUCAUCACCAACAUCACCAAGGACUCUAUGACUGUCAGCUGGAAGGCCCCGUCCAAUGACGGCAAGGCUCCCAUCCUGGGCUACAUGGUGGAGAAGCGUGAGGCCACCGAGCUGUCCUGGGCGAAGGUAAACCGCCGGCCAGUCAUCGACAGGACCAUUAAGGCAGCUCAGCUGAUGGAGGGCUCCGAGUACGAGUUCAGAGUCAUCGCCAUGAACAAGGCCGGUCUGGGCAAACCCAGCGAUGCAUCCAAUGCUGCGCUGGUUGUUGACCCUGUCUAUCCUCCUGGUCCACCUGCUUUUCCUAAGGUGGUGGACUCCACCAAGAGCUCCAUUAGCCUGAGCUGGACCAAGCCAGCUUACGAUGGUGGCUGCGAGAUCAUCGGAUAUCUGGUGGAAUGCAAGCGAGCCGAUGGCGAGGACUGGAUGAAGUGUAAUGUCCCGAAGAAACUCCAGGCCACCAAAUUCCUGGUGACUGGCCUGAUGGACAACACUGAGUACCAGUUCAGAGUCACUGCUGUCAACAAGAUCGGCUAUAGUGAGCCCAGUGAGGUCGCUGGAAACCACAUGGCCAAGGACAUCUUGAUCGCUCCUGAAGCUGAGCUGGAUGCUGACCUGAGAAAGGCUUUGGUUCUGCGAGCUGGUGUCACCAUGAGGCUGUACGUCCCGCUGAGAGGACGUCCAGCCCCGAAGGUGACGUGGACGAAGGUGAAUGCCAACCUGAAGGAGAGGCAGGGCCUGCUGAUCAAGACAUCAGACUGGGACACCCUGCUGAUGGUUGAGGACAUUAACAGAUACGAUGCUGGCAAAUACGGCCUGUCACUGGAGAACAGCAGCGGCUCCAAGAGCUACACCAUCGUGGUGAAGGUCCAUGAUUCUCCUGGACCACCCAUAAAUCUGAUUGUGAAAGAGACCUCCAGAACUCACGCCUGCAUUACUUGGGAUGCCCCACUGAUCGACGGUGGCAGCCCAGUAAAGAGCUACAUUGUGGAAAAACGUCUGGCGGAGAGGAAGGCAUGGACUUGUGUGUCAGCCGAAUGCCCCAAGACCUCCUUCAGGAUCACCAACCUGGAGGGUGGGCAGGCCUACUGCUUCAGAGUGCUGGCUGAAAAUGCUUACGGCAUUGGAGAAGGCUGCGAGACUGCAGGCAGCAUUCGGGCCUCAGAGCAACCUGGUUCAGUGAUGGAUUUCAAAGCCCAGAAGACCACCAAGGACACCAUCACCCUCGGCUGGAAGAAACCCAUCAGCGAUGGUGGAAGCCAUGUCACAGCAUACAUCCUGGAGCAGAGUGAAGGUGAAGAGAAGUGGAAGCAGGUACUGAAGGGCAAGAACACUUCACACACCAUCAGUGAGUUGACCGAGGGCAAGGAGUAUUCAUUUAGAGUCAAGGCGCUCAAUGAGUCCGGCGAGGGACCACCCACUGAGCUUACUGUUGUCGCUAAGGACCAGUUUGUGCUACCUGACUGUAACUUGAGCAGUCUGCAUGACGGCUGCUGUGUGGUGAAGGAGGGCAGCACAACACGCAUCAACAUCCCUGUCAUUGGAAUUCCCUACCCCACUGCCACCUGGAAGAAGGGUGACAUGGGGCUCGGCGACACGGGCCGGAUGUGCAUUGAGGUGUCUCAGGGCGUCACUACCCUGCUGAUCAGGGACUGCCAGAGAGGAGAUGCCGACACCUAUACCAUAAAUGUCAGGAACAGUGCCGGCUCUAAGGACUGCAAGUUCCAGCUGAAGGUGGUUGGCAAGCCCGGCAUCUGCACCGGACCCAUUAAGUUUGAUGAGAUCACUGCUGACGGCAUCACGCUGGAAUGGGGACCACCCAAAGAUGACGGUGGUGCUGAGGUGUCUAACUACAUUGUGGAGAAGAGGAGGACGACAGACAACAAAUGGGCCACGGUGGCUUCAGCUAUCCAGAAGACCACUAUGAGGGUGAUCAGGCUGCAUGAUGGAAUAGAGUACAUCUUCAGAGUGUUCGCUGAGAACAAGUAUGGGGUUGGAGAACAUCUGAGGUCUGACCCAGUCAUCGCCCAGCAUCCAUUCAAUGUGCCCGAGGCUCCUGCUCCUCCAGAGAUUGUGAGCAUCCGCCAUGAGUCGGCUAUCUUGUCUUGGGCUGAUCCGAAGGACACCGGUGGCUCCCCAAUUACUGGAUAUCACAUAGAGUUUAAGGAGAGGAACAGUCUGAUGUGGAAACGGGCCAGUAAAACUCCUCUGAGAAUGAAGGAGUGUAGAGUCACUGGCCUGAUUGAAGGACUAGAGUAUGAGUUUAGGGUGAUGGCCAUGAACAUGGCCGGCCUAGGAAAGGCAAGCAAGGUCACUGAGGCUGUGGUCGCCCUGGAUCCUAUUGAUCCUCCUGGCAAGCCUGAAGUGAUCAACGUCACCAGGGGCACAGUCACUCUGAUAUGGACAGCUCCCAAAUAUGACGGUGGCUACAAAGUGACUGGCUACAUGGUGGAGAAGCUGGAGGCGGGUGGCAAGACCUGGAUGAAGGCAAACCAUGUCAACGUCCAGGGCUGUGCCUUCACUGUCCCUGACCUGACAGAGGGAUCUCAGUAUCAGUUUAGGAUCAGAGCCAGAAAUGCUGCUGGUGCAAUCAGCAUUCCUUCAGAGUCCACUGAGCUUUUGACCUGCAAAGAUGAGUAUGAGCCCCCAACUAUCACUAUUGAUCCAGACAUGAAGGAUGGUGUAUCAGUCAGGGCAGGAGACACAAUUGUAAUCACAGCCUCCAAGAUUGUAGGCAAACCACCACCCACUGCUGUUUGGUCCAAGGCAGGCCGCGAGUUCAAGACUUCUGAUAUCAUCACCAUCACCAGCACCCCUACCUCCUCCACUCUGGCAAUUAAGUAUGCAAGCCGCAAAAACACUGGAGAGUACACCAUCACCGCCAGCAAUCCUUUCGGCAUUAAGGAAGAGCAUGUUAAGGUGAAGGUGCUGGAUGUGCCUGGACCUCCAGGCCCCAUCGAAGCCAGCAACAUCUCUGCUGAGAAGUGCACUUUGACCUGGCUUCCACCAGAGGAGGAUGGAGGCUGCUCCAUCAAGUCCUACAUCCUAGAGAAGAGAGAAACCAGCCGCUUGCAGUGGACCAAGUUAGCUGAGAAUGUCAUGGAUUGCAGAUAUGUAGCCAGCAAACUCAUCAAGGGCAAUGAGUACAUCUUCAGAGUGUCUGCUGUGAACCAGUAUGGCACCGGAGACUCAAGCCAGUCUGGUCCAGUGAAAAUGGUCGACAGUUUCCGCCCACCAGGUCCCCCAUCAACCCCAGAGAUUGAUAACGUCAGCAGGAAUGCUGUCACCAUUUCAUGGAAGAGACCAGCACAGGACGGUGGAAGUGACAUUAGAGGAUAUUGUGUCGAGAGGAAGGAGAGGAGAGGAAUGAGAUGGGUGAGAGCCUGUAAAAGGACAGUCCCUGACCUGCGCUUCAAGGUGCAGGGCCUGAGCGAAGGAGUAGAGUAUGAAUUUAGAGUCACAGCUGAGAACAAGGCUGGAUUUGGGGAGCCAAGUGAGCCGUCUCGCCCUGUGAUGACCAAGGACAUUGUGUAUCCUCCUGGUCCUCCAUCCAACCCCAGAAUUACAGACACCACAAAAACCACAGCCACUUUCGCCUGGGGCCGACCACACUACGAUGGUGGUCUUGAAGUAGAGGGAUACAUUGUUGAGUACAAAAAGGAAGGGCAUGAUGAUUGGGAGACAGAGACACAGUACCCAUUGAAAGCAACUGAAUAUGUCAUUGGUAAACUUCCAAAAGGAGGUAAAUACCACUUCAGAGUCAGCGCUGUUAACUCUGAGGGAGUUGGUGAGCCUGCAGAGGUUGAGAAAGUGACAGAACUGAUCGACCAGGAGACGUUGCCAGACUUUGAGCUGGAUGCUGAACUCCGAAGAACUCUGGUGGUCAGGUGUCGAGCUUCAAUCCGCAUGUUUGUCCCCAUCAAGGGUCGCCCUGUCCCCGAAGUAACUUGGAGCAAAGAUGACACCAACCUGAAAACACGUGCCCACAUCGACACAACAGAGUCCUACACUCUACUGGUUAUUCCUGACUGCACCAGAUACGAUGCUGGAAAGUAUAACCUCUGUCUGGAGAAUGUUGCUGGAAAGAAGACGGGCUUUGUUAAUGCUAAAGUUCUGGAUUCACCAGGACCACCAGUCAACCUCAAACCUAGAGAGAUUACUAAGAAAAGCAUCACUCUUCAAUGGGAAAUUCCUAUAAUUGACGGUGGAUCUAAGAUUCAUAACUACAUUAUUGAAAAGAGAGAGGCCACCAAGAAGGCCUACACAGUGCUUAGUACCACAUGGCAGAAAUGCUCCUUCAAAAUUCCAGACCUUGAGGAGGGAGCUUACUACUACUUCCGUGUCUCUGCUGAGAAUGACCUGGGUGUAGGUGAGCCUGCUGAAACUCCUGAGCCAAUUAGAGUGUCCCAGGCCCCCUCUGCACCAGAAAACUUGUAUGUCACCGACGUAACUGCUGACAGUGCCAGCCUUGCAUGGACCAAACCCCUCCAUGAUGGUGGCAGCUUGAUCACUGGAUAUGUCAUUGAGGCCCAGAAGAAAGACACUGACCAGUGGGUCCAUGUGACCACCAUCAAGGCUCUGGAUUACACUGUCACAGAUCUGAUUGAGGGUGCUGAAUAUACCUUCCGCAUAAUGGCAGUCAAUGCAUCAGGCAGGAGUGAUCCCCGUGAGAGCAGACCUGCUAUAAUCAAAGAGCAGACUGCUGCUCCUGGGUUUGAUCUGCGUGGCGUUUAUCAGAAGACUGUCAUUGCUAAGGCAGGGGAUCGUGUUAAGGUGGAGAUUCCAGUGCUGGGCAAACCCAGGCCUGUGGUUUCCUGGAAGAAGGGAAAUAUUGCACUCAAAGAGACACAAAGAAUCAACACUGAAACCACACCAACAUCAACAAUCCUCAACAUCAAUGAGAUCAAGAGAACAGAUGGAGGCCAGUAUUCCAUGACUGGAAAGAACAUGCUGGGUACAAUGACAGAGAUGAUCACAGUCUUAGUCCAUGACAUUCCAGGUCCUCCCACUGGUCCCAUUAAGCUGGACGAGGUCUCAUGUGAUUAUGUUCUCAUGUCCUGGGAGGCACCAGAGAACGAUGGAGGCGUUCCUAUCAACAACUAUAUUGUUGAGAUGAGGGAGACUACUGGUACUUCAUGGGUGGAAUUGGCAGCUACAGUGAUCCGCACCACAUUCAAGGCAGCUCGACUCACUACUGGAACCCAGUAUCAGUUCCGUGUCAAGGCCCAGAACAGAUAUGGCAUUGGACCAUCUAUUAUCUCUGAACCAGUGAUAGCUGCUUAUCCAUUUGAUGUACCAAGCCAGCCUGGUACUCCUGUGGUCACAUCUUUCAACAAAGAUGCUAUGAAUCUUAGCUGGAAUGAGCCAUCCUCUGAUGGAGGUAGUGCCAUUCUAGGCUAUCAUGUGGAAAGAAAAGAGAAAAACAGCAUUCUGUGGCAGAGGAUCAGCAAAGCUCUUGUUGUUGGUAAUAUCUUCAAAUCAACAGGCCUUGUUGAUGGAAUAGUAUAUGAACACCGUGUCAUUGCUGAAAACAUGGCUGGUCUCAGCAAACCCAGUAAACCCUCUGAGCCCAUGUAUGCCUUGGAUCCAGUUGACCCACCAGGCCGGCCUGUGGCACUGAAUAUCACCAGGCAUGAGGUCACAGUGUCAUGGACCAAACCAGAGGGAGAUGGUGGAUUUUCCAUCACUGGAUACACAGUAGAGAGGAGAGAGAUGCCCAAUGGACGCUGGCUCAAAGCAAACUUCAACAACAUUCUAGAGACCGUCUUCACAGUCAGUGGUCUGAUUGAAGAUGCAACCUAUGAAUUCCGUGUGUUUGCUAGGAACUCAGCUGGUGCCAUUAGCGCUCCAUCUCAGCAAUCAGAGGCAAUCACAUGCAGAGAUGAAGUUGAAGAGCCCAGACUUGAUGUUGACAUAUCAUAUAGCAGCAACGUCAUUGUCAUGGCAGGAGAGGUAUUCAAACUGGAGGCCAAUGUGACUGGCAGGCCAAUCCCAUCUCUUGUAUGGACCAAAGAAGGAAAGGAACUUGUGGAUACAGGCAAGCUAGAGAUAAAGACAUCUGACUUCCACACAACUCUGGUGAACAAAGAUUCACUGAGGAGGGAUGGCGGUGCUUUCAUUUUGACUGCCAGCAACCCUGGUGGUUUUGCAAAGUUCACAUUCAAUGUCAAAGUGCUUGACAGACCGGGACCACCAGACUCCCUUACAGUAACAGAUGUCACCGCUGAGAAAUGCGUCCUUAACUGGUUGCAUCCAACACAUGAUGGUGGUGCCAAGAUUGAAUACUUUAUUAUUCAGAGGCGUGAGACCAGUAGGCUGGCAUGGACAAAUGUAGCCACAGACCUUCAAGCCAACAGGUUCAAGGUCACCAAAUUACUGAAGGGCAAUGAGUACAUUUUCAGAGUCAUGGCUGUCAAUAAGUAUGGCUUGGGUGAACCGUUGGAGUCUGAACCUGUCAUCUGUGCCAACCCAUAUGUUCCCAGUGACCCACCACAGCAGCCUGAAGUCACCACAAUUACCAAGGACUCCAUGGUUGUCUGCUGGGACCGCCCUGAACACGACGGAGGCAGCAGAAUAAACACAUACAUAAUUGAGAGGAGGGAUAAGACUGGCCUACGCUGGGUGAAGUGCAACAAGAGGACUGUGACUGACUUGCGAUUCAAGGUCUCUGGCCUCACACUAGGACAUGAAUAUGAAUUCAGAGUUCUUGCUGAGAAUAACGCUGGUCUAAGUCAGCCUAGUCCUUCAAGUCCCUUCUACAAAGCCAUAGACACCAUCUUCCAGCCUGGACCUCCAGGGAACCCCAGAGUACUGGACACAACUAAGUCCUCUAUCACACUUGCCUGGAACAAGCCUGUCUAUGAUGGUGGUUCUGAAAUCACUGGUUACAUUGUAGAGACCUGCUUGCCUGAAGAGGAUGAGUGGACAAUUCACACAGCCAAGAAGGGAUGGACAGCCACUUCUUUCACCAUUACCAACCUGAAGGAAAACCAAGAGUAUAAAAUCAACAUCUGUGCCACUAAUUGUGAAGGAGUGGGAGAGCCCGCCGCUGUUCCUGGAACCCCAAAGGCUGAAGACAGACUGCUUCCUCCAGAAAUUGAACUUGGAGCAGAGCUACGUAAGGUGGUCUGCAUCAGAGCCUGCAGCACACUCAGACUCUUCGUACCUAUCAAGGGCAGACCAGCACCUGAAGUAAAAUGGUCAAGAGAGCAUGGAGAAUCCCUAGACAAGGCUAACAUUGAAAUCACCCCAUCAUUCACCACUCUUCAGGUGGACAACGUUGACAGGUUUGAUGGAGGUAAAUACAUGGUGACUGUGGAGAAUGCCUCAGGAAGCAAGACAGCCUUUGUUAAUGUCAGAGUGCUAGACACUCCUGGAGCACCACAGAAUCUGAUCAUCAAGGAGGUAACUAGAGAUUCAGUUUCCCUUGUUUGGGAUGCACCUCUCAUUGAUGGUGGUUCCAGGGUCCGCAACUACAUUGUGGAGAAGCGCGAGUCAACCAGAAAAGCCUAUUCCACUGUCUGCCCCAGUUGCCAUAAAUCCAGCUGGAAAAUUGGAGACCUAGAAGAAGGAAAGAUGUACUCCUUUAGAAUCCUGGCUGAGAAUGAAUAUGGCAUUGGCCUCCCAGUAGAGACUCUUGAACCAAUUAAAGUGUCAGAGAAGCCUCUACCACCAGGCAAAGUGUCUCUUCAUGAAGUUACCGGCACCAGCGUCACAUUGACUUGGGAAAAGCCUGACCAUGAUGGUGGAAGCAGAAUCACAGGCUAUAUCGUUGAGAUGCAGGGUAAAGGUAGUGAGAAAUGGACCCAGGUCAUGGUGGUAAAGACCAAUGAGGCUCAAGUAACUGGCCUCACACAGGGAGAGGAAUAUAUGUUCCGUAUCUCAGCCACCAACGAAAAGGGAGUUAGUGAUCCACGUCCUCUUAGCGUGCCUGUUGUGGCUAAAGACCUGGUCAUCUCACCAACCUUUAAACUGCUUUUCAGCACAUUCAGUGUGCUGGCCGGAGAUGACGUGAAGAUAGAUGUACCAUAUGCUGCCUGCCCCAAAGCUACAGCGACAUGGCUUAAAGAUGGUGCUGUUCUCAAGGAGACAACAAGAGUUAAUGCUGAAGCCACUGACAAAAAUCUUCUUCUAAUCAUCAAGGAGGCUUGCAGAGAUGAUGUAGGCACAUACACAGUCAAGCUGACCAACACAGCAGGAGAGGCAUCUACAGAUAUCAGUGUUGUUGUAUUAGAUAAGCCUGGUCCUCCAACUGGCCCAAUUAAGCUGGAUGAGGUCACUGCUGACAGUGUAGUCUUGUCCUGGAAACCACCACAAUAUGAUGGUGGUUGCACCAUCAACAAUUACAUUGUUGAAAAGAGAGACACAUCAACAACAAACUGGCAGAUUGUGUCAGCUACAGUGGCCAGAACUACCAUCAAGGCAGCCCGUCUGAAGACUGGCUCUGAAUACCAGUUCAGGAUUGCUGCAGAGAACAGAUAUGGAAAGUCCUCCGUCCUACUCUCUGAAACUAUUGUUGCACAGUAUCCAUUUGAAGUGCCCAGUUCACCACGUUCUGUUGUGGUCCAGUCAGCCACCAAGGAGACUAUGGUGGUUGUAUGGGAGAAACCCAGCAAUGAUGGUGGAAGCAAAAUUCUAGGCUACCACUUAGAGCUUAAAGAGAGAAACAGUAUACUGUGGGUAAAACAGAACAAGCAACUUAUCCCAGAGACCAGACUCAAAGUUAUUGGCCUCGAGGAGGGUAUCGAGUAUGAGUUCAGAGUCUAUGCUGAGAACAUUGUUGGCCUCAGCAAAGCCAGCAAACUGAGUGAAAUGCAAGUGGCCAGAGAUCCUUGCGACAGACCAGGAAAACCAGAGGCUGUCAUUGUCACAAGAAGCAAAGUGACACUCAGAUGGACCAAACCAGAGUAUGAUACCGGCAUUAAGAUCACAGGUUAUGUAGUUGAGAAGAAGGAAGGAACUGGUCGCUGGAUGAAGGCCAGUUUCACCAAUAUCAUUGAGACAGAAUUUGUUGUUACAGGACUUAUUGAAGAUCAGGUUUAUGAGUUCCGUGUUAUUGCCAGAAAUGCAGCAGGUGUCUUCAGCCUGCCAUCUGAUUCUACUGGAGCCAUCACUGCUAAGGAUGAAGUGGAUCCACCCAAAAUUGACUUAGAAGCCAAGUACUCCCAGGCUGUGGUGGUAAAUGCUGGAGAGACAUUUAAGCUCGAGGCUGCUAUUUAUGGUAAACCUGUUCCCACAGUGCACUGGCUGAAGGAGGGCAAAGAGAUUGCUGAAGCAGCUCGCUUAGAGCUAAGGAACACAGACUUUACAGCUUGUAUAGUUGUUAAGGAAGCCAUCCGUGUUGAUGGAGGUCAGUACACUUUACUGGUGAAGAAUGUAGGAGGAGAAAAAUCUGUUAACAUUAAUGUUAAGGUCCUGGAUAGGCCAGGCCCGCCUGAGGGCCCCAUCUCCAUCUAUGGAGUCACCAAUGAGAAAUGUUCCAUUUCAUGGAAGCCUCCCUUGCAAGAUGGAGGCAGCGAUGUUUCCCAUUACAUUGUUGAGAGAAGGGAAACCAGCAGACUGGUGUGGACAGUAGUUGAACCAAAAGUUCAGACACUAACCCUGAAGAUCACCAAACUUCUUCCUGGUAAUGAGUACAUCUUCAGAGUGAUUCCAGUCAACAAAUAUGGAGUUGGUGAGCCUCUGGAAUCUGAGGCAAUGAUUGCCAGAAAUCCAUUUGUUACUCCUAGCCAACCAACGGAGGUAGAAGUCUCCACAAUCACCAAGGACUCUAUGGUGGUCACCUGGGAGAGACCAACUAAUGAUGGUGGCAGCUCCAUCCAGGGGUAUGUUGUGGAGAAACGUGACAAAGAUGGUGUGAGAUGGACCAGGUGCAACAAGCGCAAUGUGAGUGAGCUACGCUUCAGGGUGACAGGACUUCUUGAAAACCAUAGCUAUGAAUUCAGAGUAGCUGCCGAAAAUGCAGCCGGAGUUGGCACACCUAGUCCACCAACAGUGUACUACAAAGCACUUGAUCCUAUCUUCAAACCAGGACCACCAAACAACCCCAAGGUGGUUGACACGUCCAGGUCCACUGUUUCCUUGACUUGGGGCAAACCCAUCUAUGACGGUGGCUGUGAGAUUCAAGCUUACAUAGUUGAGGCAUGUAAUGGGGCAUCAGAUGAAUGGUUUAUGUGCACUCCUCCCACUGGAGUCACAGACACUAAGUUUACAGUGAAAAAGCUUCUGGAGAAGCAUGAGUACCAAUUUAGAGUUUGUGCAAUCAACAAAGUUGGUGUUGGUGAGCAUGCUGAUGUUCCUGGAAAAAUUCUUAUGGAGGAGAAGCUUGAGGCUCCUGAUCUUGACCUGGAUGCCGAUAUGAGAAAGAUGAUCAACAUCAGAUCAGCAAGCACUCUAAGGCUCUUUGUUCCUGUGAGAGGUCGUCCAGCUCCUGAGGUGAAAUGGGGCAAAGCUGAGGGUGAGAUUAAGGAAACAGCACAAAUUGACAAUACAGGCAGCUACGCUUCACUUGUCAUUGAGAAUGUUGACAGAUUUGACAGUGGCAAGUACACACUGACUGCAGAAAAUGCGAGCGGAGUGAAGUCGGUCUUCAUUAGUGUCAGAGUCCUGGACUCCCCCAGUCCUCCAACUAACUUCAUAGUGAAAGAGAUUACCAAGAAUUCUGUCACACUCACAUGGGAGCCUCCACUUCUGGAUGGUGGUUCAAAGAUUAAGCAUUAUAUUGUUGAAAAACGUGAGAGCACAAGGAAGGUUUAUUCUCCUAUCACCACUUGCAACAGGAUGUCAUGGAAAGUUGAGCCUCUUCCAGAGGGUGGAAUCUUCUUCUUCAGAGUUCUGGCUGAGAAUGAGUAUGGUGUGGGUCUCCCUGCUAAAACCUUAGAGCCAAUUAAAAUAUCUGAGAAACCUCAACCACCUGGCAAGGUCAGUGUUAUUGACGUUACUCAUAGCACUGUUACUCUAACCUGGGAGAAGCCUGAACAUGACGGAGGCAGUAGAAUCAGUCACUAUGACAUUGAACUGGCUCCUAAGGACAGUGAAGCUUGGUCUGUGUGUGCUAGUGUGAAGGCACUUGAGACAGUGGUGGCAAACCUUUUCAAGGGAGAGGAAUACCAGUUCAGAGUUGUUGCUGUAAAUGACAAGGGAAAAAGUGACCCAAGACAAUUGGCCCAGACAGUUGUAGCAAAGGACCUUGUAAUUGAGCCCACUGUUAGACCGAAAGUUAGCACCUACAGUGUCCAAGUGGGGUAUGACCUUAAGAUAGAGGUUCCAACUGCUGGUCAUCCAAAGCCAACCAUCACAUGGACCAAAGAUGGAGCAGCCCUUAAACAGACUACCAGAGUCAAUGUCACUGACUCAGCACAUUACACCACUCUCACCAUAAAGGAUGCCACCAGAGAGGAUGGAGGUAUGUACAGUAUCAAUAUUGCCAAUGCCCUUGGUUCCAAGGAUGCCACUAUUGAAGUGAUCACCCUAGACAAACCAGGACCACCAACAGGCCCUGUCAAGAUGGAUGAUAUCAGUGCUGAGAGCAUCACUCUUAGCUGGGAACCUCCUACAUAUACAGGUGGCUGUCCAAUCUCCAAUUAUGUGGUAGAGAAGAGAGACACAACCACAACUAACUGGGUGGUUGUAUCCGCCACUGUGGCCAGAUCCACACUAAAAGUAGGUAAUCUGAAGACAGGUGCCGAGUACCAAUUCCGAAUCUAUGCUGAGAAUAGAUAUGGAAAGAGCUACGCCAUUGAUUCAGAGCCUGUUGUGGCACAGUAUCCAUUCCAGGAGCCUGGCCCACCAGGAACACCGUUUGUGUCUUCAUACACCAAAGACUAUAUGGUGGUUGAGUGGCACAAACCCCCAUCUGAUGGCGGUAGUGCCAUCUUGGGCUAUCAUCUGGAAAGGAAAGAGAAAAACAGUAUCCUCUGGACCAAGAUCAACAAAAUGCUCAUUCAAGACUGCAGAUUCAAAUCUGCUCCUCUGGAAGAGGGCAUUGAGUACGAGUACAGAGUCUAUGCGGAGAAUAUAGUUGGCAUUGGAAAGUGCAGCAAAGUAUCUGAGGUUUAUGUUGCCCGUGACCCAUGUUAUCCUCCUGGCCGUCCUGAGGCAGUGAUUGUGACCAGGCAUUCUGUGAUGCUGAGGUGGACUGCCCCAGAGUAUGAUGGUGGAAGCCUCAUUACUGGCUAUGUAGUGGAAAAACGUGACCUUCCUGAAGGAAAGUGGAUGAAGGCUAGCUUCGCCAAUGUUAUUGAACAUGAAUUCACAGUUACUGGGCUCACAGAAGACAGUAAAUAUGACUUCAGGGUAAUUGCAAGAAAUGCAGCUGGUGCUGUCAGCAAGCCCUCUGAGACAACAGGAUCCAUAACAGCUAAGGAUGAAGUUGACCCACCUAAGUGUGAGACAGAUCCUAUGUACAACCAGACUAUUGUUAUCAAUGCUGGAGAGACUUUCACUCUGGAGGCCACCAUGGAAGGAAAGCCCAUCCCAACAGCUCAGUGGUUUAAGGGAGACAUUGAAGUUGAAAACUCAGCAAGAGCUGAGAUCAAAAACACAGAUUUUAAAGCUUUGCUCAUUGUGAAGGAUGCCAUCAGAGUGGAUGGUGGUCAGUACAUGCUGGUUCUGACGAAUGUGGCUGGAACAAAGACUGUCCCAUUCAGUGUGAAGGUUCUGGACAGACCAGGCCCCUCAGAGGGACCUCUUACUGUUAGCAAUGUUACAGAGGAGAAGUGUUCACUGUCAUGGCUGCCACCUAGACAUGAUGGAGGAGCUAGCAUUUCUCACUACAUCAUUCAGAAGAGAGAAACCAGUCGCUUAGCAUGGACUGUAGUCUCCAGUGACUGUGGAGCUACAAUGUUCAAGGUUACCAAACUACUGAAAGGCAAUGAGUAUAUCUUUAGAAUCAUGGCCGUUAAUAAAUAUGGUGUAGGUGAGCCUCUUGAAUCAGCACCAGUUAUCAUGAGAAAUCCAUUUGUUCCUCCUGGCUCACCUAAGGAACUUGAGAUCACCAACAUCACCAGAGAUUCCAUGACGGUCUGCUGGAACCGCCCAGACACCACAGGAGGCAGUGACAUUGUUGGUUACAUUGUUGAGAAGAGAGACAGAGCUGGAGUGAGAUGGACCAAGUGCAACAAACGCAGAGUGACCGAUUUGCGUUUCAGAGUAACUGGGCUGACUGAGGACCAUGAGUAUGAAUUCAGGGUAUCUGCUGAGAAUGCAGCAGGAGUUGGCAACCCAAGUCCACCUACACCCUACCUCAAAGCCUGUGAUCCCACCUUUGAACCCGGCUGUCCCACCAAUGCACAUGUGAUUGACACUACUAAAGACUCUGUCAGUCUGGCUUGGCAUAGGCCUAUUUAUGAUGGUGGAUGUGAGAUUCAAGGGUAUGCUGUUGAAAUUACCAAGGCUGACGAGGAGGAAUGGACCAUAUGCACCCCACCCUCUGGAGUUAAUGCUACCAAGUUUACCGUCAAAAAGUUGAUUGAACACCAAGAAUACAAGGUGCGUGUCUGUGCCAUCAAUAAGUUGGGUGUCGGUGAGCCCACAGAGAUCCAAGGAGUUGUGAAACCUAUGGACAAGAUUAAUCCUCCAGAGAUGAUUCUGGAUUCAGAGCUCAGAAAGGGAAUAGUUGUCCGUGCAGGAGGCUCUAUGAGAAUCUGCAUUCCAUUCAAGGGUCGUCCUGCUCCUGAGAUAAACUGGGCCAAAGAAGAUGGAGAACUGCCCAGUAAAGCUCAGAUUGAGACAGGGGAAGACUACACACAGCUCUCCAUUGACAUAUGUGACAGAUUUGACGCUGGAAAAUACAUCCUCAACUUAGAAAACAGUGCUGGCACCAAAUCAGCCUUUGUCUCUGUUAAAGUCCUGGACACUCCAGGGGCUCCUUUAAAUCUAACAGUAAAAGACAUUACAAGGCAAAGUGUCACCCUGACCUGGGAGCCUCCUCUUAUUGAUGGUGGUGCAAGAAUCAAGAAUUAUCUGGUUGAGAAGCGUGAGUCCACCAGGAAGGUUUACUCCAAUGUGGACAACAAAUGCACAAAGACAAGUUAUCGCAUCACUGGCCUCACGGAGGGAACUAUCUAUUACUUCAGAGUCUUAGCAGAGAAUGAAUUUGGUGUAGGACAGCCAGCUGAGACAGAAGACUCAGUUAGGACCUCUGAGCCGCCUCUGUCGGUGGGUAAGGUUACUUUGACUGAAGUGACAAAAACCACUGCUUCACUCUCCUGGGAGAAGCCAGAUCAUGAUGGAGGCAGUAGGAUCAUGGGAUACUAUAUUGAAAUGCAACCUGUGGGAUCAGAGGAAUGGGUGGUGGCCACCACAUCCAAAACUUGUGAGGGCACUGUCCAGGGCCUCAGUGUAGGCCACGAGUACCUGUUUAGAGUAUCAGCCUUCAAUGAGAAGGGCAAGAGUGACCCCAGACCUCUGGCUGCACCUGUGACUGCUAAAGAUGUGACUAUUGAGCCUGGCUUCAAGAUGAGAUUUAACACUUAUAGUUUACAGAAUGGUGAGGAUCUGAAGAUCGAGAUUCCAGUGAUUGGACGCCCAGUUCCCAAGGUUGAAUGGAAGAAGGAUGGACAAGCUCUUAAGGAGACAACCAGACUAAAUGUAUCUAGUACACCAUCAUCUACUAAGCUGUGCAUCAAAGAUGCUAAUAAGGAAGACUCUGGUAAAUACACUGUCACGGCCACCAGUAGCAUUGGAACAGCCACAGAGGAGAUCACUGUUAUCAUUCUUGAUAAGCCUGGGCCACCUACAGGCCCUGUGACAAUUGAGGAGGUAAGUUCUAAUUAUGUCACUUUGUCCUGGGAGGCACCAGAGUACACUGGAGGCUGUCAAAUCAACAACUACAUUGUGGAGAAAAGAGACACUACCACGACAGCAUGGCAGAUUGUGUCUGCUACAAUUGCCAGAACAACUAUUAAAGUCACCAAAUUGAAGACUGGCAUUGAGUAUCAGUUCAGAGUGUCUGCUGAGAAUCGGUAUGGAAAGAGUUCUGCCAUCGUCUCUCCUGCUGUCAUUGCUCAGUAUCCAUUCAGUGAGCCCACAGCCCCAGGAGCACCAAUUAUUUCUGCUGCAACCAAGGAUAACAUGGUUGUUGAGUGGAAACCUCCCACCAACAAUGGAGGCAGUCCUAUCCUUGGCUAUCAUCUUGAGAGAAAGGAGAAGAACAGCUUAUUGUGGACUAAACUCAACAAGCUUCUAAUUCCAGACGCACGUUUCAAGACCACAGAACUGGAAGAAGGCAUUGAGUAUGAAUUCAGAGUUUAUGCCGAGAACAUUGCAGGUCUCAGUCCAGUUAGCAAGGUCUCUGAGAGCACGGUAGCCAGAGAUCCUUGUGACCCACCAGGAACUCCUGAGGCGAUUGAAAUCACCAGAAACCAUGUGACACUACAGUGGACCAGGCCUCAAUACGAUGGAGGCAGUGCAAUCACGGGCUAUGUUAUUGAGAGGAGGAAACACCCAGAUACUCGCUGGAUGAAGGCCAGCUUCACCAAUAUCAUUGAUACCCAGUUCACACUCACUGGUCUGACUGAGGACUGUGUUUAUGAUUUCAGGGUCAUUGCCAAGAAUGCUGCUGGCAUCUCCAGCCGUCCCUCUCAGAGCACAGGAGAAAUCACUGCCAAAGAUGAAAUUGAGGCUCCGGCAGCCACCAUGGAUUCUAAAUUCAAGGAUCUGACUGUGGUUCAUGCUGGUGAAACAUUUGUCAUUGAUGCUGACUACACUGGCAAACCUCUGCCUGAGGUCAUUUGGUUAAAAGAUGGAAAGGAGAUUGACAAAACAACACCAAGAAUGGAGAUCAAGACCACACUUACACGUACCAUCCUGACAGUCAAGGACUGCAUCAGAGUAGAUGGUGGCCACUUUGUCCUCAAGCUUGUCAAUGUGGGAGGAGUAAAGAUGAUCCCUGUUAGUGUUAAAGUUCUGGAUAGACCUGGUCCUCCCGAUGGCCCACUAGAGGUUAAAGGUGUCACAGCUGAGAAAUGUUAUCUGCACUGGAACCAUCCUUCACAUGACGGUGGAGCUAGCAUCUCUCACUACAUCAUUGAGAAGCGAGAAACCAGCCGUUUGUCAUGGACUAUGGUUGAGCCCAAGAUCCAAGCAAUCAGCUACAAAAUCACCAAACUGCUUCCUGGAAAUGAAUACAUCUUUAGGGUCACUGCUGUCAAUAAAUAUGGUGUUGGUGAGCCUUUAGAAUCAGAGCCGGUCAUUGCUCGUAACCCUUUCACCACUCCCAGUGCCCCAUCCACUCCAGAGGCCAGUGCCAUCACCAGGGACUCCAUAGUACUCACCUGGGAGAGGCCUGAGAAUAAUGGAGGAGCUGAGAUUGAAGGAUAUGUCCUUGAAAAACGUGAUAAAGAUGGCAUCAGAUGGACUAAGUGCAACAAGAAGAGGCUGAAUGAUCUGAGAUUCAGAUGCACUGGUCUCACAGAGGGCCACUCUUAUGAGUUCAGGGUCUCGGCUGAAAAUGCUGCUGGUGUGGGAAAGCCUAGUGCGCCAACUCCAUACAUCAAGGCCUGCGAUGCCACUUAUCCACCAGGACCUCCAAAUAACCCAAAAGUGACUGACCAUUCAAGCACCACAGUCUCCCUAUGCUGGUCUAGACCUAUCUAUGAUGGUGGGGCAGCAAUCAGCGGAUAUAUUGUUGAAAUGAAAGAGGCAGCAGAUGAUGAAUGGAUCAUCUGCACACCACACACUGGCGUCCAAGCCACUCACUACACUGUCAAGAAACUGAAGGAGAAUGCAGAGUACAACUUCCGCAUCUGUGCUGUUAACUGUGAGGGAGUAGGAGAGCAUGUGGACUUGCCUGGGUCUGUGAUCGCUGCAGAGAAGCUGGAGGCUCCAGAAAUUGAACUGGAUGCUGAUCUGAGAAAGAUGGUCAAUGUUCGUGCUACUGCCACCCUGCGUCUGUUUGUGACUAUUAGAGGAAAGCCUGAGCCUGAGGUCAGAUGGUCAAAGGCUGAUGGCACUCUGAAUGAACGUGCUCAGAUUGAAGUGACAAGCUCUUACACCAUGCUAGUCAUUGAGAAUGUUGACAGAUUUGAUACAGGCAAAUAUGUACUGACCCUGGAGAACCUCAGUGGCUCUAAAUCUGCCUUCAUCAAUGUCAGAGUACUGGACUCUCCCAGUGCUCCUACCAACCUGGAGGUGAAAGAUGUGAAGAGGAAUUCUGUCUCUCUAUCCUGGGAGCCUCCUCUCAUUGAUGGUGGGGCUAAGAUAUCACACUAUAUUGUGGAGAAGAGAGAGCAGAAGAGAAUGGCUUUCACCAGUGUUUGCACCAACUGUGUGAGGAACUCCUACAUUAUUUCCGACCUGCAGGAGGGAGGCAGAUACUACUUCCGUGUGCUGGCUGUGAAUGAGCUGGGAGUAGGUCUGCCUGCCUCCACAGAUCAAGUAAAGGUGUCUGAGGCUCCUUUGCCUCCUGGUAAGAUUGUCCUGGUUGAUGUGACUCGUCAUACUGUCACUCUUUCCUGGGAGAAACCUGAUCAUGAUGGAGGCAGCAAGAUUACAAACUAUAUUGUGGAGAUGCAGCCCAAGGGAGAUGAGAAAUGGACUGUGUGCAGUGAAGUCAAAGCACUGGAAGCAACUAUUGAGGGACUCACAACUGGAGAAGAAUAUUCCUUCAGGGUGAUUGCUGUUAAUGACAAGGGCAGGAGCGAUGCUAAGCCUUUGGCUGCCCCUGUGGUGGUAAAGGAUAUUACAAUGGAGCCUAUCAUCAACCUGUUGUUUAACACAUAUAGUGUAAAAUCAGGAGAUGACCUGAAAAUUGAUGUUCCAUUUAAAGGCAGACCUCAGCCUGAGGUGUCCUGGAAGAAAGACGGCCAGGUGCUUAAGCAGACUACUAGAGUAAAUGUUCUCACUUCCAAGACCUCAUCGAAGAUUGUCAUCAAAGAUGCCACCAAGGAGGAUGUAGGAAAGUAUGAAAUUACACUGACUAACUCAGUUGGCACCAAGACAGGUGAAAUCUCUGUCAUAAUCCUGGACAAACCCGGACCACCUAGCAACAUUAAGGUGGAUGAGGUGAGCGCUGACUUCGUCUGUCUGUCCUGGGAUCCUCCAACUUACGAUGGUGGUUGCCAGAUUAACAACUAUGUGGUGGAGAAGAGAGACACAACCACUACCACAUGGCAAAUUGUUUCAGCUACGGUAGCCAGGACAUCAAUAAAAGUGUCACGUCUCACUCAGGGAACAGAGUACCAGUUCCGCAUUGCCGCUGAAAACCGCUACGGCAAGAGCCACGCCAUUGAUUCUGCUCCUGUUGUUGCUCAGUAUCCAUUUGAACCUCCUGGUUCUCCAACCAACCUCCAUGUUACCCAUGCCACCAAGACUGGUAUGCUUGUGGUGUGGGGCAGACCUGCCAGUGAUGGUGGAAGCCCUGUCAUUGGAUACCACAUUGAGUGCAAAGAUCAAAGCAGCAUCCUGUGGACUAAGGUCAAUAGAGGUCUGCUGGCUGAGGCCCAGUUUAAGAUGACAGGCAUCGAGGAAGGCCUGCAGUAUCAGUUCAGAGUCUAUGCUGAGAAUAUUGCAGGCAUUGGUCCAUGCACUAAGGCCAGUGAGCCUGUGGCAGCAAGGGAUCCAUGUGAGCCUCCACGCAACCUCAGAGUCACAAAUAUUACCAGAACCUCAGUUUCCCUCUUCUGGGAGAAGCCAGAGUAUGAUGGUGGAGUUAAAAUUACUGGCUACAUUGUUGAGCGUAAGGAACUUCCCAACGGUCGCUGGCUGAAAUGCAACUUCACCAAUCUACAAGACACCUACUUUGAUGUCACAGGCCUCACAGAAGAUGUCCAGUAUGACUUCCAUGUCAUUGCUAAGAACUCUGCAGAGCUGCUGAGUGUUCCUUCGGAAAACACUGGUCCUGUCACUGUCAAGGAUGAUGUGGACCCCCCAACCAUCAUCCUGGAAGAUAAAUUCAGGCAAUUGGUUGUCGUAAAGGCUGGAGAUAUUAUCAGAAUUGAUGCUGAAAUUACAGGGCGUCCUUUGCCAGUUGUUUCAUGGUCUAAGGAUGGAAAGGAGAUUGAGGCCAAGGCCAGGUGUGAAAUCACCUCCACUAACUUCGCCACCACUCUGAUUGUCAGAGAUGCUAUUAGGAGGGACUCUGGUCAGUAUGUGCUUACUCUGCAUAAUGUAGCAGGAACCAGGUCUGUGGCUAUCAACUGUAAAGUUCUGGAUAGACCUGGACCUGCCUCAGGACCUCUGGCAGUGUCUGGCCUCACAGCAGAGAAAUGCACUCUAACAUGGGGACCUCCUCAGGAGAACGGCGGUGCUGAGAUCAUGCACUAUAUCGUGGAAAAACGUGAGACCAGUCGCCUUGCCUGGACUCUUGUCUAUGGUGACAUGAAAGCAACCACCUGCAAAGUGACUAAGCUGCUCAAAGGAAAUGAGUACAUCUUCAGAGUCAGGGGAGUCAAUAAAUAUGGAGAUGGUGAGGCCUUGGAGAGUGAGGCAACAAAGGCUGUGGAUCCAUUCACAGUGCCUGCAGCUCCCACUAGUGUCCAGGUCACCUCAGUCACCAGUGAGGCAAUGACCAUCUGCUGGGAAAGACCAGUUUCUGAUGGUGGCAGCAGUAUCUCUGGUUAUGUCAUUGAAAAGCGAGAGAAGACUGGCCUCCGCUGGUGCCGUGUCAACAAGAAACCUGUUUAUGACCUCAGAGUUAAAGCUUCACACCUUCGUGAGGGUUGUGAGUACGAGUACAGGGUGUUUGCAGAGAAUGCCGCUGGCCUCAGUGCUCCUAGCAUGGCCUGCCCGCUCACCAAGGCUGAAGACCCUCAGUUCCUGCCUUCACCUCCUGCUAAGCCCAAGAUUGUUGACUCUACAAAAACUACAGUCACCCUCUCCUGGAAUAAGCCACUCUUUGAUGGUGGAGCACCUGUGACUGGUUACAGAGUCGAAUACAGAAAGACAUUAGAUGACGAAUGGAUUGUUGGAGUCCAGAACACCAAGAACACAGAGUUCACAGUGGUAGGAUUGACACCUGGGACUGAAUAUGUGUUUGUUGUCAAGUCCAUCAACAAGAUUGGUGUCAGUGAGUCCAGUCCUGAGUCAGACAAACAGGUUGCCAAAGAAAGAGUGGAGGAGCCCGUCUUUGACAUCAGCAAUGAGAUGAGGAAAACUCUCAUUGUACGGGAUGGCAGCUCGUUCACCAUGACAGUACCGUUCAGAGGCAAACCCAUCCCCAGCGUUACUUGGACUAAGCCGGACGUUGACCUCAGAGUCCGUGCUGUCAUUGACACCACAGAUACCUUCACCUCCAUCACCUUAGAGAAAGCAACUCGCAAUGACUCUGGAAAAUACACUGUUACAUUGUCCAAUGUAGCUGGAACCUCUUCCCUGACACUGAAUGUCCGAGUCCUUGACUCACCCGGACCACCUGCCCGUGUAGAGGUCAAGGAAGUGACAAAGACCUCUGCUACAGUCACCUGGGACACUCCUGAGAAUGAGGGAGGAGGACCAGUCAAGAACUACCUUGUUGAUUUCCGUGAGGCCAGCAAGAAAGGCUGGACACGGUUGACUGACACCUGCCACAGACUGACGUACAAGGUGACAGAUCUGCAGGAGGGAGGAGUCUACUACUUCAGAGUGACAGGCGAGAAUGAGUAUGGAGUUGGUGUUCCUGCUGAGACCAAAGAGGGAACCAAGAUCACAGAAAAACCAAGCCCACCACCAAAACUCGGUGUGACAGAUGUGACCAAGGACAGUGUGUCCUUGGCUUGGACCAAGCCAGAACAAGAUGGAGGCAGCAGAAUCACUGGCUACCUGGUAGAAGCACUGGAAAAAGGCCAGGAGAAGUGGGUCAAGUGUGGUGUAACCAAGUUCAUCCACUUCACAGUGUCAGGUCUGAGGGAGAAUGCCGAGUACUUCUUCAGAGUCAAGGCUGAGAACCAUGCUGGAUUCAGUGAUGCUAAGGAGAUGGUCACACCUGUAGUGGUGAAAGACCAGCUUGAAUCUCCUGAGAUCAACAUGAAGGACUUCCCCCACAACACAGUAUAUGUUAGAGCUGGCUCCACUCUGAAGUGUGAGAUCCCACUAACAGGCUGUCCUUUGCCUAAAGUCACUCUGUCCAAGGACAAUGUGCUGCUCAAGUCUACAAUGAGGUUCAACUCUGAGGUUACUCCUGACAGCAUCAAGAUCACUCUGCGCGAGAGCAUAGCUGGAGACUCCGGGCGCUACGACAUCACUGCCUCCAACUCUAGUGGAACCACCAAGUCAUUUGUGAACAUUGUGGUUCUGGACCGGCCUAGCGCCCCACUCGGACCUGUGGAGCUGUUUGACGUCACAGAGGACAGUGUAAGCUUGAAGUGGCUCCCGCCAGCAUAUGAUGGUGGCAGUCCCAUCACCAACUACAUCCUCCAGAAGAGAGAGACGACUACAGCCAACUGGAUGGACGUGUCUUCUGCUGUUGCCCGCUGCACCAUGAAGAUCAUGAAGCUGACCACUGGCCUGGAGUACCAGUUCAGAAUCAGGGCUGAGAACAGAUACGGCAUCAGCGAGCACAUCGACUCUCCGACUGUCACCGUUAGCCUUCCUUACACAAUUCCGGAUGCUCCAUCAACUCCAGAAAUUACUGCUGUCACCAGGGAGACCAUCACUGUGGCCUGGAAGGAACCCAAGUCAGAUGGAGGAAGCCAUGUAUUUGGCUACCACCUUCAGAUGAAAGACAGGAACAGCAUCCUUUGGCAAAGAGUUAACAAAAUGGUGAUCCGUGCUACACACUUCAAGGUCACCAACAUCAAUGCUGGACUUAUUUAUGAGUUCAAGGUGGCAGCAGAGAAUGCUGCUGGAAUCAGUGCUUUUAGCAAGGUUUCUGAUGCAGUGCUGGCAAUUGAUGCCUGUGAGCCGCCAAUCAACCUGCGCAUCAGUGACAUCACUAAGACCACCAUUAGCCUGGCCUGGCAGAAGCCCAACUACGAUGGUGGAUCCCCAGUCACUGGCUACAUCAUCGAGAAGAGAGAGGGUGUUAACACCAAGUGGUCCAAGGCUAACCUCACCAAUGUCACGGACACCCGCUUUACCGUGACUGGCCUGACCCAGGACGAGACAUACGAGUUCAGAGUUAUGGCCAAAAACGCAGUUGGCUCAAUCAGCAAUCCAUCCAUGACUGCUGGACCAGCAACCUGCGCGGACACCUAUGGUGCACCAGAGAUUGAAAUACCUCAGGAGUACCUCAACGAGGUCAAGUACAGGGCUGGAUCGGAUGUGGAGCUCAAAUUUAACAUCACAGCCAAACCUGCUCCCACCAUUGAGUGGUUUAAGGACAGCAGAGAGCUUAAGCCCACUGCCCAGCUCUCUCUCAAACACACAUUCGAGUCCACCAGUGUGUUCCUGAAGGAAACCACUCGUCUGAACUCUGGAACCUAUGAGGUCAGAGUGAAGAACUCCCUGGGAUCUGCAUGUGCCAUCAUCAGGCUGCUCAUUCAAGACAAGCCAGGUCCUCCUGCUGGAGAGAUUCAGUUUAAGAAGGUGACGGCUGACAACGUCACCAUCAUGUGGUCACCGCCUGCUGAUGAGGGUGGCGCUAUGGUGACUCAUUACAUCGUAGAAAAGAGAGAGACCAGCAGGAUAAUGUGGUCCAUCGUCUCAGAGAAACUGGUCGACUGCAUCGUGAAUGUGCCAAGACUAAUCCAGGGCAAUGAAUACAUCUUCAGAGUCCGCGGAGUCAACAAGUAUGGCAUCGGAGACCCGCUGGAGUCUGAACCGAUCAUCGCCAAGAACGCAUUUGUUCCUCCCAGUGAGCCAUCCAAGCCUAAAGUCACCAUGAUAACCAAGUCCACCAUGACAGUGAUCUGGGAGAGACCAGCGCUGGAUGGAGGGAGCGACAUUGAUGGCUACUACCUGGAGAAAAGGGAAAAGAAGAGUCUGCAGUGGUUCAAGGUGGUGAAAGGCACCAUCAGAGACACCAGGCAGAAAGUCACCAACCUGGUUGAGAACAAUGAGUACCAGUACAGAGUUUGUGCUGUCAACAAGGCUGGUGCAGGAAGAUACUCUGAGGCUUCUGACCUCUACAAGGCCUACGACCCCAUCGAUCUGCCUGGUGAACCCUCUAAGCUGCGUGUGGUUGACUCCACUAAGACCUCCAUCACCCUCGGCUGGGAAAAGCCAGUCUAUGACGGUGGCAGCGAAAUCACACACUACCUUUUGGAGCAGAUGAACUCCGAAGACAAAGAAUGGGCGACCAUCAACCCACAGGUCAAGGCCUGUGAGUAUGUGGUGUCCCACCUGAAACCUGGUACCUACUACUUCUUUAGAGUCUCUGCUGUCAACUGCAAGGGCAAAGGAGAAGACAUCAAAAUGUACCAGCCUGUACAGGCCAAAGAUAUAUUAGAGGAGGCUGAUUUGGACUUAGAUGUUUCCAUGACAACCCAGUAUACAGCCAGAGCUGGCCGUGAUGUGGAAGUGUUCAUCCCUCUGAAGGGACGCCCUGCUCCAAAUGUCACCUGGCGUCGUGGCGACCGCAACAUGGCUGGUGACAACCGCUACACCAUCACCAGCACUGAGAGAGCCACCACACUUCUCAUCCCCAAGGUCACCCGUGAUGACUGCGGCAAGUACAUGCUGGAGAUUGAGAACGGUGUGGGGGAACCAAAGAUAAUCACAGUUUCCCUCAAGGUUCUGGACAGUCCAUCCACCUGCCAGAAAUUGAUGAUCAAGAAUGUGACAAAAGGAAAACUGACUCUCAGCUGGGAAGCUCCAUUAAUUGAUGGCGGCUCCCCUGUCACUAAUUAUAUUGUGGAGAAGAAAGGCUCCACCAUGAAGGCUUACCAGGUAAUCACUGCCGAGUGUCUCAACACAACUUUCAAGGUGUCAGGCCUGGAGGAGGAUAUAGCUUUCUUCUUCCGUGUGUCUGCUGAGAACGAGUACGGUGUGGGUGACACCUGUGAAACCACCGAGCCAGUCAGAGCGACAGAAACUCCAGGGGCUGUUAAAGACUUGGUGAUGGUGGACUCCACAAAGAACUCCGUCACCCUUCAGUGGACCAGACCUGACCAUGACGGUGGCAGCCACAUCAGUGACUACAUCAUCGAGAAGAGGACCAAGGAAGAUCCUACCUGGACUUUGGGUGCGACAUGCAAGCGCUGCUCCUGUGAGGUGACAGGACUCCAGGAGAACGCUGUCAUGGACUUCAGAGUGUUUGCCAAGAAUGAGAAAGGCAACAGUGACUUCUCCCAGAUUGGCCCGAUCACAGUGGUGGACUUCAUCAUUCCACCUGAGGCCAGCCUCACUGAUUACCCCAAUGGAGAGCUUGCUGUCCGUAUUGGUCAGAAUAUCCACAUUGAACUACCAUUCAAAGGUAAACCGAGACCUGUGAUAAGCUGGCUGAAAGACAACCUGCCUCUGAAGGAAAGUGAAAAGGUUCGCUUCAGGACCACCGACAACAAGACUGCAGUAACAGUCAGGGGAGCCAAGAAGGAGCAUGCUGGUCAGUACACCCUGGUCCUGGACAACAGAGCUGUUAAGAACUACUUUGACAUCAGUGUGAUCACUUUGGGACCCCCCUCAGUGCCUGUUGGUCCCAUCCGCUUCGACGAGAUCAAAGCUCAGAGCAUCAUCAUCUCCUGGGAUGAGCCAAAGGAAGACGGAGGUGGUGAGAUCACGUGCUACAGUGUGGAGAAACGUGAAACCUCCCAGGCCAACUGGAAGAUGGUUUGCUCCAGUGUCGUCAGGACGAUUUUCAAGAUUCCCAACCUGGUGAAGGGAACUCAGUACCAGUUCAGAGUCCGAGCUGAGAACAAAUAUGGAGUCAGUGAACCACUCACUUCCUCGGACAUUGUUGCCCAGCACCAGUACAAACCUCCAGGCCCCCCUGGAAAGCCAGUUGCCUACAACGUUACCAGUGAUGGCAUGACCAUCAAGUGGGAGGCACCAGGCUUUGACGGAGGUUCCCCAAUUUUGGGUUACCAUGUUGAGAAGAAGGACAGGAACAGCCUCUUGUGGCAGAAGGUGAACUCUACCAUCAUUUCCAACAGGGAGUACAGGAUCAUUGGUCUCAUGGAGGGUUUGGAGUAUUCCUUCAGAGUCUACGCUGAAAACAAUGCUGGACUCAGCACUGUCAGUGAGCAGAGCAAACAUGCCCUCGCCAUCUCCCCUGUGGACCCACCUGGCACCCCUGUCUGCAUCGAUGUGACCAGAGACUCCGUCACCCUGCAAUGGGAGAUUCCCAAGAGGGAUGGUGGCAGCAAAAUUGUUGCCUAUAGUGUAGAGAGGCGCCAAGGUAGAGGCAAAUGGCUACGAUGCAACUUCACUGAUAUCAGUGAGACCCAGUUCACAGUGACGGGUCUGUCCGCUGGAGACAGAUUUGAGUUCAGAGUGAUCGCCAGGAAUGCUGUUGGCACAGUCAGUCCACCAUCAAACUCCUCUGGAUACAUCAUGACCAAGGAUGAGAGCAUUGCUCCUGAGAUUGAAUGGGCUAAAGACCAGGUGCUCACCCUGAGGGCUGGAGAGAAUGUAAAGCUCAGCUGCACCAUCACUGGACGUCCACUCCCCCAGAUAGUUUGGUACAAAGAUGGCAAAGAAAUUGACAAGAGGACAAUGAUUGACAUUGAGAUUACCACCGGCAUUGGCACCAGCAGUGUGUUUAUCCGCGAUGUCGACAGGAACCACCGUGGAGUCUACACUGUAGAGGCCAGAAACAGCUCUGGUGCUAAGAAGGCUGAUGUUAAUGUCAGAGUGCAAGACACUCCCGGACCUGUCGAGGGUCCCAUCCGUUUCACCGGCAUCACGGCUGAGAAGUGCACUGUGUGGUGGAAUCCACCGGAGAACGACGGCUGUGCUGCCAUCACCCACUACGUGGUAGAGAAGAGGGAGACGUCCAGGAUCUCCUGGGCAUUGGUCACCUCCAAGUGUGACGCGUGCUCCUACAAUGCCACCAACCUCAUUAAGGGCAACGAGUACCAGUUCAGAGUAUCUGCUGUCAACAAGUUUGGUGUUGGCAAACCUCUGGACUCUGACCCCUUCAUCGCACAGAUGCAGUACACUGUACCUGAUGCCCCUGGUACCCCCGAUGCCACUCAUGUGACAGGAGACAGCAUCACCCUGGGCUGGACCAGACCACGCACAGAUGGAGGCAACGAGAUCAAGCACUACAUCCUGGAAAGGAGAGAGAAGAAGAGCCUGCGCUGGGUGAAGGUUUCCUCCAAGAGGCCCAUCACGGAGCUGAGGCACCGUGUCACCAACCUGACCGAGGGCAACGAGUACGAGUUCCGCGUCAUGGCUGAGAAUGGCGCUGGUGUCGGACCAGCCAGUAGCACCUCCAGGCUCUUUAAAUGCAGAGAGCCGACCAGUGCCCCCAGUGCUCCCACUGUGAUCAAGGUCAUUGACUCCACCAAAUCCUCCAUCACCUUGGAAUGGACCAAGCCAGUCUUCGAUGGUGGCUUGGAAAUCAUUGGCUACAAUAUCGACAUGUGUAAGGCCAGUCUGGAGGAGUGGCACAGAGUAAACAACCAGAUCUGUAUCCACACCAGGUACACUGCUAAAGGUCUGGUACCUGGGGAGCUGUACAAGUUCAGGGUCAGUGCUGUAAAUGGAUCGGGAGAGGGCGAAGCCUCUGUGAUGCCCAACCCUGUUCAGGCUUUGGACAGACUUACAUCUCCUGAAAUUGACAUUGACGCCAACUUCAAGCAAACUCACAUUGUGAAGAAUGGAGGCAUUGUCACUCUCCACGUGGCUUUCCGAGGAAAGCCGGCUCCUCUGGCCACCUGGUCCAGGGCAGACGGUGAGCUUCCUGUCAUGGCUGAUGUCAACACCACAGAUUCAUUCUCCACUCUGACCAUCGAGGGCUGCACUCGGUAUGAAGCCGGCAAAUACACCUUGUCCCUGGAGAACAACAGUGGGCGCAAAUCCAUCACAUUCACUGUCAAAGUGCUGGACACUCCUGGACCUCCAGGAGCCAUCACCUUUAAGGAUGUUACUCGCGGAGCCCUGACAGUGAUGUGGGAUGCCCCUACUAAUGAUGGCGGAUCACGAAUUCACCACUACAUAGUGGACAAGCGUGAGGCCAGCCGCCUGGCCUGGCAGGAGGUCAGCACCAAGUGCACUCGCCAAAUGAUCAGGGCAGCUGGCCUGGAUAUUGGCGUGCCAUAUUUGUUCAGAGUCAUUGCUGUUAAUCAGUACGGCCAGGGAGAACCUCAUGAGAUGACAGAGCCCAUCAUUGCCACCGAAGAACCAGCUCCACCUAGGAGACUGGACGUUGUUGACACCACCAACUCCACAGCUUCCCUAGUAUGGCUGAAGCCUGAACAUGAUGGAGGCAGCCGCAUCAGAGGCUAUAUUGUUGAAUUCAGAGCUAAGGGCACCGAUCGCUGGGUUGUUAGCGGAGAGACAAAGUCCCUAAAGACGCUUGUGGAGGGUCUGAUUGAGAACACAGAGUACGACUUCAGAGUGAAGGCAAAGAAUGAUGCUGGAAUCAGCGAGCCUCAGGGCACAUUCGGCUCUGUGGUCAUUAAGGAGCCUCACAUCGAACCCACUGCUGACCUCAGCAGCAUCACCAACCAGCUCAUCACCUGCAAGGCCUCCAGCACCUUCACCAUCGACAUCCCCAUCAGUGGCAGACCAGCACCCAAGGUCACCUGGAAGCUGGAGGAAAUGAAGCUGAAGGAGACAGACAGAGUUUCCAUCAAGACCACAAAAGAGAGAACCACUCUGGUGGUGAAAGACAGCAAGAGAAGCGACAGUGGCAAGUACUAUCUGACACUGGAGAAUGCUGCUGGUGUGAAGACAUUCACAGUGACCGUAGUCAUCGUCGGCCGACCAAGUCCGCCCACGGGUCCCUUGGAAAUCUCUGGAGUCUCCUCAGAAUCCUGCACCCUGUCCUGGUCUGAGCCUGCUGAUGAUGGAGGCACUGACAUCGGCAACUACAUUAUUGAAAAACGAGAGUCUGGUUCUGCUUCCUGGCAAGUGGUGAACUCCAGCGUGAAGCGAACCACUAUCAAAGUGACCCAUCUUACCAAAUACAUGGAGUACACUUUCAGAGUGUGCGCAGAGAACAAGUUUGGAGUCAGCAAGUCCAUAGAGUCAGCUCCUGUUGUUAUUGAGCAUCCAUUUGUUCCUCCAAGUCCUCCAACCCGUCCAGAUGUCGUGUCUGUGUCUGCCAAUGCUAUUAGCAUCAAAUGGGAUGUACCAUAUGCUGAUGGUGGCAGCAAGGUGACAGGCUACUGGAUCGAGAAGAAGGAGAGGAACACAAUCCUGUGGGUGAGGGAGAACAAACUGCCCUGCCUGGAGUGCCACUACAAGGUGUCCAACCUGAUCGAGGGCCUGGAGUACCAGUUCAGGGUUUACGCCAUGAACCUUGCCGGACUCAGCAAAGCCAGUGAGGCCUCCAGGCCUGUGGUGGCGCUCAAUCCUGUUGAUCCUCCUGGUAAACCUGAGGUGACGGACAUCAGCCGCUCUUCUGUGUCACUGUGCUGGACUGUGCCAUUCAAUGAUGGUGGCAGCAAGAUUGUCGGUUAUGUGGUGGAGAGGAAAGUGUACAGUACAGAUGAGUGGGAUGACAACCGCUGGCUCAAAUGCAAUUACACCACGAUCACAGAGAACUACUUCACUGUCACAAACCUGGGAGAGGGAGAGACCUACGAAUACCGUGUUAUUGCCAAGAAUGCUGCAGGUGUCCACAGCGCGGCUUCAGAGUCGACCGGACCCGUGACAUGCAAGGAUGAAUACUCUCCUCCCAAAGCUGAGCUUGACAGCAAGCUAAUAGGUGAGACUGUCACUGUCACCGCUGGCUCCGACCUUGUCCUGGAUGGCGCCGUGGGUGGUAAACCAGAACCCACAGUAUACUGGUCGAAGGGCGACAAGAUUCUGGAGCUUGGUGAAAAAUACUCGUUGACCUACACUGCGACCAGAGCUAUGGCUGUCAUCAAGAACUGCGACAGAUAUGACACUGGCAGAUACAUCCUGACUGUGAAGAAUGCCAACGGAAUUAAGACUGCAGUUGUCAGUGUUAAAGUCCUAGACACUCCUGGAUCUCCAGCUGAUAAGAUCGUGAUCAGCAGAGUGACAGAGGAGAAGUGUACAGUGUCCUGGAAGAUUCCCCUGGAGGAUGGUGGAGACUCAGUCACCCACUACAUUGUGGAGCGUCGUGAGACCAGCCGCCUCAACUGGGUCAUUAUGGAGACGGAGUGCAAAACGCUGUCAUGUGUCAGCACCAGGCUGAUUAAAAACAAUGAGUACAUCUUCAGAGUUAGAGGAGUCAACAAGUUCGGACUCGGAGUUCCUUUGGAGUCUGAUCCAGUCAUCGCCAGGAAUGCUUACACCAUCCCAUCCCAGCCAGGUACACCGGAAGCCACAGCGGUGGGUAAGGAGCACGUCAUCAUCGAAUGGCUGAAGCCUGAGAGCGAUGGAGGCAGUGAGCUCAAGAACUACAUUGUGGAUAAACGAGAGAAGAGCAGCACCAGGUGGACUCGAGUAAAUAAGACUUACACCAUCUAUGACACUCGACUUAAGGUCACAGGUCUGCUGGAGGGAAGUGAGUACCAGUUUAGAGUGACAGCUGUCAACGCUGCUGGAGACAGUCAGCCAAGCGACGCUUCGCAAUACAUCCUCUGCAAGGAUCCAACGUAUACCCCAGCUCCUCCAUCAAUGCCUCGCAUCACAGACACUACCAAGCACAGCAUCAGCAUGACUUGGACUAGGCCCAUGUAUGACGGUGGCUCAGACGUCUCUGGCUACAUGGUAGAAAUCCUGGAGGAGGGUUCUGAGCAGUGGUACCGCGCCACCGCUAAGGCUCUCAAGACUAACGAGUAUGUGGCUGCCGGUCUGGCAGCCAAUAAGAAGUAUAGAUUCAGGGUGGCUGCCACCAAUAGCAACGGCACUGGGGAGUUCAGUGAGCCAAGCGCUGAGGUCGAGCCGCUGGAGAGAAUUGAAAUGCCCGACCUGGAGCUUGCCGACGACCUGAAGAAAACAGUGUGUCUGCGUGCCGGUGGUACCUUGCGCUUGUUUGUGUCCGUUACCGGCCGGCCAACACCAGUCAUGGCCUGGAGGAAGACAGGUGUGGAGCUGCAGACCCGUGGCUACAUUGAGACCACCGACAGCUACACCUCUUUGAUUGUGGAGAAGGUUGAUCGCUACGACUCUGGAAAAUACAUCUUAGAGGCAGAGAACCCGUCUGGCAAGAAAGUUGCCACCAUUCUGGUUAAAGUCUACGACACCCCUGGGCCUCCAGGUUCAGUGAAAGUGAAGGACUACACCAAAGAAUCUGUUGUGAUCACCUGGGAUGUCCCGAGCAUCGACGGUGGUGCUCAUGUAAGCAACUACAUUGUAGAGAAGCGUGAUGCAAACAUGAAGUCAUACAAGACCGUCACCACUGAGUGCAGGAAGACCCUGUUCAGGGUCACUGGUCUGGAAGAAGGCAUGCACUACUUUUUCAGAGUGCUGCCAGAGAACAUCUACGGUGUCGGCGAGCCUUGCGAGACAACUGAGGCGGUUCUGGUGUGUGAAGUGCCGUCAGUGCCUGUGGACCUACAGAUUGUUGAUGUUACCAAAUCCUCUGUGUCUCUGCACUGGGAGAAGCCGCUACAUGACGGCGGCAGCAGGCUGACUGGCUACAUCAUCGAGGCCUCCAAGGUGGGUUCGGACAGAUGGAGCACUGUGGCAACAGUCAAGGCCUCAGUGUCACAGCACGCUAUUCAGUCUUUGACAGAGAAUGACCAGUACCUGUUCAGAAUUCGAGCCACCAACAGCAGGGGAGCCAGUGAACCCAUGGACAUCAUCACUCCCGUUGUAAUCCAGGAGAUCAAAGUGAUGCCCAAGAUUGACAUGACUAGCAUUCCUCAGAAGAUCGUUCAUGUGCACCGUGGCAAGCCCAUCGACCUCAACAUCCCCAUCAAGGCUAAACCACAGCCUGUCUGCUCCUGGUUCUUUGGCGGGGUCAAGCUAAAGGACAGCCUAGACCGCAUUAAGAUUGAUAGCAAUGGCAAAUACACCCACCUUGUCAUUCGCGAGACCACCAUCAAUGACACAGGAGACUACACACUGGAGGUGAAGAACGCCAUUGGCAUAGCAACCGAGGUUAUCAAGGUCAUCAUCCUUGACAAACCUGGCAUCCCAGUUGGCCCCAUGAAGAUUGAGGAGGUUGACGGUGUGUCAGUGACAGUUAGCUGGGAACCUCCAGAGAAGGAUGGUGGUGCCAACGUCAGCGGCUAUGUAGUUGAGCAGCGUGAUGCUCACCGGCCAGGCUGGAGUACAGUUUCAGAGUCUGUGACUAGACCCUGCUUCAAGUUCACCAGGCUCUCUGAGGGAACCGAGUAUGUGUUCCGUGUUGCUGCUAUGAAUCGUUUUGGCGUUGGCAGCUUCCUGCAGUCCGAGGUGGUCGAGUGCAAGAGUGCCAAGACCAUCCCUGGACCUCCAAGCAUGCCAGAAGUGCUUGAUAUCACCCAUGAGGGCAUGACCCUGACCUGGCAUCCACCCGAGGACAAUGGUGGCUCCACCAUUGCUGGCUACAUUAUUGAGCGUAAAGAGGCCCGUUCUGACAGAUGGCUUAGGAUCAACAAGAAUCCUGUCACCAUGACCCGGUACCGUUCCUCUGGACUGAUCGAGGGCCUUGAGUAUGAACACCGUGUCACUGCCAUCAACUCCAGAGGAGCCAGCAAACCUAGCGAGAGCUCCACCAUCACUGUUGCCAUGGACCCCAUCGAACCCCCAGGUCCACCACUUCAGCCCAGAGUCACUGACACCACCAGGACUUCAGUCUCUUUGGCCUGGCUACCACCUGAAGAGGAGGGUGGUUCUGUUAUUACUGGUUACCUGAUCGAGAUGCAGAAGGUGGACCAGAUAGAAUGGACACUGUGCAACACUACGCCCACCAAGAUGUGCGAGUACACCCUUAUGCACAUGCCCCAGGGUGCCGAGUACAAGUUCAGGGUCAUCGCCUGCAACGCUGGUGGUUCUGGAGAGCCAGCUGAGAUUCCUAGAGUGGUUAAAGUCCAGGAGAUGCUGGAUUAUCCCGAAUAUGAGCUCGAUCGCAAAUAUGAGGAGGGCUAUGUGGUGCGGCAGGGCGGAGUCAUCCAUCUAUCUGUACCAAUUAAGGGCAAACCCAUUCCGACAUGCAAGUGGACAAAGGAUGGUUGUGACAUCUCCCAUCGUGCCAUGAUUGCAGCCCAUGAUGACAUCACUGAGCUGGUCAUCAAAGAGGCACACAAGGACGACACCGGUACCUACGACUUGGUGCUGGAGAACAAAUGUGGCAGGAAGGCUGUGUACAUCAAGGUGAAGGUGAUUGGUCGCCCUGAUGCCCCAGAAGGUCCUCUGGAGUUUGAUGACAUUCAGGCUAGAUCAGUCCGGGUCAGCUGGAGGCCACCAUCAGAUGACGGUGGCUCUGACAUCCUGGGAUACAUUGUGGAAAGACGGGAGGUGCCCAAGGCCGCCUGGUAUACGGUGGAUGCCAGGGUCACCGAAAACUCUCUGGUGGUAAAGGGCUUGAAGGAGAAUGUGGAGUACCACUUCAAGGUUUCCGCAGAGAACCAGUUUGGUGUCAGCAGAUCCCUCAAAUCUGAUGAGUCAGUCAUGCCAAAGACACCACUGUGCCCACCUGAACCUCCCAGCAACCCACCAGAGAUCAUGGAUGUCACCAAGACCACAAUAUCUCUGUCCUGGGCCCGACCCAGGGAUGAUGGAGGCUCUCGUGUCACAGGAUACUAUGUGGAAAGGAAAGAGGUGUCAACCGAGAAGUGGGUCCGCCACAACAAGACCCACAUCACUACCACCAUGUACAAUGUCACCGGUCUCAUCCCCGAUGCAGAGUACAUGUUCCGAGUGGUGGCUCAGAAUGAUAUUGGGCAGAGUGAACCUGGUCCUGCUUCAGAGUCUGUGGUCUGCAAAGAUCCAUUUGACAAACCCAGUCAACCAGGAGAAAUCGACAUCAUCUCUAUCACUAAAGACUGCAUCACCAUCCACUGGCUCAGGCCUGAGCAUGAUGGAGGCAAGGAGAUCCUGGGUUACUGGAUCGAAUUCAGGCAGGCUGGAGAGAGCGCUUGGAAGAAAUGCAAUAAGGAGCGCUCCAAGGAUCGUCAGUUCACCAUGGGCGGCUUGAUGGAGGCUACCGAGUACGAGUUCAGAAUCUUUGCUGAGAACGAGACUGGACUUAGCCGACCUCGUCGCACCCCCAUGGGCAUUAAGACAAAGCUGAGUGUCGGUGAGGCUCCAGCUUUGAAGGAAGAGAUCCAAGAUGUAACAACCAAGCUUGGUGAGUCCGGCACUCUCACCUGUGGUAUCAUUGGUAGACCUCUGCCUGAGAUCAAGUGGUACCGAUAUGGUAAGGAACUGAUCCAGAGCCGCAAGUACAAGAUGAGCUCAGAUGGCCGUAACCACUCCCUCAGCAUCCUGACAGACGAGCAGGAAGAUGAGGGUCUGUACACCUGCCGGGCCAUCAACGAGGCCGGAGAGAUUGAGACCAGUGGCAAACUGCGCUUGCAGGCGCCGCCUCAGUUACAUCCUGGCUUCCCCCUAAAGGAGAAAUAUUAUGCUGGGGCUGGCACCAGCCUCCGCCUCCAUGUUGUCUACAUUGGUCGUCCCAUCCCCCAGAUCAUGUGGUUCUACGGCAAAAAGCCUCUGAAUCCAUCAGAGAAUGUGAUUAUUGAGCACACCGAAAGCUACACCCACCUGGUGGUGAGGAAUGUCCAGAGAAAGACCAAUGCUGGUCGCUACAAGGUGCAAUUCAGCAACGUUUUUGGAACAAUUGACACUGUGCUACGUGUUGAAAUCCAAGACAAACCAUGCAUCCCUGAUGGACCCAUGGUUGUUGAAGCUCUACUUAAGAGCUCAGUUGUAAUCAGCUGGAAGGUUCCCAAGGACGAUGGAGGGUCUGUGAUCACCAACUAUAUUGUGGAGAAACGUGAGGCGAAAGAAGGCGAAACAUGGCACCUGGUGUCCUCUUCUGUCUCUGGCACCACCUGCCGCGUGCCAAACCUGACAGAGAAUGCCGGCUAUUACUUCAGAGUCUCUGCCCAGAAUCAGUAUGGAGUCAGUGAACCUCUGGAAAUCCCAUCAGUGGUUAUCAUCAAAAGUCCAUUCGAAAAACCUGGCAUCCCACAGCAGCCCUUCAUCAUGAGCUCCACCAAGGACUCAUGUGUUGUCUGCUGGAAGCCUCCAAGCAGCGAUGGAGGAGCUAAGAUCACCAACUACUACCUGGAGAAACGUGAGAAGAAGCAGAACAAGUGGAUGUCUGUAACCACCAAGAAGAUUGUGGAGACCAGUUAUGAAGUCACUGGCUUGAUCGAGGGCUUUGAGUAUGAGUUCCGCGUCAAAUGUGAGAACAUGGGUGGUGAGAGUGACUGGAGCGAGAUCUCUGCACCCAUCAUCCCCAAGUCCGACCAGUCUCCUCGUGCUCCUGCAUUCAGGGAGGAGAUCAGAGACAUGACCAUCAAAUAUCAUGCCAAUGCCACCUUUGUCACAAAGGUGGUGGGCCAUCCAAAGCCUGUGGUGAAAUGGUACCGCAGUGGAAAGGAGAUCCUGGCAGAUGGAACCAAGAUCAAAGCACAAGAGUUCAAGGGAGGCUACUAUCAGCUGGUCAUUACUGCCACUGAUGAGAACGAUGUCUCAGUCUACCAAGUCAGAGCAACCAAUUCCUCUGGAUCCAUCUCUACAACUGCCAAUCUGGAGGUGGAAGUUCCUGCGAAGAUUCACCUGCCUAAAGAGCUCCAGGGAAUGGGAGCAGUCCAUGCUGUUCGUGGUGAUCACAUCACCAUCAAGAUCCCCAUCUCUGGCAAGCCUGAGCCAGCAAUCACUUGGCAGAAGGGUCAGGAGAUCCUCUCCAACUCUCCUUAUCAUCAAGUCAUUACUACCAGGUCCUUUACCUCCCUCGUCUUCCAAAAGGGAGUUCAGAGAAGGGAUACUGGCUACUACAUCAUUACUGCAAAGAACAGAUUUGGAAUGGACAAGCAAACCAUUGAGGUGAGCGUGGCUGACAUUCCCGAUGCUCCAAAGGGACUGGCGGUCAGUGACAUUGCACGGGAUUCCAUCACCCUGACCUGGGAGCCCCCUGCCAAUGAUGGUGGAAGUGACAUUGUCAGCUACAUCGUGGAGAAGUGUCCCACCACUGCUGACAGGUGGAUCCGUGCUGGACAAACCACUGACUGCAGCAUGACCAUUAUCAACAUAUUUGGAAAAACGAAAUACCAGUUCCGUGUUAUUGCAGAAAAUCAGUUUGGCCUAAGCCCUCCCUCUAACCCAACCGACCCCAUCACCACAAAGGAAGACAAGUCUGUCAUUAGGAACUAUGAUGAGGAAGUGGAUGAAGCCAGGGAGAUCACCAAGGAGGAGGCGCUGUUCUAUAAGGUCAAAGAGCUGUCCUCCAAGUACAUCAUCUCUGAGGAGCUUUCUCGCUGUCAGUUUGGAGUGGUCCACCGCUGCGUGGAAAUUGCUUCAAAGAAGACCUUUAUGGCCAAAUUCAUCAAGGUCAAAGGAACUGAUCGUGAGUUAGUUCUCAGGGAAAUUGAGGCCCUCAAUGUAGCAAGACACAAGAACCUCAUCUAUCUGCAUGAAUACUUUGAAAGUAUGGAAGAGAUCAUCCUGAUAUGUGAAUUUAUCUCUGGAGUAGACAUCUUCGAGCGUCUUGGCACCAGCAACUUUGAGCUGACAGAGCAGGAGAUUGUUUGUUACCUGAGACAGGUAUGCUCUGCUCUCAAGUUCCUGCACAGCCACAACUUUGGCCACUUCGAUAUCCGCCCAGACAACAUUGUCUACACCACCAGGAGAAGCACCAAUGUAAAGAUCAUUGAAAUGGGCCAGGCCCGACUGCUGGUGCCAGGAGAGAACAUCAGAAUGCUGUUCUCAGCUCCAGAGUACUGUGCCCCUGAGGUCCAUCGCCAUGACUUGGUCACAACAGCCACUGACAUGUGGUCUGUUGGUGUUAUGGCAUACGUUUUGCUCAGUGGCCUCAAUCCAUUUGCAUCAGAGUCCACAACAAAGGUGAUUGAGAACAUCUCCAACUGUGAGUACAUCUUUGACAGUGAAGCAUUUAAGGACAUCAGCCUGGAGGCUAUGGACUUUGUGGACAGACUUCUGGUGAAGGACCGGAAGCUCCGUAUGACAGCGCAUGAAGCUCUGGAGCACCCAUGGUUAAAGAUGAAGAUUGAGCAUGUCAGCAACAAGGUCAUCAGGACACUAAGACACAGACGGUACUAUCAGGGUCUAGUGAAGAGGAUUGAUACCAUUGUAUCAGCAGCUCGUGUGGCAUAUGGCGGUGCCUUUAGGAACCAGAGAGGAUUGGCUGUAGGUAAAGUGAAGAUUGGAAGUGAGUACCAUGGUCUGCGUGCUGGUCCUGUAAUGCAUGGCUCAGCUGAGGAAGGCGGGCAUGUCAGAUUUACUUGUAGCGUCGUCAACUAUGACAAGAGCACACAGGUGUCGUGGUACUUUGGUAACUGUCAGCUGCACUCAAGCCCCAAGUAUGAAAUUACUUACAGCAAUGGUUUUGCCAGCAUCUACGUAAAAGACAUUGAAAAGAGUGAUGAUGGUGUAUACAGAUGCAAAGUGGUGAGUGAUGAUGGAGAGGACAGUGUUUAUGGAGAGCUCUUCGUUGACACAGUGAGGAGCAUCAGAGAACACUACCUCAGUCGCUCCAUCAAGAAACUAAGGAGGAGAGUCAACAAGACGAAACUCCUGCAGAGACCACCAGAGUUCACUCUUCCACUGUACAAUCGCACUGCCUUCAUCGGCGAAGACGUGCGCUUUGGUGUUACUAUCACCGUGCACCCAGAGCCUUACGUGACGUGGCUCAAGAAUGGAGAAAGGAUCAAGGCAGGUGAUGAUGACAGCAAGUACACGUUCACCACUGAUAAGGGUCUGUACCAGCUCCUGAUCCACAAUGUCGAUGUGACUGAUGAUGCUGAAUACACUGUCAUGGCCCACAACAAAUUUGGAGAAGACAGCUGCAAAGCCCGUCUCACUGUGACUCCUCAUCCUGUGAUGGAGGAAACUAUGAGGCCCAUGUUCAAACGCCUGCUGGCGAAUGUUGAGUGUACUGAAGGACACAGCAUACGCUUUGAACUCAGAGUCUCAGGAAUCCCAGUUCCCACCCUGAAAUGGGAAAAGGAUGGUCAUCCACUACAGUUUGGCCCCAAGGUCGUCGUCAUACAGGAAGACGUUGAUUAUCAUGUGCUUCACGUUAGAGAGACUCUGCUCGAGGAUUCUGGUGUGUACAAAGUUACUGCAACCAACUCUGCUGGCUCUGCAAACUGCCAGGCCACACUGAAGGUGGACCGUAUGACCUACACCAGGAGGGAAUAUAAGAGUGAGGAAGAGAAAAACAGACACAUACAGAAACAAAUCGAAAAGACCAACAAAAUGGCUCAGCAAAUUGUUGCCACUGAGGAGCUUGUACCACUAAAUCCCACAGCUCAGGAAGCUCUCAAAUUUGCUGCAGAGAUGUACAAACCUGCGGUGAGCACGAAGAAUGUCGAAGGAGAGUUUGAUAUCACAGAGGAGAAGUCAGACACCAAGAAGCUUGAGGAGGAGAGGAGGAUCUUCAUGCCCUAUGAGAUCCCUCAGCCUGUGGUUCAUGAUCCCAGAGUUCUGGAUGAGGACAAAGGCAUCAAACAGUUUAUGCCACUGUCUGACAUGAAGUGGUACCGGAAGCUGAGAGAUCAGUAUGAGGUUCCAGAGAGGAUGGAGAGAAUCGUACAAAAGAGACAGAGGCGUAUUCGUCUGUCCAGAUGGGAGCAGUUCUACGUCAUGCCCCUCCCCAGAAUAACUGACCAAUACAGGCCGAGGUGGCGUAUAACAAAACUCACUCUGGAUGAUCUGGAGACAGUCAGACCUGCACGCCGCUCACCCUCUCCUGAAUCUGAGGUCUCUUUCCGAUCCAGGAGGAGAUCUCUGGGAGACCUCUGUGAUGAGGAGCUGCUGCUGCCAGUGGAUGACUACCUGUCGAUGAGGAGAACAGAGGAGGAGAAGAUGACACUUGAGGAUGAACUGGAACUUGGCUUCUCUGCUUCUCCUGCCGGCAGCCCUGUUCGCACUGAUCGGCGUCUGGUGGAACAUGAGGAGAGAAGGCAGGAAGUUAGGCAUGAGGCUGUCGAGGUUGCAGAGACAAAGAAGAAACGCACUAUUUCUCAGUUCAUGAGGAGGAGAAGGUCGCUGUCGCCAACUUAUAUUGAGCUGAUGCGUCCAGUCUCAGAGCUGAUCAGGCCAUCGAGAGCUAGGCCUUCUGUGGAGGCAGAAGGAGCAGUUGUGGAAAGACGUUCCCCCACCCCAGAGAGAACCCGGCCCCGUUCACCCAGCCCCAUCAGGUCAGUUGAGAGAUCAUCCCGCUCCUCCUCAAGAUUCGAGCGGUCUGCCCGGUUUGACAUCAUGUCCCGCUAUGAGGCUAGAAAGGCUGCCCUUAAAUCUGAGAGGAAGUAUCAGGUCGUUAGUCAGACUCCAUUCAGCCUGGAUCACACUCCUCGUGUGACUGUCAGAAUGCGCUCUCAUCGCAUCCCAAUUGGCCAGGACACCAAGUUUACCCUAAAUAUCCAAGCUAAGCCAGAGGCCGAGGUCACAUGGUUUCACAAUGCUGAUGCAAUCUCUGAUAGCAGCGACAAAUACGUCUUCACCAACAUGAGUGGUGUUCUGACCAUCACUAUUCUGGACUGCCAGGAGGAGGACAGUGGCACAUAUCGCUGUGUGUGCUCCAACUCUAAGGGCGAGGCAUCAGACUACGCCACCCUGGAAGUGUCAGGGGUUGGCUACACCACCUUCUCUUCCCGCCGCAGGGAUGAGGAAGCUCCCAAAGCUUAUGUCCCUGAAGUCACUCGCAUUGACCACUAUCACACAACCCACUUCAAAGCUGGCUAUGCUUCAAAGACUUACUUGGAGGUGGAGGAGAGCAAGUCCAAGCUAACCGAGACACAUGAGGUUGUAACACAUGAAAGAUACGGUGCCUCUACUGAGAGGUACUCCUCUGCUGAGAGGUAUGACUCCUCUAUCAAAUAUGCCUCCACUGAAUACCUGUCAUCUGGCUCCUCCUACUCUUCAGACAAGUUUUCUCUGACUGGAAAACAGACCGCAUCUGAAGCUAAAAUGAAAUCUUCUUCUGCUGCUGCCGAGGAAGUUUCGGUUCACAAGGUGAAACCUUCUCUUUCUGCCAGAAUCCUCACCAAGCCUCAGUCAGUCACAGUCGCAGAAGGAGAGGCUGCCAGAUUCUUCUGUGAUAUUGAUGGAGAGCCAGCACCCACUGUAACAUGGAUGCAUGAGAGUCAAACCAUUGUCUCCUCUAACCGCAUCCAGGUCACCACAACUCAGUACAAAUCUAGCCUGGAGAUCUCCUCUGUGACAACCUCCGAUGAGGGCAGGUACACUGUAGUUGUGGAGAACUCAGCAGACAGACAGGAGGCUCACUUCACUUUGACUAUCCACAGACCAGUUCCCAAAGAACCUGUGAAAUCUGUUGAGACAUCUCUGAAGUCACCCACUCCUAGCGUAAAGUCACCCGAGCCUUCUGCCACAUCACCUGCUCCCUCCAUAACUUCUCCCAUUCCCAGUUUAAAGUUGCCUGAGCCCAGCAUCAAAUCUCCUGAACCCAGUGUAACAUCUGCUCCAAGUGUAAAGUCACCAACACCGAGUGUGAAGUCACCAACACCAAGUGUGAAGUCUCCUGAACCCAGUGUAUCAUCUCCUGCUCCAAGUGUAAAGUCACCAACACCGAGCAUGAAGUCUCCUGAACCAGAAGGAAUUAAAUCUCCUCGGAGCAUGAAAUCACCUGAACCAUCUGCCCCCUCUCCAGCAUCAGGCUUAAAGUCCAUCUCACCAGCUCAAAGUGUCAAAUCUCCAGAACCUGAGGGAGUUAAGUCACCGCGUGGUGGUGUAAAGUCUCCUGAACCCAGAGUCAAGUCACCAGGGAAUGUGAAGUCACCGGAACCUGAGGACAUUAAAUCUCCUCGGGGUGUCAAAUCUCCAGAACCUGCAGCAGGAGUUAAGUCACCACGUGGUGUAAAGUCCCCAGAACCUGCUGGAGCCAAAACACUAAAAGGCAUCAAGUCCCCAGAACCAUCCGGCAUCAAGUCACCGAGGGCCCUCAAGUCCCCUGAACCUGAGGGAAUCAAAUCACCUCCCAGGGUGAAGUCUCCCCCUCCCAUUAUGUCUCCCAAGAGGGUUGUGUCUCCACCCACCAUCAAAUCCCCAACACCGAAACCUCCCAAGGUCCUGAGUCAGCUGACAGCUGAAGCCUACGAAGGCUCUGUCAGGAUGUCCUGUAUGUGCGAGAGCAACGUCGGAGAGGUGGUGUGGUACGUCAGUGGGAGGAGGCUUUCACAGAGCAGCCGCUUUGAGAUGCACUACUCUGAGGGCUCCUGCAGCCUUCUGAUCCACGACCUGGCAGACAGCGACCAGGGAGAGUACACCUGUGAAAUGACAUCAGAUGGAGGCGUGUCUAAAUCAUCCUUUUCCUUUACUGGACAGGUGUUUCAGUCCAUACGUAAGAAGAUUACAGCCUACUGUGAGCAGCAAGUGGCACUUAAAGAAUCAGUAGUGAUGAGUCACAAGGAGUCAUCGUCAUCCAUGAGCUCAUCCGUGAUGAUGAAGAAAGAAGUUCAUACAGUGGAGGAGUCUUCCUCCUUCUCUUCCUCUGCCCAGCAGGCAAUGAUGUCCUCCAUGAUGGAGUCCAGUUCGUUUAGCAGCAUGGCAGCUGAGAUGAAGUUUGAGACCAUGUCCAUGUCCAGUAUGUCUUCCAUGACAUCUGAGACGUAUGCCAUGAGCUCCAGCAGCCUCACAGAGAUGGCCUCCCACAUGGAAGGAUCCUCACUGAGAGCAAUCGGUUCUGCUCCGAGAAUUGAAGCUCUGCCGGAGGACAUCAGUAUUGAGCCGGGCAAAGUCCUGACGGUCGCCUGCGCCUUCUCUGGUGAUGCCAAACACAUCGAGUGGUCUCGCGGUGGCAAAACCAUCGAGGUGACUGCCGGUGGCCGCUUCCACAUCGAGACAACAGAGGACCUGACCACCCUCAUCAUCACCGGGGUGAAGGAGGAAGACGCUGGAACCUACACCCUCAGGCUGUCAAACGAGCUCGGAUCUGACACAGCGACUGUUCACAUUAGCAUUCGAUCAGUGUAAAAAUAAUCUAAUCCUCCAAACUUCCCCUUUUCCCUUCUUCCAUGCCUUUUUAUUUAUUAAUUGAGCACAAUAAUCUACUGGAUAAAGAUCUGGAUUUCUGUUCUUGUAAAUAUAAACUAUUUUUGUACCAAACUUGACAUUAAUUUAUGCCAAACUAGACUAAAGUCUAAAGUUGUUAUAAAAUGUGCCAUAUUGGACAAUUAUGACUUAGGAUUUUUGAUCCAUUUUUCUGUGACAUGUACAUAAUGUAUAUAGCCGAAUUUACCGGUUAUGGGAAAUGUAUGCAUUGUUAUUUAUGACAAUAAUAUUAACUGAAACAAAAUGAAACUAAAUGUGGUUUAACAGGAGAAAGUUCCAGCAGGAACGAAUACCCUGUGAAACUGAGAAACUAAACUCUGUGCCUCAACGAUAAGUUGAAGUCUUAAGAUUGCCUCAGCAGGUAGAGAGGCUCCCUGCUGAUGAUAACUCAAUCAGAGACAAAACUAUGAAUGCACUGCUGGAGACUGAGUGGUGCUUUUGUUGUAACAGGAGCGUGAGAUCCUGAGUGCUGUUAGUAUUUACCCUCAUGUUAGCAGGACGACCGGACCUCACGCUCUGACUGAUUAUGUCAUACCGCCAUUUCAAUGACAUGCUCACAGUGCGAGCGGCCUGCACUCCCUGAGCACAAGUGUUUCUUUUUGUUUUGUGCUCUGCUUCUGCCAAACGACCACUCGAUCAGGCUCUUCAGUCGUACCAUCAACCUGGCCAAUCACAUGAAAACAAGCAGAGCCCCCGCUGUGCUCGUUUGCAGAGGCAGAGCUGUCUCUUGGAGGCUGCAGUGUGUUUGUGUGUUAAGUUUUAGAAGUUCACGUCGGUCACGCUGGGUGCCACCAAGCAGCAUUGACCACCUGCUGCUGGACGAGGAUGAAGUGAGGUUUGGCCUCGCAUGGUGCCCCGCACUUUGGUUUGAUUCAAGUUAGAGUUGUAGCAUUGAAUAUUUUCGCAGCCUCCUUGAGUUUUUCUGCAAUUAUUGAUUUAAUAAAGCAUGAUUAUCAGCACUACAGAAA